GCUCUUGAGCCUGGGCAGGAGCGACGUAAAGUGGGUUCUCAGAGUGAGAGAGGGAGAGGGUGGGUCGGCCGGCGGCUGGCUGGCUGGCUGGGGAGAUAGCAAGGCAGACAGAGAGCAGCUGCCCGGGACAUUGAAUGAAAGGGAGAAGACAUGCACUCAUCGGAUGGGAAUUUGCAGCCCUGCAAGGCGGCGCGAGGAGCCGAGGCGCUCGUUUGCUUUCCUAAACAGUGAGUAGCAUUGCCAGGAGGGAGAGAAGGAGGGAGGGAGGGGGGUGAGUAUCAAUCCAUGGCAUCUGCACACGCACCCCAUCAAAUUCCAGCCACUGCCUUUUGCAGAUGUGGCUGCAGCCAAAGUUUUAAUUUGGGGGGGAGGGAGGGUAGUGGUGCUAGUGGUAAUGGUGGUGGUUCCACUCCUUCUGCUACCCAAUGCAGCGAGUUUGGAUGGAGGCAUCUUCUCCCCAGCUCCUCCCUAUGGCCUGUCUGGCUCCCUGCAUCUCACAGGUGAAAUGAACUUCAGUCUUGAGUGGUGAUCAAGCCUGUCUGGUCCUCUUCUCUCCCCCCCCCCCUUCCCCAUCUCUUUCCCCCUGUUUUUCAUCUGUAAAUGCUUUCAAGAAGCAGAAGGGCAAGCCCGACCUCUCACCCAGCAUGAAGAGGUGCAAAUCGGAUGAGCUGCAGCAAUCAGACGAAGACUCUGCUGGGGCUGAAGAUGCCCCUGUCCUGUCCACCAUGGAUGCCAAGGCUGGGGAUUCAGCUGCCGCCCUGUCAGAUUUGGCUGCCUCCAAUCCAAACCCUCCACCCCAUCCUGUUACCCGGAGUAAGCCUCCUGAUUUAAAGGUAAGCUUUGGUAGGUCUAUCUCCCUUUUGAAAGAAAAAGAAAAGAAGGCAUAUUUUCAUUUGUUUUGUUUUAUUGCUGCUUGGAAUGCACAUUCCAGUUUCCAACUGGCAGAUGUUUAAAUUAUUGACAGCUGCAAAAAUAUUACAGGUGCCGCAUUUAUGAGCUGUCUUUUUGAAGGCAUGUCUGUCAACCCAAUGUUUACCAAAUGGUAACACUAGCCAACUUGCCUGGCAAGUUCCUGGUGUGAGAAUUCCUUACACUCAUAUAAAUAAUAUUGGUCCACCUUUAAGUCAUCUUUGCCAUGUUCCUGUUAUACAGAUAAUUUUUUUGUAAUGCAUCCCAGCACUGGUGCAGACAGUGUUGAUUCAAUCAGAUUCAAUGAUUUUUUUGAACACCUGUGUUGCACAAUCAUUUUUAUUAUAAAUGUAUUUGGACUCCAGGCCUAGAAGUGAGUCCUGUCAAAUUCAGUUGGACUUACUCUUUGGUUGACAUAUUGUGCUCUUAAUAGUAUCUAGAACAUUUGAUUGCGCUCUUAAUAGUAUCUAGUUUCAGAUUUUGCCCAGUGGCUGUUCCAUAAGAACAUUUGUUCUCUGUGUGUGUCAAUUUAUGCCCAGUUGUAUGCCGGUGGCAUAAUGCUGUGAGGUGUCUUAACAGCCAAUAGCAUAACAGAGACAUUUCAUAUGUUUAUUUCUUUGCCAAAAUGGUUCAGGCAUGCAGCUUCGUCUCAGGCUUGCUAGAAGCCAAGUGUGAAUGUCAGGAAAUCGUUCAUUCUGUUAUAAUGGUUGUAUCUUGUUCUUUGGUUUCUCCCCAACCUUUAAUAUUGUACGUGGUCACAGGUAGGAUGCUGGAUCUUAAUGGGCCAUUGGGGUGAACCAACACAUAUAUAUCCAUUGCACGAUACAAUUCAAAGCUUCCUUUUCCCUUACAAUGUAGCCAUGUAAAUCUUUAUGUGGUUGCAAAAUGCGUCUGAAGAAAUCUUUAUCAGUGAUAAAAUAGAACUUUUAUACACAGCUAUGACACAGACACAUUAUGCAAAACAGCUCUUCUGAGCAGUACUAUGCGUUAAGGGUUGUGUGAUGAGUAUAAUCUGUAUGAAUGGUUUAUUGGCUUGCGGUUCAGGAAUUUCCCAGCAUUCACAGCUGCCUCCUCGUGUGUGUGCUGUUGAGUCACUUUGCUUCUGUAAAAAUAGAGUGAUAUUUAUUAACCUGUUUGGUAAAGCAGUUUUAAGUGUAUAGACAAAGAGUGCAAAAGGUUACACUCAAGUGGAAGUUCUAAUACUAUGUUUUUGUAGACUUCUACAUAGUGAUUUAGUCACCUUUGGAAAGUAAGACUCCCUUCCAGAUGACCAAGCAGGAAAAAUGCAUUUAUAUAGUGGAAGGAAAUUGUUCCUGUUGCUUUUUGAUUUGGUCACUAUUAUGUCACAAUGUUAGGCAACCUUCACCAGCCAGGCAACCUGCAAAUAUUUUGGACUACCUAUGUUGACUGGUGUUUAUGAGAGUUGUAGUCCAAAACAUCUGGAAGGCAUUGGUGAAGGCUGAUCUUAGAUAUGCUUGUGAUAUCUGUGGACUUUUUUUCUAAAAUUGCAUGGUAGCAAGCUCCUUUUCGCUUGACCUCAACAGGAGAUCCUUGCUGCUGUUCUAAUAGAAAUAAUUCUGCAGAGGCAGCUUGGAAGGCAAUAGGAAGAAUUGCUUAUUUAUUUAGUUAUCAAAUGUAAACACUGCUUAAUAGAAAAAGUAGUCUUCAAGUUGUUCACUUAAAAUAUAACUUUCAAAAAUCAACAGAAAUGCAUAUAAAUAUACAACAUUCGAAUAAAACUUUUAAGUAGCUGACUAAAACUAUAUCUCAUAGGUAAAACUAAACUGUGCAUAAAAAGUAGAAAGUUCCAAAAUUAGGUAACAAAGUCCAGGAAAGUUUGGGUAAACAUAUUUGUAUUUAAAAAACAUUUAAAACUAGUUACUGCUGCCUCUGGAGAAAGUGUGAGUGCAACCACUGAGAAAGCCCUCUUCCAUGUUGUCACCAGGUGACAAUCUGCUGGUUGUAGAACAACCAGCAGGGUUUCCUUGGAGACACUUAAAUUUUGACUUGGUCUGUACCAGGGAAAACAGUUUGCUAAGCCCACUGAUCCCAAAUCAUUUAGGGCUUUAAAAUGUCAGCAGCAAAAUCAUGAACCUGAUAGCUAAUAGCCAGCCAGGGCAGACCUUGCAUCGCUGUUGUAACACGUGCAGAGGUGAAUUCCCCCUUGAGCCUUCUAGCAGCUACAUUUUGCACUAGCUGCAGCUUCCAAAUUGGAUGCAAGGGCAGAACACCUGCUUUGAGUGCAGAAAGCCCCUGGUUCAGUUCCUUGCACCUGCAGUUAAAAGGAUCAAGCAGCAGGUAAUGGGAAAGGCCUCUCUCCCGGAGACCCUAGAGAGCCACUGCCAGCCAGAGCUGUGGACAGGAGGGGCAAAUAGAUUGACCUGUACAAUGUCAGCCAUGCUUAAUGUACAACCACACUUACCAUAGUUUGCGUCAGUGUAAUUUGCCUUGUGUUCGCCUGAUCAGUAGAGGCCUCUCUUACUAUUGAGGCUGCAGCAGCUGAAGCAAUUUGGCUACAGUGGGUCUUUGUUGAGCAUGCUGAAGCAGGACUUAGUGCCCUGAACAUAACCUGUUGAAUACACAGUAGUAACCCAUUGCAGCAGCCACUAAGGAGAUCAGCAAGGAAUGUUCAUCUCCUCUGAUAGGAUUAAACACAUUUACAGUCAGAAAAUGGCCCCUGCUCACUCCCCUGGGAUGCUUUUUCUUUGGCUGUACUAAGACCAGAGAGCAAGAGCAUCCACAGGUGAUGGAAUAUAUAGAUUAGAGUGCGCCGCUGUAGAGGAGGCUAUUUAGUAAGUUCCACUGCAGACCUUUUAUUGCUUCUUGGAAUGGGAGAGGCACAAAUGGCAUUUUAGGGAGUAUCAGGAAAUUUCAAAUAGUCGUGUGCUAGACAUAAUGUACUAGGAAGAGCAGUGGCAUCAAAGAAAAACAAAAGGAACAAUUUCCUUCCAAUUCCAGUAUUUAACUGGAACACGGAACAAACAAUGACCAGAAGGGAUAUGGAAUGCUAAUUAUUUAUUAUCCCUUUUUCUUGAAAAGAACAAGAUAAGAGACCAAAAUGGGUGUGCUUUUUCAGAAACCCAUUAUAUUCUAAUGCAUGAAAAAAUGUUCUCCUCCAUUGAUAACAUAAUGGUCAGUAAUAACAAUUAGCGCUUAGCAAUAAUUGCACUUAGUAUGUGUGGUGUUUUCCUUUUCCUUUCUUUUUUUUGCCAUGCGUUGCAAAAAUGAAGAAGCAUCUGGGUUCUCCAUUUUAUAGUAUGAAACAAUAAUGUAGUGAAGCAGGAAACACAGAUGGCUAUAACUCAUUGUCUUCAGAAGAACUGUGUUAGUUUACACAAGCUAAAAAGUAGAGCUGAAUUACCAAAAGCGCAGCCGUUCACAACCCAGGCCCGAUUUUUAACAUCAGGGUAGCCAAUCUAUUAAUGACUGAAUAUUGAUUAUAUUUGAUUUUGCAAUUUUUCAUAAUUUCAUGGUUCAAAUGCCUGAUAAAACUAAAAAGGGAUGCUGUUUGCAUUUUUAUUGCAUUUUUAUUUCAAGCAAACAUAAAGCAAUAAACAAGCAAUAUAUUUUACAAUACAGAGCAGAGUAAGAAAAGCAAAGACAUAUGUAAAUAUAACAAUAAUAAUAAAUAAUUAUCUCCCUGGCUGAGACUGGGGUUAUAUGUCGUAACCCAAAUACUCGAAUACACUGGAAGAACGGGUUGGUUAUAUUCUGUUUUGUUUGUAUAAGAGAAAGAACCAUACUGUAUUGUGAAAAAUGCAUCAUGUGUGCUUUGUCCUCUGGCUACCUUAAAUUCGUGUUACUCCUCACCCCCCCAAUAGGGUUAAGUGUCAUACUUUACUAUACAAAAAAGAAAGAUUGCAGAAAUUAAAAGUUUUCCAAAAUGUAAUACUGGUAGCAGAGGACCUACCAAGAAUUGUGUGAUGAGUUCCUGAUUUGUAAUAUUUAAAAACAUUUUAGAAAGGUAGCUAUGGAGAUAAUGGGACCAGCUGAGCAGUAAUGAGAACAAUUUCAGCAAAACCUGUCAUCCCCCAAAUUUGGGGCAGUUUCACCACAGGUGUUGAUAGGAGACUAUAAUUCCACACCCCUUCUAACGCAGAAGGGACAAAUCUCGCACACAAAAGAGAACUGUCUUGACAUUUUGGAACUCUGUCUUUUGAUAUCAAGCAAGUACCUUCACUGUAUUUUCUUCCUGCUGAAAACAUUAUUGUUUAGACAACCCUACCCAGAUGCUCACAAAGUUGUAAAUUUUAAUCUGUUUUAUGAUUUUAACUAUUUGCCUCUUUUAAAGUAUUGUUCAAAAGUUUUUUUGUUUUGUUUUAUCUUUUUGUAUACUUUGUUGAGGUUUUGGUUUACAGUCAAUUUUAUGAAAUAAAUAAAUUAAGUACCAGCCAUGGACCAACUUCAAAUACAGCUUCCUAGUUUGCACAGAUAAGGACUUGAAGGUACCGAUAGCUUUGGACUAGUUUUUCCUCCAAGUUUCAUCAUUGGUUACCAUAUCCUAAUUCUGCUCUCACCAAGUUUAUUGAGCCAGAUUGCACUUAAAUGAAGCCAGGGGCAUACUUUGGUAUUUCACUUUUCAGCGGCGCUCUGUGUGAGGCCAAAAUUCAGCACUCCCCCCACCCCUCACCUUCUGUUUUGCUCAGUUCACUGCGUCAGAGUUGCAGCCCCGUGCAGUGCACCGUAGGCUUGGCAGUGGAACCAGUAGUGCUGCCCUAAAACCUCCUGAGGAAGCUUCAAGCAAGAUUUUGUAUAUAGUUGAAAUGAAUCCUUGAACCAAACCAAAAAUAGACAUUAUAAAGCAGCCAGUUAUCACCAGUAGUCUCCUUUCUAUAGCUUCAAGAGCAGACAAAUGCAAAAUGCCUUUUUAAUGCUUUAUUCUCUCCUAUGUUAAUACAACUCUUAUAAUCGAUACUUCACUAAGUACUAAGCACAGAACUUAUUCCAAUAAUCUAAUACCUUGAGUGAAUAGUUGGUAUACUAUCCCAGCGCAGCAUCAAUCUUAGUAAUUGGUUGAUAAACCAGUUAGUAGGUAGGAAUGUUACCAAGGCAGGAGAUACAGUGCUUGGAUUGGAUGUAGUCCCUUUUUACAUGUGUGAUAUGUGUAUCCUAAAGAUUUAUCACUGGACCUUUGUAUGAUUUUUCUCAGAAUUACUUUCCUGGGCAGAUAUCAUCAUCAUCAUCAUCAAAUUUUUAUAUAAAUUUGAAGUUUCCGAACUUGAGAUAUUGGAUAACUACUGCCCAGUUGUGAAUGUUCCUUUCUUAGGAAAGGUAAUAGAGAGGAUGGUGAAUGGCCAGCUGAAUGCAUGUCUGUAUGAAGCCAAUCAUCUCGACUCAUUUCCAUCUGGUUUGAGGCUUGAAUUUGAUACUGAAACAGCCUUGGAUGGCCUUAUUGAUUAACUUUAUUGAGAGGCAGGAGGAAUGCUACCCUGUUGAUUCUCCUAGACCAGCUUGGUGACUUUUAAUACCAUUCACUAUGGUAUCCAUCUGGAGGGGCUCAGUUGAUUGGGACAUUGGGCAGGGGGGUGGGCAAGUUUCGGUGGUUUGACUCCUACCUCCAAGACUUCAACCAGAGGGUGCAUUGUGGGACUUCUGCUCUGUCCCCCUGUGUCCCACAGGGUUCCAUCUUGUUGCCCAUGUUAUUUAUCAUCUAUUUCAGGGGUUCUCAAACUGCAGCCCAUAGAUCACCAGUGGUCCAAGAGCUUCACUCAGGUGGUCCAUGUCUGUAGAUUUGUGGUUGAAGAUGGGAGGGAGCACAUCCAUUCCACUGAAUAUCCAUAUUGGUUUUUAAUUAAUUCAAACCGUAAUACAAUAUAAGAAAUAAAAGAAGCAAUAAGAAUACACUUAAAAACCGUGCAGCAUUUAGCAUGGUGGAUUACAAAUGCUACCAUAGGCAGGAAAAUUGUUAAGUGGUUAUUCAGCAACUUUCAAGUGGUCUGAGGGGGGGAGUUUGGGAACCACUUGGAUCAGAAUAGGUAACAGUGGGAAAGAAUGGAAAGAAGUCUGACACACAGCUGUUUAAAACUUUGUAACAGGGAUGGAGAAACUAUGCCUCUCCAGAUGUUGUUCAGCUCCAAUCAGCCAGAAUAGCCAAAGGUCAAUGAUGAUGGUGAUUGUAUUCCAGCAACAUUUGGAGGGCCAUAGGUUCCCCAUGCCUGUUUUACAACUCACAGUGAUGACAGUGAACAAGUAAGUCUGCAUUCCUACUUUCUGCCGCAAGUUGUAGUUUGCAUUUUGAGAUGCGUGUGCUGCAGAAGUGGACAGGACUGACAAGUCUCCCUCCAUGCAGCCAGCUCCAGGGGGUGGCAGGAUCAGGCAUUUGCCAAAACCUCAUGACCAGCAAAGCACUUAAAAUCCACAUGUCAGCAUUCAAGAGGUGCAUAGGUCUGCUUUCAGCGUAUUAAACUUUGCACUGGAAAGCAGAAGCAUGGGACUAUUCAUGCAUCCAUUUUCUCCAAAAGUGGAAUCCCACGAAGACUCAUUCAUACAACUCCUUUUGUUAAAAUCUGCCCAGGGUGCCCUUUUAACUGACAUAUUGGGAAGUGAACCUGAACCUUCAUUCAUAGACCUCUCUAUUUCAGCAUUGUAUCAAUAGCCCCACAUUCACCUCCUUGGUUCAAGCUGGGUUUGAUCUGUUAAUUUAAUAAGAAAGGUGCUGUUGUAAAAAUACACACCCUCUUUGUUGCAGAACAUUCAGACUUUAAUGUUCUGCUGGAUCCUUAGCAGGAAAGAAUCUGUUCUGUGAUUGGGAAGGAGAGAGUGCAGGGUUGCGUACAUACCUUUAUCCAAAUAAAAGUUCAAAUCAUCUGGUGAUGAGCAAGCCUUUUAGAGCAGAAGUAGACUAGGAAAAAGUCCUGGCAAGACACAACAGCAGAUGGAUGACCUAAUUCUGCCGAAGAUUGGAUGGGCAGCAGUUAUAAGCUCAGCAACAGGAUGCCUGCGUUCAUAAUAAAUUCAGUAUCAUAAAUAAAUGCACACCCCUUCACUUUACUAAAGGGAGAGUUGAAAGUCCUAUGGAGAAUUGGUUUCUAACUGCUGGCCAAGCUUUUACUGAUCUGCUAUCAAUAUGAUUUUUUGGCAACCUCCCAGAUGUAGUGACAUAUCCCAGUUUUCCCCAGUAGCAUCUUCCAGAGAUUAAAAACACAUUGCUAAUAGCAGGCCACAAGUUCAUUUGGGAUUUCUGCAACUAAAAAUAUGCACCUUGCAGAAUCCUUAGAGUGAAGAGCUGGGCAUGAAGCACUGAGUGAUUCCACAAAGUGAACCUUUGUUGCCAGCUUGAGGCAAGGUGCUUCUAGAAAGCAAACAAAUAUCCCCAUUUUUACAUGCCUGCUAAUUUUGCUAGGGGCGGGGAUAGUUUAAAGAAAAGAUGGAGGACUGUUUUCCUAUGAAGGUCCAUUAACUCAUUGGCAAAGGCAACCAGGAGUUGGAACUGCAGGUGGGCACACAUCUGAUGGAGAGUGGAGUGGCAGCCAAAAGUAGUAGAAGUGCACAAUAUUGCAUCACUCUCUCUGUUAUCCCUUGAUCUUCCUCUGUGUCACCCCAUCUCUCUCUGCUUCCUCACCCCCUUCCAUUACUCUGAAGAGCUGGAUGAUGCUAUGGGUUGCAUGAUGUUUGGUUGUGGGCUGCAGGCUCCCUACCACACUAUGCUGACAUAGCAGCCCCUGUGUCUCUGUAACCUUGUGUUUCCUUCUGUUAUGGUCCUCCUUCCUCUUGGCUGCUGCCCAGUGGCAGUGGCCAUCUUAAUUUUCAUAUGAAGCUGCCUUAUACCAGGCCAGACUAUCCAUCUAUCCAGCCCAGCACUGUCUCCUCUGGCCACCAGCAUCAUUCCCCCAGCAUCUCACACCAGAGCCUUUCUUGCCACCUGCUAUCUGAUCUGCUUGAAUAGGAAAUGCCAGAGGUUGUACAUGGGACCAUCUGCAGUAGCAGCUGGCGGGGUGGCACAGGUUGGGACCCAAUGCUCUCCUCACUUCCAAUGGUCAUAAAUAGAGUUGUAUUCCAGAAACAUCUGGAGGGAGACUGAUUCCCUACCUCUGCCUUAUGCAGUCACUGCCCAAACUCUAGCACACCAACCAUCACUGAAUUUUUUCUUUAUAAAGAUUUAGUGCAGUCUUCUGAGUGAAAACUUAGUAAAUGACAGCCUUGGGUCUCAUUUUUCUUUUCCUUGUGUUUACAGGCAUUCUGUCUUUGUAAUAAAUGAAGACCUGAAUGUUUUAAGCUAGCAGAUUUGUGUGUGUGUGUGUUUUGGGUGUAUUCUUCUCUUGCACAUUUUGCUGAGUGUAACAGAAUAUAAUUUAGUCCUUGGUGAAGUGCAAGUCAGGCUCCUUCCAAGCCCAGAGUGAGAACAGCGUUGCUUUCUUUAUCUAAGCGUGACUGUGUAUAGGUCCUGUUCUUUUACAUAACCAUGAAUGUUUUGCAUUGUAAGGUGCUGUCAUAAUUCUUUGCAUGCUGAGCGCUUAAACUUUGUGCUGGGAAAAUCUCCCCUGCAGUUAAAUCAUGGGCUCAGACAACACUCCAGCUUAGUAGCAGUAUAGCUGUUCAUCCUGUUUCCUGACACUGUUGAGGUGGGAACUGAGAGCCACGUUAGACAGGAUGCUAAAUGCACCAUUAGCAAGUCCCAUUGGUACCAGUUGAAGCUGGGCCUAAUAGAAGCAUUGGCGAGCGGGGAUGGGAUUUUUGUUGGGAUGAGGUGAAGCAGGAUGUCAUGCUGCAGGAAAUACUAGGUGCUAGGGUGCCAAUUGCAGGAGAUAUGAACCUUCCCCAAAGGACUCACCAAUGAGGGCAGGGUUGCAGAUGCAGUAUGUUUCAAACACAUUAAGCUCAAACACAGAGAAUUAGUCUAGGUUCAAACAUGACAGAAUCAUGCAAGAGUCCAAUGUCAACAUCACAGGAAGUUCAAGCAAGGUUCAACACUGCAUAGUAGAAAGACUAGAAUCAGGAACUAGGAGCCAAAGAACAAGGAUCCACAAAUGUGUUGCUACUCCUUGACCUGGAGCCAAAGCUUUUUAACAUAAUUACAUAUAUAAGUAUUUUGUUUUGCACCCCACAAGAAGCCCAACUUCCACUUGGAAACAAAAGUAGCAAGUUUCUAGUCUUCUUGUUGCAGCAAUAAUCAUUGGUAAAAACUAAAAUGCUGAAGGGCUUGCAGUGGACUAAAAGGGAACUCAAUGUAUCAUUAUGCAUUUUCAGUUUCCACAAAGAUUUUGCAGAAGCUGACUUAACCUUUUUCACAUUUGAGUGGUUUGAUUUUGAAAUAGAAUGUUGCAGAAAUGCAGUCUUUUCACCAUCUGCAAUUUGGCAUCUGCCAUGUUGGUUAAAAUAAUGUGCAGGUUAUGUUAAUUAUCAGCAGUCCAUCAACUUGCAAAUAUAUUGUGAAUUUGUCACAAAUGUGCGAACAAAUUUCCUAGCCUUGCUUUGUGAAAAUAGGUGAUCUCCUUUCCCUGCUCCACUGUGCACUUCAAAACCUGAAGGGAUAGCAAAGGAAAAUCACCCCCAGAAUGGUACUUGGAUAGCUCUAAAUUAAAAUGCAGUAUUGAAUACCUAUAGUUAACUGUGUUCAGCUCAGUUUUAAAACCAUUUACCGUCUUUGUCUCUGGCACCAUUCUGGAGAGACUGUUUCAGGGUUCGACGUCUCUGAAGAUUAGAAGCCUACUUCUGUCAGGAGACAUUAACGUCUCGCCUUGUGGGAUAGCUGGAGUGGGUGGAUGUGACAUUUGCCCUUUUUUACCCGUGAAGAUUAGUAUGUCCAGUGUCAGAGCUCUUGCAUAGUAUGCUUGAAAUGUGUGUCCUGCGGGAGAAUAAGCUAUUGCCUUUCAGUCUUAGAAGGUCAUUGUCAAGGUGAGCCAAGUCCCCUAUGGGUUACCUGAAUAUAUUUGCUGUCAGGCAGCAUGAACAGUACCAGCUUGGGCUCUGGAAUGACAUGAUUAGUGACCGCCCUGUAAAAUCAUUUAUCAGCCACUGUCUGGUUUGCUACUGUGCGUUUCAGUCCUUUUCUUGCAUGCUCAAACAUUUGGUGCAUGGAGUGUUGUGCUCUAUAACUUAUGCUAAAUGUUAACUUUAUCAUUAUGCCGCCCUUAUGAUAACACAGUGUUUGUAAGUGGACCCUUUGCAACACUUUAUGCUUGCUGGCAACUCUUUCUUCUUGCCUCCUGCACUUGUUGUGGUGCUCACACAGAAUUGUGCCAUAAUCACAAUUAUGAUACUGUGUUGUACCGGAUGCUAGUUUGAUGGUCUUUUAUAUUCAUGUUAUGGUUUAAUAUUUUACUACACCCUGCCUUGGGGUCACUUAUGUGAGAUCACAUGGGCAAAAAUUACAUUUCAUAAAUAAUCCUUAAAUAAUACUUUGCUAAACCUGUAUGUGGGAUUUCGAGACAUGUAAAUGUUCAGUGAUGUUUAAUAACCUUUCAGGGGGAAUAGCACAUGGAUCUUGAAGAACCAGUUUUUCCAAGUGGAUUUGUGUGAGUUAAACAAGUAAAUUAAUUAGAUAUAAAGGUCACAAUUCCUCAGGACUUCAGAUGGCAGUUGUGUGCAGUUUCUUUCAUUUCUGUUUGAGGUGACAUUUAAGGAGGAUAAAGGAAGGCAUGCAUGCGAGCGCAGACACACGCACCAUUUCAGGUCACAUUUGAUUUUGCUUCAAGAACUGUGGCCAACCUCAUACUGGUUAUAAACUGUUCAGUUGGCCUGAAGUCUGGCUUAAAGAAAGAGAAUCACUGCAGGGAGAGCGAACAGGGGCCCUGAAGUUCCCCAUCUACAGUGAGCACAUGGAGGGCCAACUGAGCAAGCACACAGGUCAUUUGCUCACAGUCUACCCCACUAUGGUGAAAUGUAUUGCAUUACUGUUUAGAUUGUAGUGUUUGUUGCAUCUAGGCAUAUAAAUUAGCAUAUGGAAAUUUUAUUCAGAUCUAUGUCCUCUUUUUUGAUUAUUCAUUUCUUCUUUUUUUGGUGAUGUGUAAGAGACGCAGGUGGUGCUGUGGGUUAAACCACAGAGCCUAGGACUUGCCGAUCAGAAGGUCGGCGGUUCGAAUUCCUGCGACGGGGUGAGCUCCUGUUGCUCGGCCCCUGCUCCUGCCAACCUAGCAGUUCGAAAGCACAUCAAAGUGCAAGUAGAUAAAUAGAUACCGCUCUGGCGGGAAGGUAAACAAUGUUUCCAUGCGCUGCUCUGGUUCGCCAGAAGUGGCUUAGUCAUGCUGGCCACAUAACCCGGAAGCUGUACGCUGGCUCCCUCGGCCAAUAAAGUGAGAUGAGCCCCAGAGUCGGUCAUGACUGGACCUAAUGGUCAGCGGUCCCUUUACCAUAUUAAGUGCAUCACACUGGUCCAAAGCAGGCACCAGCGUGUAGACUUCAAGCCAAAUGGAGGAGUUAACCAUGAGAAGCAAAAUAACCGACAAGAGAACAUACAAACUGGGAUAGGCUUGUCAUUCCUAGCUGGUGGUGCUACACAUCCUUCUUCACAUUGAAUUACGUGGACAGUUGUUUUGUGUAUGUGUGCUUUCAUGGUUCUGCAGCUUGCAGCUAUGGUGCAGUGCCUCUCUACCCUCCAGAGGAGAUUUGAGUGAGGUGUAGGGGGCAUGCAGCGGGAGGAGAAGGGGGGAGCCCUGUUGUGAAGGCUAGAGCCCUUUCCCUGGCGGAAUGGGUUUGCUGAAUAAGAUAAUAUUCUCAGACUGCAUUUGUAACACAGAUGAAUCUGUUCCCUCUUCUGCAGCAUAACUUCACUUCAGCUUCUGUCUGUCUGUCCUGGAUUUGAGCAACAGUCAUUCUAUGCCAGCCAUCUGCCAUUUGCAAAGCAAAUGUUGGAUGAUUCCAAUAAUAAUAAUAAUAAUACUUCAACAGUGAGUGCCCAAAUGACAUCACCUGUGCACAAAAAGGAGGUAUCAGUAGGUUCAGGGGGGGAAACAAGGGAGUACCCCCCCGUCCCAAAGCCCAAUGAGAAUUUAUUGUGUUCAGGGGGCACAGAAUGCUAAUGCUAUCUGUUGGGGAGAGAGCCGGAAAACUCAGUUGUUGGUGUAAUGGAGUAUCCUGGAAGAAGAUGAGGACAUGGCUGGCUGGCUGGCACUUUGAACAGGAGCACUCCACAAUGAAACAUAUUGUGACCGGUCCCACUUGUCUUGACUAAGUUCCAUUGGAAGCAGUGGGUCUUGAGUUAGUUGCAACUGUCACAUUGGGUUCCAUGGGACUUAUCUAGGACUCACGUUAGCUACAUUUGGGCCCAGUGUGGUAUAGUGGUUAAAGUGCUGGACUAGAAGUUGGGAGAACAGGGUUCAAAUCUCCACCCAGUCAUGAAGCUUGCUGUGUGACUUUGGACCAACCACAAUCUCUACUUCUAUCUCUACUGAUCUACCUCAUAGGGUUGUUGUUGAGAUAAAAAAAAGGGGGGAAAGGACAGCUUUGGGGUGAAAGAUGGGUUUUUAAUUUAAUAAAUAAAUAUAUAUAUAUAUAUAUAUAUAUAUAUAUAUAUAUAUAUCAUUUUUUUCCAACCAAGACUCUCGUUUGUACAGGAACGGCAAAGUUCUUUUACCUUUAAGUUAUGGGGAAGGGGCUUACUGAAACACAGUGGUUUUUUUGAACUGAAGGUUGUAUCUAUGGCCGGAAUCUUUCUUUUGAUGUGGUAAUUACCCAGAACAAACACCACCACCAUCAUCUUUAUCAUUAUUUACCAAUGUUGGUUUUAUGUCAUAAAUACAGUAUUUUGUUUGUCUGCCCCCCAGUGGUAAAAAUCAGUAUUUACUAGGUUGGGUCAAAUUCUGCCUUUUGAAUUUUUCUGCUUUGCCAUUAUAAUUAUUUGCUGUUAUUACAUGAGAGUGUACACACAUAAACCAUGAAAUUGCUGCCAUAAGAUCACUUCACGGUGUCUUUACCAUGUCAAAAGUUAUCAUGAGUUUUGGCCUCAGUACCUUGAGAGCAAGCCCUGCAAGCUGUUCCAAUAAAAACACAUUUAAAUAUGUACCUUGAAGUCCAUUUUACAAUUAUUAUUUUUAAUUAGGUCAGUUGUUUAGCCAGAACAAUAGAUGAGAUUAUCCAAAGGGAUGGAAGGUUUAGGUGUCUGCCUCUACAUAUAUGUAAAAUAUCUCUGUAUAUAUGUGCAAUAUUCGGAAACAGACUCCUACACUUUUGUCACUAGCAGUGUGCAUUGGUAAUUUGUCUAAGUUUUUCAUUUGCAUUGUUUGGAAAAUGAGUCACGUUUCAUGCUUUGAAGGCUGUUAUUGACUCACUCAGGUUAAGAUUGGCAAGUUAAUACAACCAUGAUUGAAUAGGAUGCAGUUUUAUUAUAUAUCAAGGCUUGGGGUUAAUUAUAUUAACACAAAAAGUGCUGUGCUAGAUCAGGUCAAAAGCCUAUCUAGUCCAGCCCUCUGUUCUCACAGUGGCUAAACAGAUGCCUCUGGGAGGCCCAUAAGUAAGUUCCUUGUGCAAUAGCACUCUUGCCACAUGAGAUUCAGAGGCAUACUAUCAUUAUCAUGUCCUCCUCGUAAUGUGUGGCAUGUAAUUAUUGUUUUGAGGUUACGGGUGGUGGUUUUUAUUUUAUUUUAAAUCAUUGCUUUAAUUAGGUUGCAUACAACGAAGUCAUUGCACUCGCAAAGCAACUUUAGGAUCAUGCACUUGGACUUCCUCUUACUCUCCUCCCCACUACUACUCUAAAUCUGUUCCAUUCAUGCAGUGACUGUAUUAGAUUCAACCAAUGGUAUUGCACUUUUGUAUGUUCUGGUGAAGAGCAGGUCUUUUAUUUAUUUCUAUACCUAUUACGGUACAUUUCUAUUCCCACCUUUCCUUCAAGGAGCUUCAGGGUGACCAUGCAUGACUUUCUCCCUCCCCAUUUUAUCCUUACAACCACCCUGUAAAUUAAAUUAUGCUGAGAGGCAAUGACUGGCCCAAGGUCACCCAGUGAGUUUCGUGGUUGAGUGGGGAUUUGAACCCUGAUCUCCCAGAUCCUAGUCCAACACCUUAGCCACCACACCAGUGGAACCAAUCGACAGGUUCUGGUGCUUCUCUGCUGAUCUCCCAGACUCUCUAGGUUCAGAAGCAGUAUGCUACUAAAUAUCAGUUGCUGGGAACUAACAGCAGGGGAGGCCUGCUGCCUUCGUGGUCUACUUAUGAGCUUCCGAGUAAUAAUUAGUUGGCCACUUUGGGAAGCAGUAGGAUGACCACUCAUGCUUGUCAAACAAACAGACAAAAACAGAGAAAGGAAAAAAGAGGUCACAGAUCUGCAUACAAUCCCCUAUCCUAAUUUAUAAAAGGUAAAGGGACCCCUGACCAUUAGGUCCAGUCACGGACAACUCUGGGGUUGGGGCGCUCAUCUCGCUCUAUAGGCCGAGGGAGCCGGUGUUUGUCCGCAGACAGCUUCCGGGUCAUGUGGCCAGCAUGACUAAGCCGCUUCUGGCGAACCAGAGUAGCACAUGGAAACGCCGUUUACCUUCCUGCCAGAGUGGUACCUAUUUAUCUACUUGCACUUUGACGUGCUUUCGAACUGCUAGGUUGGCAGGAAGGUAAAGGGACCCCUGACCAUUAGGUCCAGUCGUGACCGACUCUGGGGUUGCGCAAAAACAGAGAAAGGAAAGAAGAGGUCACAGAUCUGCAUACAAUCCCCUACCCUAAUUUAUAUGUAUGUGCAAAUGUGGAAAAAAUGGCCAUCGUUUAAACAGAAAUACUAUAUAUCUCAGGGUUGUGGGUUCGAGUCCCACAUUGGGCAAAAAGAUUCUUGCACUGCAGGGGGUUGGACUAGAUGGCCCUUGGGAUCCUUUCCAACUCUACAGUUCUAUGAUUGGAUAUCUCACUAUGGUAGAGAAGACUAAAGCCAGUGCCUACUCAGUUUUGCUAUCCAUGUGUUGUCAGUGAGCAGCUUCAAGGCUCCUGCUCCUCUCUCUUUUUAUGGAGGAAGAUAACUGGACUUUGGGUGCAUGUGAAUCUGGCGCUAGUUUUCCUGAUUAUAAUGCUAGGACUUAUGUCCUAUUUUCUGACGUCCCUUUCACACUGCAGUACCUGUUAUGCUAUGGAAGUGGGGUUUUUUUUGACUGACAUGUUGCCCUAUAUUUUGUUCAUACCAGUGGGCGUGGCUUGACACAAUGGAUGUCAUUGGGCAAUGCUCCACACGUGCCUAAUUUUAAUUGUUUCCACAUGAAAACAGCAGGAAAUAACUGUAUGCUGGUAUACUUUUCCAAAUUCCCUCACUUUACUACCGCAGUUUUCUAGGCUAAGGGGGCUGCACAUGGAUUUUUUCCUGGAAUCAAAUAGCAUAGAAAUGAAGGCUAAACAUGCGCUAUAUUCCGUUAGUUUUUUGGGAGUGGCUUUUACAUUGUGUGAAAGCUCAAAUCUAAUGUGGAAAUUACCUGCUUGGGAAAUGUCAGGGAAAUGAAAUAAAUUGCUGCGUGAAUGCAGCCUUGGACCAGACAGAGAACUAUUUCAAAAAGAAGACUAUCCUCUGUGAAGUAGGACACACAGCCUCCCUAGAAACAUGAUGUUAGGCUUGGUAGACAUUUGGCCUGAUUGUGCAGGGCUUUUCUUACUUUCUUUUGAGAAAUCCAUAGAUCAGAAUAAUUUGCCAGCUUACAUUUGCAUGGUCUGGUUAUGUCAGUUGUCAUCUGUCCAUUUUCUCCCAAAAGGAAACACGGAGAGAACGCAAGGCAUGGCGUGAUGCUGUGAAAAUAGCCUAUUUUUCCUUCCUGGUCCCCAGCCUCUUUUUUUUUUUAAAAAAAAUGUUUUUUUAAUGGUUAUUUUUAAAAUGUGGGAACCAGGCAUUUUGGUUCCCAUGAGCCUUUUUUUAAAGGGCAAACGAAGAAUCUAAAUCCAUUCUGUACCAUGAUGCAGAAAUCUGUGGGUUUUAUAGUUCUUUUCUACCUUACGUGCGCUCCGUUUCCAUAGAGACUCUAUAAAUAGAAUAAACUUUAAAUCAUGAUGGCCCAAAGCAGCAAUUCAAUACAGUAGGGUUUUCCCCCCUUUCUUUCUGGUAAUCCUUUUCACAGGUGAAAAUCAGUAAGACGUUCUGAUUUUUAAAGUCAAUUGGCUGAUGAGGAAAGCUUGAGCCUCUUUGCCCUUCCCCUGUGCAACUUUAGUGGCUAGUAAAUUAUUCCUAACUUUUAAUGAGAAUAAAGGAGGCCUAAUGAUUUGGGUACUAGUGGGAGUUGAGUGACUUGAGGCUAGUUUGCAGAAAACUACACAUUAAAUGUUCUUCACUUUUGAUUAAACCGUGGGGUGCUGAUGUGAGGCUUCCAGGAACCAUGAGAUCAAGUUGAUGUUUGGGAAAUGAAUGUUUCUGCCCCUUCUCUGAUACUUCAGUGGAACUCAAACUAGGGUUCAGGCAUAGAGAAUGCAAAAAUACAUGGAAGGUUCAAGGUUCUUGUGUUGGUAUGCAAAGGGCUGAAAAACGAGUCCAGGCUCUUAAGCACUUCCUGAGCCCUUAUUUCCCAGCAGAAUUCUUGAGAUCAUCCAGAGGAGUGCUGUUAGUUGUGCCGUGUGUUCCAGAAGCCCAGCUGGCCUCAAGUGACUAUCAGGCAUGUAGUGUCACUAGUUCCCUGCUGUGGAAUACUCCUCCUGCAGACAUUUGGCAGGCAUUCUCACUUUGGGCUUUCAGGCAUCUCUAGAAGACUUUUAAAAAAGCAGACAGGCCUAUUCAGUUGUUUAAAAUGUCUCUUGAUUAGCCAGUCAUUUAAUGAUUGCCCUACUGAUGUUUUGUAUAAAUGCUUUUAUUAACAAAUAGAUAAGCACCCCCCAAAAAAAAAGUUCCAAGGAGGGAGAGGUUCCUGAGAGAGGAAGUCCCUGGUUGGGACCGUGCAGAAAGGACUGACCCAGACUAAGUCCUUAACAUGUCUAGUUAGGAGGACCACAUAGCUGGUCAUUAGAAAAGACCUCUGUCUGAGACCGUGGAGAGCUACUGCCAGUCAGAAUAUGCAUUACUAGGCAAGAUGGACCAAUAGAUCAGCUAUAUGGUGGAUAGCUUUGUGGCAAGAUGAGUUUUGCAUUCGUAGGCAAACCUGAACACAGGUGGGCUGAAGAUCCUCUGUGGUCUGCUUUGGAUUUACAGUGGUACCUCAGGUUACAUACGCUUCAGGUUAUAUACGCUUCAGGUUACAGACUCCGCUAACGCAGAAAUAGUGCAUCAGGUUAAGAACUUUGCUUCAGGAUGAGAACAGAAAUUGUGCAGCGGUGGCGCGGCGGAAGCAGGAGGCCCCAUUAGCUAAAGUGGUGCUUCAGGUUAAGAACAGUUUCAGGUUAAGAACGGACCUCUGGAACAAAUUAAGUACUUAACGUGAGGUACCGCUGUAUUAGAUAUUUGUUCCCUACCACUUGCCCCAUGUCGUGCCCAUGUUGUGACAUGGAGCACACAAGCCUUGAAAAAGCAAGGUGACGUCCAGAGGAGCAAUUUUCUUCAACAGUGCCUUGACAUCUAAAUCCACCCCUUUUUGAAAGUUAGUAAAGGUAACGGGACCCCUGACCGUUAAGUCCAGUUGCGGACGACUCUGGGGUUGCGACGCUCAUCUCGCUUUACUGGCCGAGGGAGCCAGCAUACAGCUUCUGGGUCAUGUGGCCAGCAUGACUAAGCCGCUUCUGUGAACCAGAGCUGUGCACAGAAAUGCCGUUUACCUUCCUGCCCAAGUGAUACCUAUUUAUCUACUUGCACUGUGAUGUGCUUUUGAACUGCUAGGUUGGCAGGAGCAGGGACUGAGCAACUGGAGCUUACCCCAUCUCGGGGAUUCGAACCGCCAAUGUUCUGAUCAGCAAGCCCUAGGCUCUGUGGUUUAAAAGGCUUUGAAAGGGAAGGCCUCUGGCCUGGAGCCUGACAUCUCUCCAAAAGUUUUUUUAACCAGCGCAUAGGCUGCACUGUGUGAGAUCCUUGGAGGUGAAUAUGCUGCUCUUUUAUUAGAAUUGGGUUCAGUUGUUUCUGCUUCAGGGACUUCUGCCUUGGCUUCGUUCUGUUUGCUUUGAUGGAAUGUGAUGGAAGCUUGCACUUCUCAUGCCAAGAUUCACCUGCAUGGUGGCCCUGAUCCCACAAGAAAGCCCUGGUCUCAGGUCAUCUGCUAUUCUUUCACCAGCAGUGGACUUUUGAGUCUUCAGCUGUUUUCCCAAUACAAAAUCAUUAAUUUAAUUAGAUGAGAGUGCUGAUGCAGACUCCUUGUCAGUGGGCUGCUAGGAUCACUUUUCUAAAUGCUCUUCAAACUGCAGCUCCUGUAGGGUCACUGUUUGUCAGGUUUUUCAAAAGAACUCAGCAUUGUUGGGCUUGUUACAUAUUAAUGAUUUCACAUAACCAAGCUCAGUCUGGUUUAUUAAUAAUGAAAGAGCAUUACAGGUUAAUCUUUCUGCAAGAAAAAUAAAACAAGAUAAGAAGUAAUGUAUGGCCAAAUACCAUGUUCUCUUGGGAGAGCAGAAUGUACAGAAUGUCCUUGUUGUCAUCCUUCAGAAGAUCUGAUCCCAUAAUUAGAGAUGCAUACAAAUGAAAUUAGAAAAUUUCCCACAUAGUUUAUUCAUGAAAAUAAUAAUCUUUAACUAUGUUUGCAUCCACUAACACUAGCUAAGUCCUUUCUUUUAUGACCAUGGACAACAUGUAACAUGGAUUGGAAAUACCUUUUAUUUUGUCGCCUAGGGAUCCUUGAUCAAUACAUAGGAAAAACUUUUAUCUACAUUCCAUGCAUAACCAAACCAUGCCCCAUAAGCACCACAGACGAAUGAAUGGGUUCAAAGCAGCCCAGGUUCUGGGAGUUGCAGGCUGGGAGCAGGCUCCACCACACACUUCUCUUCCACAGAUCCACUUAUUUGCCAGGUGCAUUAAACACACACAGAUAUGGGAUGAUGUGGUGGGAAAUUUGUUCUCUGCUCCAAAAAUAGCAACAAGCUCAUUUGAAAUGGCAACUGACACAAGUUGCCACCCAGCGGUCUUUCUGGGGGACAAUCUGUUGUUUAAUUGCUUUGAUAUGUUGCAAGAUAUGGCAGGAUCAACACUUUUCUGCUCCUGACUUCCAGCUUCCUUGGAAAGAUUAUGUGGCUCUUUCAUUCCAUCUUGAAGCAAUGUCCCAAAAGGAAGUUUGUUCUGCUUAUAAGCAAACUUUUAUGCAUAUACAUAUAUAUGUAUACAUAUAUAUACACAUAUACAUACACACACACACACACACACACACACACACAUUUUUGCUACAUAGGCGAUAAAUGCCGUGGACUUUUGUAGCCUAUAUUUUAAUACAGUAAUAGCCAAAUCUGAUUCUCCCAUCAGCCUCAGCCAGCAAGGCCGAUGGUCAGGGAUGAUGGGAACUGCAGUCCAACAACAUCUGCAGGACACCACAUUGGCUAUCCAGGGUGUAAGACCAGCAUUUUGUCCCUUGUUCUGGCAUUUUUUCCUGCCUCAUAUUACUUCGAUUGUGGAGGAAACCCGAGUGGGCCACAACCAAGACUUUUAGCUACUAAAGCCACAUAAACUCUGAAGAAAGGAAAAUCUCCUAUUCAGUUUUCAAUGAUGAUUUAAUGAAGGAAGCUAUGGUUUGCUUUUGCACUUAUACAUGAAAUUUGGUUACAUUGCCUGUAGCUUCUAUAAGAUGCAUCUGGUUAGGCUUGACUUGAGUAACUGUAACCAUAGCUUGCCUUGUAGUUUGGCAAAAGCAGCAGAGCAUCCAGCUCUCUUCUAGACUUUCUUCUCUGUCUCCCUCAGUCUAGUGAAGCUGUGACUUUGGCAAAAGCUUGUGCCAACUCAUGGGACUCCUUAAAGCAGAGUUUGCAGGACAAAUGGGCAGGAGUUAAUAUCUAUAGCUGGCAGGUUCGGUUGGGAGGGAGUAUAUCUUGUUAAAGCAUAUUUAAAAGGCCAGGAAGAAAAGCACCUGCUAUGGAGAAUGCUUUUGCAAAUUGAAGAGUUGUCAGCAAAAAGUGUGGAAAUGACCAUAGGACACCUGCCAUACCAGUCACAGUUAGGGUGCAGAUCAGGGGCAAAGAACCUGUGGCCCUCCAGAUGAUGCUGUACUCCCAUUAGCCCCUGCUAGCAUGGCCAGUGUUCGGGGAUAGUGGGAGUUGUAGCUCAGCAACAGUUAGAGGGCCACAAAACUUCCCCACCUCUGCUGCAGAUCUUAAUGCAAUAUAGUGAUCUCCUUUAAAACAUCCAGCUGUAACAAUGGAUAGGGCAUACUAUGCCAGGCUUUGAUGGUUGCAUAGGAAUGAUGAAUAAUCCUGAUGUUUAGCACCCUUCCCACCCCUUAAGAAGUAUGUCUCGGGGGGUGUGUGUGCACACGGCAUUAUCACAAUUGUCACUGUGCUAUUAAAUGGUAUCAAUGUGAUCUCUCAGCCUUCCAGUCGCUUGGUAUUGUACAAUCAUCGUAAUCAUUACCCCACAUUGCUCACAUCCAUUGCCUCCUGCUCUGGCAAAAGUGCUCUGACAAUGGUUCUUGCUGGAUGCUAGCUGACGUAGGAUCUUUUGGGAGGCCUGGGGGAGCAGUAAGUGUGUAUAAGUGUGUACUGGUGGUGAAUUGUGAUAGUUCAACAAAUGGUGGUGGUGGUGGAACCCUAGGGGUUAAUCAAUGCUGAGAGUGCUGGAUCCCUAGGUUCAUGGUCAUGAAAUGCAAAAUAUUGUACUCCAGAUUGUUAUGUGUGGGUGAGCCUGGACUUCAAAAACGCUAAACCAGUUCGUAACAACAGAAGAUGCAGCUGCAGGAUUGUGGCAAUAUUGCGAGCUAAUUUUUCCAUCUGUGUUCUGUGCCGUCUGUGUUAUGUAAGAGAAGCCCUGUGUAGCCCCUGUGCUUCCAAUGCUUUUGUCUCUCUUCUCCAUGCAGAAGAUACAACAGCUGUCUGAGGGAUCUAUGUUUGGCCAUGGCCUUAAGCAUCUUUUCCAUAGCCGCAGACGGUCCCGGGAACGGGAGCACCAUAACUCCCAGGAGUCAUCACAGCAGCAGCAGCAGCACCAGCACCAUGGCAUGUCUGACCACGACUCCCCAGACGAAAAAGAACGUUCCCCUGAGAUGCACCGUGUCUCCUAUGCCAUGUCUCUCCACGAUCUUCCGGCUCGGCCCACUGCCUUCAACAGGGUGUUGCAGCAGAUCCGCUCCCGUCCUUCCAUCAAGAGGGGGACUAGCUUGCACAGCGGCAGUCGGCGAGCCAAGAGUGGCUCCCUGGAACCCCAGAAAAUCAGCCCGCACCUUGUCCGCAAGGCCCCCCAAGAUAGCAGCCUGACAGCAAUACUGCACCAACACCAAGGCCGGCCAAGAUCUUCAUCCACCACUGACACUGCUCUCCUUAUGGCCGAGGGUGGGACCGUAUACCUCCUGGCGGAAGAGUCUGACUGCCUCGCUGACAAGGUAAGACUGAAGGUCCAGAAGUAUGAGGUGUCCAGUAACUGGGAAACCCAUUUCACUUCAUAGUAUUCUAUGUUCCUGUUGUCCGCCUCUUUGAUAGGGAAUUCAAGGCCCUGGAAUCCAAUGAGUUUCAACAUCUGUCUAUAUCUAACAAGGUAAAGCAACUUGGCAGGGUUGCUUGGUGCCACCUGUGGGGUUUGUGAGAAGCACAUAGGAAUGGGUGAAUCUGUCAAUUUCAGGUUCUUUGGGUUUUCAUUUUUCUAAUUUUUAGUUCACACUUCCACAUCAGUUUGUGAUUUUUUUUUUUUGUCUUCAUGAAAAUUCAGCAGCAUUUUGGUGUGAAUUUCUCCAAACAUGCACAUUUUUGUGUGUGCAGUUUUGCCCAAUAUACCCAUUUUUGCUGGGCAAUUUUACCUCAUAGAAUGCAUUUUGUAUAUGUUUCUUGGCUGGAGGGCUGCAUGACAUACUUUGGAGAACUGCAAAUUUUGAUGGAUGGCGGUGUUUUGGUUUUCAUGUUGUUUCAGCAAGUGCAAAUUACAUAGGUCCAGCUUUAAAUGAAAACUAAAUAAAAUUUAUCACCAGAAGCACCUCCAUGCUAAAGAGAGAUGCAGCUCCAUCAGAUGCACCUAAAACAAAUCGGGUGGAAUUCAUAUCAAAAGGCUAAACCUUAGUUAGCUGAGCUUGGCCAGCAUUGCUACAAAUUAGCCUUCUGAAAUUAUUAUGGUAUUGCCAGUUAUCUCCAUAUGUCUGCUUGCCUGUCCUUUCAUUAACAGAGUGUGAAAAGUUCUGUCAUUCCCUAGAUUAGGGUGGGCAGAGUUCAGAGUUGUAGGAUGAGCUUUGUUUUUUAGCCAAACCCCACAAUUUACUAGUCAGAACCAGCUGCAAAAGACAUAGUUGGAAUUCUAUGCCUCUGAGCGCCUCCUGAGACUAGGAAUUUAUUUUUGGUACCAGAUCUGAAUUGAGCUCACAGUCCUUUAGGGCAAAAUCCACUUUUGCUUAUUAGCGGUUUUCAUUGCAGCCGCCCAAUUUAGGUAGGAAAAGUUGAUUUGUUGUUAAACAGUUGGGAGUCAUAAAUGCUUUUUCUCAAUCUACUACAGAUCACCUAGAAAACUACCAGUAGAUCCCAAUCUACCUUUCUGCCUGUGCCUACUGUAGAUUAUCUAAAUAAGACUGGAUUCUAGCCUGCAUAGCACUUCAGACCUCUCCCUGCAAAAUUCACACUUAUUGUGACCACAGAAUUUUAGAUUUCUAUGUUGAUUAUUCAGUAUUCCACUAACACAGGGCUCGGGACCAUUUGGCCCUCCAGAUGUUGUUGCAUUCCAUCUCCCAUCAGCCCCAGUCGGCGUGGUCGAUGGUCAGGGAUGAUGGGAGUUGUAGUCCAACAACAGUUGCAGACCCAAGUUUGAGAAACAUUGAAUUCUAGAGGGCCACAGAUUCUCCAUCCUGGCACCAAGGCUGCUAUGACAGUGAGUCCCUGAAUACAGAGUCUCACCUUCAUUGAAUAAAAAUUCAACAGCUGAGAAUGGUGAACAGUUUACUUGGAUUCUGAGCCUAGGCAGUUGCCCUAUAUCUAGACUGCACCACUUAAUGCUAAUUCCUUGCACAAAGAAAAAUAGCAUGUUAGGGUGAAGGGUAAACUAGAAUCCUCCAUGAUACCUAGCUUUCUACAUGGUGGAGGGCAUUGUAAUGCAUGGACAUUCAUUUAUGUGAGCCUGUUUCUGUAUUUCCACAUAGAAUGGGUUGGCCGUUAUCCGGAAGGUUGCAGCUAUCACAGACUGCACAGUCUUGUAGCACAUUGUGACUUCACUGUUAAUGUCAGACAUCAGGGCAACUGCUUAAUCUAUGGGUGUGGCAACAUUGCAUGUCCUACAUUGUUUCCUACUUGCUGGUUUUCAUGUUGUCUAUUUUUAGCAUUAUGCUUCCUUCCUUGCUUGCAGUAGGCUUGCCUUUAUGAAUGACCUCACUAGUUGGCAUCAUGGUCAGCCAUGCUGCCAUUUGAUGAGCUAGAACGCUAUCCAGUAAGUCCAUGAAAUCUUCGUCAUCCACUGAAAGUGGAUGAUAUCAUUAUAGCUGUGGGUUUUCAGAAUCUAGUCAUUUAAUGAAAAUUCAAGUCAAGACCAACUUGGAGUGGGAGCAACAACUUUAGCAGUUGUUCUAUACCAUGGGUAGGCAAACUAAGGCUUGGGGGCUGGAUCCGGCCCAAUCACCUUUGAAAUUCAAUCUGCGGACGGGAAUCAGUGUGUUUUUACAUGAGUAGAAUGUGUGCUUUUAUUUAAAAUGCAUCUCUGGGUUAUUUGUGGGGCAUAGGAAUUCGUUCAUUCCCCCCUCUUCCAAAAUAUAGUAUGGCCCCCCACAAGGUCUGAGGGACAUUGGUCCGGUCCCCUGCUGAAAAAGUUUGCUGACCCCUGCACAAACACACACACACACACACACACACACACACAGAUCUCAAAAGUUUUCUGCCUGGCCUUGACAGCUGUUGUUGUGGGUAGUGCCUGAUUCUGAUUCUUUCAGCAGGUUUUUUUGUGAUUGCUGCAAGCUCACAAAUUCAGGAAGCUUUGCUCUCCCUCUGGAUCGUCUUCAUUUUGCCUUAGUGAUGAUUUCAUGUAGUUAAAACUGAUUGGCUGAAUAGUGCUGCCGCAUCAUCCCUCUCAUUAUGUGAUCCCUGAUUGGCUGUGAUUGCCCAUAUGACUUUUUUGAGGGGCGGGGAUAACUAUGAAGCAGUAGCAGAAACAAUGGACGGCACAGGAUUUUUAAAAACUGAGUAUUUAAACCAUUUGCAGGAUUUUUUCUGUCCCUGUGAAAGCAGUUUCCAAGCCAGUAAUCAUGAAACAUUUGGCACUGCUCUAAUUAUCUUCCCCCAUUAUAUAGAUGUUGACAACAUUACCACUACCACUGAACGCUAUGAUUAAAAUAAAGUAAAAAUAUUUAAAAUAUGCAAUUACAGAAUUAACUGAAUUAACAGUGUAUCGCGUCAGCCCAUUGUGAUAUGUAACCUGGUACCAAAAGACAAACCCCCUAAAACAGAGUACACCAGAAAGCCCUAGAUCUUUCUUGUCCCAUUAUUGUUCCAUUUUAUGUGCAUAAGAAGAAGACUCCAAAUUUGUUCUUCAGGUUCAGGAACAGAAAUCUCAAAAUGUUUACCAUUUCUAACAGUAGCAAAAUUAUCUCCUGUCCUUAUCUUCCUGCCUAAGAAUCACAGUAUUAAAUAAUGUUGUGCAUGACCUUACUGAGAAUCUGGUUAGACAAGGUCUUGCUCUGGGGCUUAGAGCUUGGAGCUGAGCUCUUGUCAUGGAGUUAGUUGAGAACUUCCAAUGGGACAAGGAUUCCAAUGGGACAAGCUUAACCACCUGGCCCAUGCACAGCUUGCCUGAGAUCCAGAGUUGGAGUCUUGUUAGAAUAAAGUCAUAAACUCAAACAAAAAGGCACCCAGUCCCUGGCAGGGCCCCCCAAUCAGCUUGGCCCUCCAAGUCCCAGGGCAAGUGUACCUGGCUGAGCCCCCCUCUCAUUUCUGCAUGGGCUCGACAGCCAUAAAGCCAAGCUAUCCUGAGCAUCUUUGCAAAGUUUCUCUUUUGGCCAGAGCAACACUGAGAGAUAUGAAACAGCAAUUACCCAUACCUGUGAGCUGAAUUUUAAUGCUGCGUAAGCAGCCCAUCUUUACUGAGCAAACGUGUUGUUUUGGGUGCCUGGAAGAUGCCUGGGCACGUCUCUGGGUGAAAUGAAGGUGGCGGAUGUGACUGUGAAUAUUUUCAGCGAGGGGAUUUGGGGGAGUUUGUGAGGAGCUUUGCAAAUCCUAAGUAAGGGCUUUUGCAGCUGCUAAGACCUUUCUGCUAGGAGAACAAUAAAUUGCCUGGUUCCUUUGGGGUCAGCAGGAUCAGGCUAAUUCCAUACUGAAGUCUUGGUAUUUUCUUGUCGUUCUGUACAUGCACUGUUUGUUGCUCUGUAGAAAAUAUUUCCUAUCAAGCAACUGCAAGCAGUAAUCAAAGUGGAGGUCAUGGAUACAGCUGCUUCUCAUAAGAGAGGAUCUUGAACGUUCCUUGGAAGAUCAUGCAGGCAUUGCCCUUUGCACAUGUGCCAGAUGGAAAUGUACAUUGAAGUGGGGCUGGGAUAGUGUUGGGUGAAUUCCAAUCCCUCACAUUAUUUUUAGCCCAUUCUGAAGUCUGGGUCCUGUUGCUGUACCUGUGACGUAUGAGAACUCUUCUGUUGAGACUUGGCUUCUUUUUAAAAAUGAUGGCAGUAUCAAGAGUGCCUCACCCCCCAAACACUCCUCUGGCAUCCCAAAUCCCCUUCUGCUGCUCACUCUGAUUUAUAGUGUAUAAAUUUCUUGUGUGUAUGUGUGGGUGUCUGUACACAUUAGUGUAUGGUGGGGUAACUGGCUACUGCUUAUAUGCUUACCUGAUAUAUGCUUAGACCUUUAUCGUUGUUUUGAUCAUAUCUACAUAGUUACAGCACCUGCACUGUGCAAAAGAGGUACAAUCACAUGUGUACUGAUGUGUGCGCAUGCACAAAUGCACACACACACACAAUCAAAUGAGAGACAAUAUUUCAUAGGUGGAAGGGGAACUACCUUUUCAUAAAUAGGCCAAAAAGUAGAUGCCUUGGGUGAGAGCAUUGGACCACACAGCCAUCAGUACUUCAUUGUGACUUGUUAGUAAGGACAGUGGGUGGAAUACUCAGGGGUUUUCUUUUUCAGCCUGCCAAAGGUAUUGGAUCAUUGGAACAAGGUUAAUGCCAAGUGGUACAGUUUUAAGGUUUCCUUUUUAAAAAAAUUGAUUUUGGCCAGCAAGCUAUCCAGCUUGCAGGCAGCUACCAUUUACCUUCUCCAUUUGGCAGCUCCCUUCUGCCUUCUGUCUUUGACUAUGAGUGCUGUCAUUUCAAAAUGAUAAGGGGCUCCUCUGGAUGUUUCUCUCACUAACUGCCCAACUAUGGGAUCCCAGGUUUUAAGUCCCCCUUUUCCGAAGACAACAUACUCCGAAUCGUUUAGCAGAGGUAUCCUGAUACCUUUCCCCCGCCCCUCUUUGGGCUGCCAGAGAACAUAUCCCUUCUCAGUGUCAGAAAUAGAACCGAUAAAGUCUUGAUCCUCAAUUCUCUCUUGCUUUGUAUCUUACAAAACCAACAGCUGUGUCUCCCUGUAGACUGAGAGAGUGAGUAUCGGGACUGGAGAGCUGCAGGCUCCUGCCAAAAUGAAUCUGAGCUUGGAAUGACAUCAAGGGUGCCAGCUUGCUUAUUUGCCUGGGAGGGUUAGAGAUAAGUGAGAGCUGCAAUUUUAGCUGAUUGCUUUAAAGAUGGAAAGCCAGUUGCCUGGCAGAGAGAAACACACACACCAGGAUUAUUACUGUUGUUGCUGCUGCUGCCGCUGCCGCUGAUUGCUAUUGAUGCAUUAGGCAGGCAUUCCAGACAGGCUCAGAGACUUAAUGUGUGAUGCUCCUGUGUUCCAGUAGUGUCUUGUCAUGGUUACAGUGCUUCAUACAGGCUUAUAGGCACAUGGGUGCUUUUUAAUGACCUAUGCAGGGAUACUCCCUUCCCCUCAAUGAGUUAUGGUCUAUUCUCUAUGCAGAGCAAUUGUGGAAGUAUUUGGUACUUGAUAGGUUGACUGACUGACUGACUGACUGAUUGAUUACAUUUAUAUUCCACCUUUUCUCCAAGGAGCUCAAGGUGGCAUACAUAGUUCUCCUCCUCAAUUUAACCUUACAACAGUCCUGUGAGGUAGGUGAGGCUGAGAGGCAGUGACUUGCCCCAGUGUAAUAAAAAUGUACCACCGAGCUAUGGUCUUGGCCCUCUAAAACAUGCCGUAUUUUUCGCUCUAUAAGAUGCACCAGACCACAAGACGCACCUAGUUUUUGGAGGAGGAAAACAAGAAAAAAAAAAUAUUCUGAAUCUCAGAAGCCAGAACAGCAAGAGGGAUUGCUGCACAGUGAAAGCAGCAAUCCCUCUUGUUGUUCUGGCUUCUGUGAUAGCUGCACAGCCUGCAUUCACUCCAUCAGACGAACACACAUUUCCCCUUACUGUUUAGGAGGGAAAAAGUGAGUCUUAUAGAGCAAAAAAUACGGUAGUCCCAUCAUUUCUGCAUGUUGAGAUUCCCGGCUGCAUUGAGCUGCACUGAGCCAAAGUUAUUCAGUACUGAACUUAGCCAAGGGAGCUAGUUAGACAAGGAAAGAGACCUUAAAUUGCAAAUGUCUGUUAUUUGGAAUUAAUUGCACAAUUGCUUUUGUAUGUUGCUCACAGAGAGACUGAAACUGAGCCAUGCUGAUUAUUAAUUUUUUGUCCACUUCAUCUGUCUCAACCUCCCCCAGCCUGGUGCCCUCCAGAUGUUUUGGACUACAACUCCCAGCCAGCACAGCCAUGCUGUUGGGGGACUGCAUCAGUAGUCCAAAACAUAUGGGGGGCACCAAGUUGGGGAAGGCUGUUGUACAUGAUACAGUGAUGUGGACCCCAAGUAGUGAGCCAGCACCUUUCCUUGUGACCUCUCUUUUUCCAGCAGCCACACAGGAAUAGCUGACAGCUCUCUUCACAUUCUCAUCUUUCUACAUGUAGUCAUCAUGUGAACCAUCUUGAGGAAUUUGACGGUGUGCACUCGCUGCCGCAGUUGGACGGCUGCUCUUGAGCAUCAGCUGAAGGGUGGAGUGAUGCAAACUCUGCAGCAUAAGGUUAUGACAGAGCAGCAUUAAAGAGGCUGCUCCCAGCCAGCAGUGUCUUGCAUUCAGUUAUGGCUGAAGCUUCUGAACCUCUGAAUGCUGGGUGCUGGGAUUCGCAAGUGAGGAGAGAGCUCCCAUAGGCAUCUAGCUGGCUAUUGUGAGAACAGAAUGCUGGACUAGAUGGAGCCUCGGCCCCACCUUGCAGGUCCUUCUUACGCCUUACCUUUCCCACGCCUGAGAUCUUUUCUCUGAAGAUGCUGGGGAUCUGAAUUGGGGCUUUUCUUUUUAUGCCUGCACAGCUUAAAAGGCCAUUGAACUGCAGCCCAUCCUACUUUUAUCAGGAUGGGCUUUUUUUUGUAGCUUCAGCUGCAGAUGCCAAAUACUUCCAAAUUUCUAUCAGCCUGACCUUCUGGAAGCCUUGGCUUAUUAGAAUUGUUUAGACAUGCUGGCUUUCAUGUUUAUCUCACCUGAGCCCCAGAGCUGAGGGCAAGUUAACAAAAGAGAGCUGAUAAAGCCAAUCGAGAAAGUAGUUGCUGUCAACUUAACAAGAGCAGUGGAAACUACCACAAGGGGCAGUAUUUAACUUUUCCCCUGGAUGAAAAUAAGUUUUUCUCCAAUAGUCUGAGAACAAAUUGGUAGGCAUCUGUGCACUCUCUCUCUCUCCCUGACACACUAAAACUUUCUGGAACGGUAGCUAUAUUGGUCUGUUCACAAGCAACUCCUCCCAAUCCCUGUGUAUAUUUAUUUGACAAUAACCCCAUCAAACCCAGCAGGGCUUACUUCUGAGAGAUCUGCAUAGGAUUGAGAAUUCUAAUCUGAGGUGAAGAUUGAAGUCCAGCGGGUGGGGGAGUCUUUGUUCUAGAUUAGUUCAUCCGGAGCACUUUUGUCUCUGCUCAUCAUCAGAUAUGGCUCCAUCAACUAUUGGAACAUGGCCCCCAAUGGAUUACUCUAGUGGGAAUGUGGCCCUCGGCAGAAGAAAAGGUUGCCUAGUCCUAAUAUAAAGGAUGAGGCAGGCUAUACAUUUGAAAAUAAAAAUCCUGAAUAGCAGUAAAUUGUAAGGGAGAUUCGGAGGUCUACAAUGAAAUUCUCGGGCAAGGUUCUUGAGCGGGUGGUUGUGAACCAGAUUCAAGCGCUUUUGGAGGAAACUGAUUCCCUAGAACCAUUUCAUCUGGGGAUUCAGGCCAGGUUGCGCACAGAAACUGCUUUGGUCGCCCCGUUUGAUUUACCUCUGCUGGGAGAGAAACAGAGGAAAUGUGUCCCUCUUAAUUCUUCUUGACCCCUCUGUGGCUUUCAGUACCACCUACCAUGGUUAGGGAUGGGUGGCAUUGCUUGCAAUACAUCAAGGACCAGCUCUCCUCAUAUGAACUGUGAUAAUCAUCUGAGGCCCUUCUUCAUGUGCCCUCUCCAUGAGAGGGCUGAAGGCUGGCAACAUGAGAAUGGCCCUUUCAUGGAAUGCUCUCCCCAAGGAGGCUCACCUGGCACCUUCGUUACAUAUCUUUUUGCGUCUGGCCUUUUCAAUGUGUCUGGGGGGGGGUAUUGGUUUGCUUUGCUCUUGCUUUUUUUAAUUAUGUAUUUUGUGUUUUCAUUUUGUAUUUUUAUGUUGUGAACCGUCCUGUGAUCUUCAGAUGAAGGGCAGUAUACAAAUUUAAUAAAUAAUAGUAAUAAUAAUAAAUGCACUGUAUGUUGUUGUGGAGGGUCUUCAUUCAUAGUCUUGCUUGCAAUAACAUGUUUUUGGUUGUUUAAGCAGAAGUUUUGUUUUGUAUCAUCUGUGUUUGUAUGGUUUUGUAAUAAACUUUGGCUAGCACAAUAAACUUACUUGAAAAUAAAUGAAUAAAUACAAAUAAAUAAAUGAGAUAAUACACUUCAAACAAACAAACUUCAUUAGGAAGGCUGCCAGUAUGCAGCUUCCAUACAGUCAUCUAAGGCAACCUCCAGAGAAUAUGCUACAGUAAUCUAAGGGUCACUUCAUAUAUUACAUCUUUAGGUAUGCACCUGUUGUUGUUGUUGUGUGAAUGGGAUGUCCAUAUUUGUAGUUGAGUGUACCAUGUUUUUAGAAACUAGUCAGGGAGAUAUAGCUGUCUAUAGGUCUCUGCUGACUGUGAGCUCAGGGUUGUUUCUGCAAUAAAUGGGGGGGGGGGUUCCUAAGCCUGAAUCUGACAAGAUUCAAACAAGCAAGUUUCCCAAUGUAUAAGCAUCUGUUUAGCCACAUUCACAUGUUUGUAAGCUGCAAUGCAGAGCAGCUUCCAAAGUCUUGUAAAAACACAUUUAACAAAUGAAACUAUGCAGGCAAUGAGGUUGUGAGGCUCUGGAACAAGCAGCCGUUUCCCCCAGUUAUGUUAGCUCUAGCAACUCUAAGGCUCAUAUGCACCAAGCUGUCCUGUGUUGGCCUCUCUGCACCCUUUGUGGUCUUGGCAAAGUUAUCCCCAACCAAAGAUUAAAAGCUCACGGAAACCAUUUGAUUAGUGGUAGAAGAGACAGGGCUCGCUUUAUUUGGUCCCGAUUUAAUUUCAUAACCAAAAACGAAAUGUGGAAGCCACUGCAGAUUUCAGUUUCAACAUCUGAAGCUAACAUUUGGGUCUGAAGCAGAAGGAUAUCCCAAACCACAUAUUGAAUAUUUAUUUCUUUAAAAACAACUAACUGUUCGAAAACAGGAUACUUUUAAAGUUAGCCCAAGAUUGAUUUAUUUUUUUAAAAAAGCUUUCUACAAAUUGAAAUUGAAAACAUUUACGCCAUACUUACAUUAAUUUCAGCAAAAGCCUAUUUGGGCCCUGAAAAACAAGGGGGAAAUAGCCUCUUGGCUCGCGUUCCAAAGGCUUUUAUGCCUGCUGUGACUGAGGUGCCCUGUAUGAUGGGUACCACCAACAGAGCUUUUCUUCCUUGAAAGGAAACGAAAGGUCUCGGGUGACAGGCUCCUGUUCCACGCUGAUACCAUUCAGCAGCACAGCGACCUCCUGGCAUCCUGAUUUAUAAAUUCAGAAGAAAAGGAUCCAGAGGAGAGACACAGAUGGAUCAUGACAACCCACAAUUGCCCCUUGAGCGGCUGAAAUGAAUGUCUUUCUGCGUUACCCUAAAGAGUGAAAUGUGAUCUUGAUCCUUUUGUUGCAUGAUGAGCAGGCAAUGGAAAAGCGGCAUCGGCAUUUUUCUUCUCUUAUUUCAAUUGCCGUUUGGCACGUAGCAACAGCAGACACGCACGAGCACAUAAUGCACCCAGCCAUAAGGACCCAAGCAAAAGCCUGGUUGUUGUUGGCUUAAAAAACACACACCCACGAACCAUCCAUCUAGCUGUUAUUGUGCCUGUGGCAAUGGCCCUUUCUGAUUUUUUUAGGAAAAGGUCCUGAAUUUUUCACCAAGUUGGAGAUAGAAUUUUAUACAAAGAAAGAACAGCAGGGAAGCUAUAUUGUUGUUUGUAGAAUUUGAUGGGAGAUCCACACUGGGAUUGGUUUGGGCUUCCUGUAGAGCAUUGUUUAUACUUUACCUUUGGGCAGCUUCAUGUCUGCAAGUACAUUUGAUUAUGUAUUGCCACAGUAAAUUUUUCUGUUAUAGUCAAGAAUUUUAAUUGGUAAUUGUUUCUUUCCUUUGCCCUGGUGCAUUGUGAGGGCAGUAAUGAUGUUUUUCUUCAGGGCUUUCAUUGCAGACUUGCCAGGUAUCAUUCUUAGGACACCCUGGUAAUAGUUUCACCAAUUUCAAACUGCUAGGUUGGCAGAAGCUGGGGCAGAGCAAUGGGAGCUCACCCCAUUGCGUGAAUUUGAACCACCGACCUUUCAACGGGCAAGCCCAAGAGGUUCAGUGGUUUAGACCACAGCACCACCCGCAUCCCAGUGCAAGUAGAUAAAUAAGUACCACUGCGGCAGGAAGGUAAAGUGUUUCUGUGUGCUCUGGUUUCCAUCACUGUGUUCUGUUGUGCCAGAAGCGGUUUAGUCAUGCUGGCCACAUGGCCCAGAAAGCUGUCUGUGGACAAACACUGGCUCCCUCAGCCAGAAAGCAAGAUGAGUGUCACACCCCAUAGUCACCUUUGAUUGGACUUAACUAUCCAGGGAUCCUUUACCUUAACUUUUAGUUUCACCACUACAUAUUUUUAAUGGUUUGUAAGAUAGUCCAAGCCCUUAUUACACUGGGCUGGUGUGUGUGUGUGUGUGUGUGUGUGUGUGUGUUUGUUUGGAUUAGGUGGAAGGAUUCGUCCACUCUUCUCAGCCAGCUUCCUACUGACUGCUGAGUAGGCAUGUGGAUAGUCCAUGGUGGUAUCUCUGCUGGCAUGGGCAAGAAGAAAGCUCCCAAAUGGGGCAUUCCAAGUGUGAGGAGGAAUAGGGUUGAGCCAACCCUGGAUUUGUUGGAUCCCGAGUUCAUGUCACAGCUGUUGCACAUCAGCAUUGGGCCCAAUCCUCCUGCCCCCACAUUGCUUCAAUUGCUGUGUAUGUCAGGGCUGUGGUGGUACUUUGGUGGGUAGGUUGGAUCUGACCUUGCUUUGGACAAAGUUGCUCACCAUAUUUGGGGCCAAUGAGGAAUUUUCCCACCAGGUCUAUUGACCCUAUUGACCCUGGCGGGUUUCUCCUGCCUUGUAGCAAUUGUCACAACUUUGGCGGAGAAGACAUUGGGUAAAACCUAGUCAUGGUUGGAGGGGAGGUUGUAAGCCCUUGCCUGCCCCUCCAAGGGAAUGGGGCAUCCCACUAAAUGGAUCCUGGAGGAGGUGCCUCUGUCCAGAUGCUCAAGUGGAGGCUAGACUCAUAGCACUAUUUGAGUUGUCAAUCCUGGAGAGGUGGCUCCUAUUUGGUGUAUGCCAUAGGGCCUCCUCGAUAUUGGUUUGAUCCCUUGGUUGAUCAUCUAGCAGGCAGGUUGGCUGAUAUUGGUUGACCCAGUGCCUAUGCCACACCCAUUGCACCUAUAACACUGGUCAACAACAAAUUUGUUGUCUGCGUUUUUUCAGUUGAUUUAGGACGAAUCUGAUGCGCUGAAUCCAAAAAUCACAUUGGUUUUGCUCAAUCAGGUCAAGUUUUUGAGCUAUGGCCACAUGUCUUUUUUUACGUUUUUGUUCACAUGUACGCCUCUAUGGAGCAUUUUAGAAGACGUUGGUGGUGGUAAAAUGCCAUCUCGAAUAAUUGUUUUGAUUGGAAAUGAUUAUUUUAAUGACCAGAAGUAUUCAGGUCCGAUAGUUCUGGGUGAUUAUGUCGAAAAGGGAUCAGUUUUAAGUCAUAAAACCUCGAAAUCUUCCAUAAAUUGGUGUGGCAAAGCAUAAAGUUGGGGGAUCAAAACUAAGUUAAUGGGGCAGCCGCCCCACGAAGUAUCCUGAUCUUCAAUCAGCACGUCGUCCUGUAGCUCAUUGUGAUGAAAUUCCAGUGCCUAUCUUCGGAGAACUUCCUGACAUUAGUGACAAAGAUGCCUCCAGUGUUGAAGGACAUGAAGAAGAAGAAGUGGUUCUUGAAGAUGAUGCUCCACAUCCAUUUUCCCAAAAGGAGUUGAAUGAUCUAGUUCGCGACCUCAGCUUGUCAAAGGACUCUGCCGAACUGUUGGCAUCCAGAUUGAAGGAAAAAAACCUCCUCUCUGACAGUGCUCGCAUCAGCUUCUUCCGCAACAGGCAUCAAGAGUACCUCCGUUUUUUCUCGGAAGAGAAGGACUUGGUGUACUGUGCAGAUAUUGCGCAGCUUCUGCUCAAGCUUGGAGUGCCACAGUACGAACCCAAAGAUUGGAGACUGUUCAUUGACAGCAGCAAGCGAUCAUUGAAAUGUGUUCUGCUACACAACGGCAACCAGUUUGCCUCUAUACCCCUGGCUCACUCUGAGUACACUGAAGGAGAACUAUGAAGCGGUGAAGUAUGUGCUGGAGAAAAUUGGUUAUGAUCAGCAUAAGUGGUUUAUUUGUGUUGACCUGAAGAUGGUGAACUUUUUGUUGGGACAACAGUCUGGCUUCACCAAGUACCCAUGUUUUCUGUGCAUGUGGGAUAGUAGGGACCGUGCUCAGCAUUACACGAAGAAGGACUGGCCUGUGCGGGAGGAACUGGUGCCUUGCAAAGAAAGGAACGUCAUCAACGACCCUCUGGUGGACAGAGACAGAAUACUCUUCCCACCGCUGCACAUCAAGCUCGGCUUAAUCAAGCAGUUCACCAAGGCUCUGGACAAGGAUGGUGACUGCUUCACUUACUUGUGCCAGGCUUUUCCAGGAUUGACCAUGGAGAAGUUGAAAGCUGGCAUCUUUGACGGUCCUCAGAUCCAUCAGCUCAUCAGAGAUCCAGAGUUCGGAAACUCAAUGAACAAAGUGGAACUGGAAGCGUGGAAGGCAUUUGUUCUGGUAGUGAAGAACUUUCUUGGCAACAAUAAGGCCAGAAACUACACAGGACUUGUCAACAACAUGCUGACUGCUUUCAGAAACCUGAGCUGCAACAUGAGCAUCAAGAUGCACUACCUCUUUUCACAUAUGGACUGGUUUCCUGAGAACCUGGGUUCAAUGAGUGACGAGCAGGGGGAGAGAUUCCAUCAGGACAUGAAAGAGAUGGAGACCAGGUAUCAGGGUCGCUGGGAUGCAGUCAUGAUGGCUGACUACUGUUGGACUCUGAAGAGAGACCUCCCUGCCGCUGAGCAUUCCAGGGUUCCAAGAAACGGAAGUUCAAGCCCUGAAGUUUGAAAAAUGGUGAAGCAACAUGCAAUUUACGUGUACUUACCUUUAUCAAUGCCCACCAUUCAGUUUACAGUAAACCUGACCUGAUGGAGAGAAACGGAUGCCAUUUCCUGAUUCAGCAGUGCAAAAAUACCCUAAAUCAGUUGUAGAAAUCUAGACAACAUUCAAAAAGUAAAAAAUUGUUGCCCAGUGUAAUCAAUAAAGUUGUGGCCUAAUUUGAACCCUAUAAUGUUGCUAUGAGUGGUCUUUUGGAUUGCAGUGCCCUAUGGGGCAGUGAGCUCAUGGCACCUGGGCAUGCAAAGUCCCACUGGGGCAGGGAGUAGGAGUCAGAAUCGUGUCCUUUAACUAUAAUACUGAAUUGAGACAAACCCAACCAUAUGGCAAGAUUGAGAACUGCCAUUUUUGUUUUGUUUUUAAAUCAGCUGAAAUCAACAUGUGUUAAGCUUAUGAAACCACAAUUUACCACACUGGGAUUCAGUACAGUUUUCAAAUACUACUCAGGGUAUGGGUUAGGAUUUGGAUGUAAUGCAGAAAAUCAUCAUGAUUUGGUUCAGGAUUCCAAAAUCCCAUUUAAGAGUUGACUUGUUUUGUCUACACGAGACUACUGCUCAGAACCAUUGCUUUCCUGCUAUGGGCUUUUGACAAGGUUCCACCAUGGCUCUCAUGCUUUGCAAUAUCUACAUGAAACCACAUAGUGAGGUCAUUUGGAGUUCUGAAAUGAAGUGUUAACCAAAAGGCUGACAACACCAUGCUCAACUUCUCCUUUUCACGUGAGUGAGGCAGAGGAAGUGCUGGGUUGGAAUACAGGACCGCAGAUGAGAAGCUGCUGCUCAUUUGCGACAAGGCAGAAAUGCUUUUGGUUAGCGGCUUGUCUGACAUAGAUCUGGUGCUCACCCUGUUUUGGAUGGGGUGCCCUUUCCCCAAAUAAUUGUGCUUGCUGUCUAAAGGAUUGAUCCUUUUUCCCCAACGGAUGUCCAAAUGGCUUCUGUUACAUGAAGUGUUUUUCACCAAGUGGUGUCCUAGCUGUGACCUCUCCUGACCACAGUUCGUCACAGUUUGGUAAUUUCCAGAGUAGAUGACUAUAAUGUGUAGUACAUGCACAUUACAUCUUGGACACUACAGUUAGUACAAAAUAUACAACUGCUAGACUCUGAACUGGGAGUGGCUCAGGGGAAAUUGCCUUGUUAUUUUUUAAAAAACACAUGCACAGUCUAUUUCUGAGCUCAGUUCAAAGUGCUGAUGCUUACUUUUUAGAGCCCUUACUUUUUAAAGUUGAAGGACCACCUUUCCCCACACAAACAUGCCCCUAUACUUAGGUCAUUGUUGGGGCGCCUUCUGUGGGUGUCCUAACCUAGUCAGGCAGAAAGAGGGCCUUCUCGACUGUGGCACCUAGUGAUGUUAAAUUCUCGAGAAUAAUCUAUUGGAGAAUAUUCUCGAUUAAUGAGAACUUAGAGAAUUUUCAUUUAAAAUAGGAGAAUAUUCAUUUUAAUGCAUUGAAAAUGAUAUAAUUAGUUAAUAUACAUGUUUAUUCAUGGGUAUGCUUGUUCAGAUGGCAACCAAAAACUGUACAGAUACUUUUAUUCAAUGGGGCAAUGCAGUGAAUUCACAUUCUUUGAUUUUUUUGCACCAAACUUGAAAUUGAAAAUUCAACGUUUGGGGAGAAUAUUCUCCAGAGAAUUUUCCAGCAGAGAAUAUUCUCACCUCACAUCACUAGUGGCACCCCAUUUUCAGAAUGUUCCUCCCACUCUCAGGCAUUUUGAAACGGUUUUAUUUUGCUGUUUGAUUGCUUUUGCUGUUCUAAUAUCUUUCAUUUCUUAUUUUGAUUAGCUGUAUUUUUCUAUUUGUUAACUGAUAGCUGCCCGGAGAGUAGAAUACCAAAGGGCAGGACAUAUAUUUUUUCAAAAUUUUAAAAUAAACAAAUUAUCAUUCAUUCAAUUUCUUUCUCUCUCUUUUUGGCAAAUUUGGGAAAGCAAUAAGAAUUAGUUGGCAUUUAUUUGAUUUCUUACCUACACUUCACCACAAGGUUCCACAGUGGGUUACAGCCAGUGUUUUUUUUUCCUGGGGGUACGCAUACCCCUAAAUAUUUUGUGAAUCUUUGUCCAUUUACUGUAUUUAUUUCCCCCCAAUUUGAACUAUAAAAUGGCGAUUUUCUUGAGUCAAAAUGAGAGUACCCCUAAACAUUUUUUUUAAAAAAGCACUGGUAACAGCAAUUUAAAUUGCCAUAUUAAAAACCAUUUAAGACAAAUCACUGUUACAAGAAUAAAGUGGGUGCGAAAAUAUAUAUAGCUCAAGUGUCCAGGAUAAAGAGGCGUGCCCUCAGCAAAUAACAGGAACUAUGCAAUGAAGGUGACAGACUCACCUCUGAGGGGAGGGAAUUGCACAGCUUAAUGGCUGUCACAGAGAAUGUCCUUUCCUGCCCCCUUUGCUGAUCUUAGCACAUGAGAGGGCUUUAGGAAAGGAGGCAGUCUUUCAGAUAUUUGAGGGACUAAAUCCUUUAUGGCUUUAAACACUGAUGUGAGCACCUUGAAUUGGGCCCGGAAACCAGCCAGCAACUAGGUAAAAGAUUAAAAACGCAUUGUGUGAAGUGGCUUUAGCUGAGAUUAUAAAGUGGGCCCUCUUUAUCUUCAGUGCAGAGUAGGAUUGCCACCAUUUUCAUCGCUUAGGCCCUGUGUAUCUUGAGUAGCUCUGCAUCAUAAGCAAAAAUUUAGGGCAUGUGUCCUUCUGACAAAACAGGACCUGUCCCAGAAAAAAAGCUGGCAAGUCCAUGUGAGACUUAUUCAAAAGGCUCUAGUAUUAAAGGCAGCAUCUUGUUCUCCUACUUGUUAGCAUGCAUUCAUGUUUUAGUUUUCUAAUGUCCAUCUAAAAGCUGAGACAAAACUGGUGCCCCAUUAAAUAUAUAUAUACUGUAGUUUACAUGAGAGUUUAAAGGUCAGGGCUUGCUUGCCAUUAGAGUGAUUGUAAUAUUCCUGUAUCACAUACACUUAUUUCAGGGCCAAAGCAAUGUAUGGCAAUAAAUAAAAUUGUAGAAUUGCAGGUGGAAUAUGUAGCGCUGGGUGGAUACAGUCAAGACUAAUGAAAGACACUGAAUUAAUCAUGAAAAUUCUCUUCCGGAAAGGCAAUCAUAAAAACACAAGUUUUCUUGAAUACCAGAACUGAAUGGGCCAAACUAAUGCUAACUCGAAUUCCACAAAAGAAGGGUGAAAUGAAUCCCCUAGAAAAGGAAUAUAGCAAAACAGAAGUCCUAACAUGGAAAAAAUUAAUCUGAGUUCACUAAACAUUUGUGCUUUAAAUAGUGCUAGUUAAUCUUAAUUGAGUUUACGUGUGGUUUUAACAAGAUUAAUUUAGGUGCGUGCAGAUAAGUCUUUGUCUAGUCAACAGGUUUGUACUGCCACUCUUCAUGAUCUGCCAGAAACUGACUUGACACUAAAGGGUGCUUGGACCAAUUAUCGUUCCCUCCAAAGCCAGAGUCUAAUUCCUCCCACUGCGACAGUGCCAAAUUGUGUGCAUUAAGCAAAAGCGUUGGUAAGAAAGCUUAAAUGAACACAACCACCGCACAAUGAAUAAUUAAGCAUGCCACAGGAAAGAAAGUUAAGGGUUUUGUUGCUGAGGGGCCUUCUUAGAGCAAUGGAAAAACAACAACAACACCACAGUUUGUUCUGAAAAGACAGUAACUCUAACCUGUACUGUGUCAUAUAUUUUUUCCAUGUCCCGUGAAACAAAAGCCGCCUUCUUUGUUCAGUGAUUCCUAUUAUGUAUGUUUUUGUGUGUGCGCACACAUGCAUGGAUGAAAGGGCUCAUGUGAGAACCACGUGUGUGUUGGAGGUUAUGUUCUGACAUCUCAGUGACUCUUGUGCCAUUCCAACCCCAGCAGCAGUGUGGCCUAAUUAAUCCUGUAAAAACCAUACAUACAUAUGCAUGCUCAUGCAGUCUUGCACAUGUGCUUGUAUAUGCGCACUAUGUGUUUUAACAAUACAGUGGUGCCUCGCAAGACGAAAUGAAUUUGUUCCGCGAGUUUUGUCGUCUUGCGAUUUUUUUCGUCUUGCGAAGCACGGUGUCAGGAAAGUUUUGGAAAAGCUUCAAAAAUCACCAAAGUCUUUAAAAACCUCAAAAAAGGCUACCACACCGCGUUCUAUGAGUUGCUCCUCGAAGUCAAGUCGCAACUGUAUUAACGGUGUUAAGAAAAAGGAAACAAACUUGCAAGAUGUUUCUGUCUUGCGAAGCAAGCCCAUAGGGAAAAUCGUCUUGUGAAGCAGCUCAAAAAACGAAAAACCCUUUCGUCUAGCGAGUUUUUCGUCUUGCGAGGCAUUCGUCUUGCGGGGCACCACUGUACAUUAAAUGUCCAAACCCAUGAACUAAAGAGCAUUCUAAAACAUACACGCCCAUGUAUUGUAUAACAGUUUGAAUGGCUCUGAUUAGUCUCUUGAUGCCAUAAAGAAAUGGCUGUGUUACUCCUCUACCCCUCCUCUGUGCUGCACUUGAAGAACUAUGCUUCCCAUUCUCUGCAGCAUGCAGUGAUCUUGGCUGACCUAGCCAACCGUGAAGAGGAGGCAACAGUAAAGGUAUCUGACUCUACCUAUUUCUCUUUCCCUGAGAGGGAUUUCUUACAUGUGCCUCUUACGGCUUUCAUCCACCUGCUGGCACUUAAACUUAAGCCACCUGAACAAAUGGCCUCUUAGGGACAUGGGGCAUGAUUUCUAGGAGGGGUAAUUUGCCGGUGUGCUUUUAGGGCGUGAAAGUCAAAGCUGUUCACAAAAUGUUGGGAGCUUGCAUUUAGCACUAAGCGUGUAUGUCUUGUGAAAUAAGUUUGUUAAUUUCAUGCAAGCCUAUUAAUAAAUGCAGGAGGAGCACAAAUCAGGAAGUGAUCAAGGAAAAUCAUCACGCAUAUAUUAAUCCAGACACUGAUGAAGUUACCAUGUGAUUGCAGAGCUGGAGGGCAGCAUGUUCUCGCCUCUGCUAUUGGCCAAGUGCCCAAAGGCCAGGUGGAGGGUGGAGGGGCCUGCUCCUCCUGCCCUGCCUCUCAGGAACCACAUUGUGGCAAAGGGGAGACCAACUUUGGCCCCAUCCAUCAGCCACAAAAGGAGCAGCUGCAGCAAGCUUGCUUCCCACCUCAUUGCCCCGCAACUGUAGAAUCAAAGGGAAAAGGAAACCUUGGCCCCAUCCAUCAGCCAAAGGAACACGAGUCAUUAGCUGCUAUUCAAGCCAGAACAGCAACAAGGUAAGAUCAGCCCUGCCCAAAAUGGAUAUAAAUUUGAAUUGCUUAGGAUUUUGUUUUGGCCUGAAAGGACUGCUCUCCUUCAUCUACAUUGUUUCUCCACUCCUUUUGUCUUUUUCUCUUGGCAUCACCCCCCUUUUUUCUGUGAGCCACUUUCCGAGACAAUAAUUCUCCCAAAAGCAGACUCAAAACAUAAUAAACAGAUAUCCCCUUAGCUCUAGCUCUUUUGCAAAUGCAAUCCAGUUUAAUUAUAAUGGCUUCAACUCCAGGAACCUGGGUCUUGUCAUUUUAUGACAGCACCAAGUCUCCUUCGUCAGCAGCAAAUGUUUGGAAAAGCACAGCCAACAUGAUCAAGGGGAUGGAUAAGGAAAGGCUGCAACAUUUGGGGCAUGUGUAUUUAGAGAAAAGGUGAGUAAGAGGGGCCCUGGUAGAGAGGCAUAAAUUUAUAAGAGGAGUGGAAGAAAUAGCUAGAGAAAAGUUUUUUUCCCCUCUCACAUAAUAGAAUUUGGGGAAAAUCCAAGGAAGCAGAAUGUUGGAAGAUUCAAGACAGAGAAUGAAAAGAACUUACGCAAACAGUGCAUAGCUAAAUCCCAGAAUUUUCUUCCACAAAAGGUAGUUAUGGCCAUCAACUUGGAUGGCUGUAAAAGAGAACUAGACAAAUUCAUGGAGGACCAUGCUAUCAAUGACUUCUUUUCACAGUGACUAUGCAGGGGUCCACUGGAGCUGGUAAUGGGAGCUGUGGCUUUAGUAUAGGGAACGCAUGUAUGAGUCAAAGGAGGAGUAUUUCAAGGGUGUCUUGUUUUCAAGCUCACAAACUGAUCCAGAGAGCCUAGCUCUGGAUAGUUUUGUUAUGUUCAAAGACAAGGAGAUUUCCUUUUGCUUUUUAAGGCAAGCAGGACAGAGCUGUUCCGUUUUGUCCUGUUUUGCUUGAGCAGUGAUGGUCACUGCUAUAAGAUGGAAUGGGACAGAGCAGUUGUUUUGUAGACCUAUCCACAGAGUAGAUGGAAUCAUAUCAUUUUGUUGGCCCGUGUUUUGGGCUCAUUGCAUCCUGUUGCCUCAGAACUUUUAGCAGUAAAGGAGGAAUCUUCAUUUGCAACAUGACCCAUUGUGUUUUGGAAACUUUUUUUUUAAUAACUGCAAGCUUUCCAGUGGGCACUGGGUAAUAAUAAUAAUAUUUGAUUUUGCACUUGUAUGCAUGUGAAAUUAUUGUUUGACCAUUCCUUGAUCUUUACAUGUUUCCUUGUGGUUGGCCUUCAGGGCCUUUGUUCAUUUCUUCCAGUUGUUAUUACUGGUAGUGGAUAUGUGGUGGGUGGCUGAGUCCCAUAUUAGUUAAUUUUUGAAAUAAUACUGUUAAUAAUAGUAUGUAUGUUGAAAGCCCAAAGUACUGCUUGGCACAGUUGAUUUAACAACAUUUUCCUUUCAUGGAUUCUAGUUUCCUUGUUCUCCCUGUGGGAAUCUUUUGGAACCUUCCCAACACCUGUCCCAGUUGGGCUAAGUUCUGUGAUGUUUGAGACUAUACCUAAUUGAAGCCAAAUUUGUGACAAUCUGAAACCAGCUGCUGUCCAUUUAAUUAAAUCUCUGGUGUCUGUUAUCUGGACAAUAGGAGUAGCCAGUGCAUUUUCUCAGCCUUGCAAGUAGGUCAUGAGAAGCUUUGAUCUUAUGGCUGUGGACAGGCAGUAUCUUUUCCUGAAUUGUAGCUUUUUGCAGUGUUACCAAAAUAAUAGCUACUGGCACAAAGGUGAAUGUCGAGGAGACGCUGUCUGAGAUUGUAGGUCUGCCGUUAGUGGAACCCGUAUCAUGUUAGAACUUCAAAUCAGUCUAAAGUUGAUAUCUUUUAGUUAGGAGAAAUCCCCUACAAUCAAGAACUUUUCAGUAUAAUUGAAAUGGUUUGGUGCUUUCAGACAAUUGAAAACCAGUGAUGACACAGCAUUUUUUAAAGCAACAACUUUGCUUGCUAUACUUAAGAACACACACACAACUUGACUUCAUUUAUUUUAAAGCCCUUCAUAAUUGUGCUGCUUUGGACAGAGUAAGUAAAAUCACUUACCAGUCCAAUAAAGGAAACUGGUGCUUCACUGCAGGAUUAUUUCCUUAUGGCAUUAAUCAUCUGCCUUGGCCUGCUUUCUGGAACUGAUUCACUCACAUUUUACAGCCUUCAUUCAGGUGAAGAGAUCAGUAGAUGGGGCUUAAGCGAAGGGUCCAUGGAGAAUUUCCAGAAGGUGUUCUGGGACCCGUCAAUGGGUCUGGGGACAUUUCAGAUGAGCUGCGAGGCUACCAACAAUGGGUAAGGGGAUCCAAAUGAUCCCCUUGCACUCAUUAAAGGAAUGUGUGACAGGGUGUGUGUGCUGUGAAGCACUCCAGUUGGAGAACAGCCUUUACCAAAGGUGUUGUGGACUUUGAAGAAGCUUGAACUCGGGACGAAAGGGAGAAACGUGCUAAGAAGAAGGCACGUUUGGCAAACUCUCACCAUGAUCAACUCUUGCCUGGAAACCUAUGUUCCCAGAACUGGUCUCCAAGGUCAACCUAUGGACACACUUUAAGACUGUGUUCAUGGAAGACAAUCUUACUUGGCUCUGAGUGAUCACCAAAUAAGAAGGGUAGGUCUGCCCCUGCUGCUUAAACACCUAUGGUCAUGCCUCUUCCUCACUUAGUAUGCUUGAAAAAGGGUUGUGUACGCUUAUUGACAUACAGAUGUAAAUCUCAACCAUCAAGGGAGAUCCUGAGUGACCCAGGAUCUCCCCUUGGAUGGUAGAGCCUCCACUUACAUAGGGCACCUUCUUAUUCUCAUACAUAGUAAAUGCACAACUAGGAGGGUGUGUGGUUUCUGAGCAAGUCAAUAGCUGGGCAUGGAGGGGCAGGAGCAGCUUUAUAGCCAUGUGACACACACAUUCCGGCAUUCUUUGAGCACAUGGGGUAGGGGUUUCUCAGUCCCCCUACCAACAGUGCAGCAGCAGGGGCUAAUGGCUGAGAAAGUUCUGGCUUAAGGGACAGGACUGACAAGUGAGUUCUGAACAAUGUCAUAAUUUAAUUGGUGGACAGUGCUCAAAAAACAGGAGCAGCAAAACUCAGCCCCCUUAUCUUUUGUGAUAGCUUCCUUAACUACUCUUUUAUUGAAGGGAAGGGGGAGCAGGGUAUGAUUUGGGUAAAAUUAGGAGGAGGCAGGGUGGGUCUUGGCGGUUUUAUCAAGAAUCAUCCUGCCUUUCUCCCACUUUAAUUUCAAGACUCGACUGUCCCAUAUUGUUAAAGUUUGAGGACCUUCAAAAUACACAGGCAUAACAGUGCAGCAUAAAGCUCCUGUCUAAUUCUGUAGAGUGGCACAUGAGAGACUUUGCCUAACUACUUAUAGAAGGCAUUUAGAGAAAAAAUUAACAAAAUGUAUGUGGCAACAUAAUCUUUAUUUUAUUUAUUGAAUUUCUAUACCGCCCUAUACCCAGAGAUCUUAGGGCAGAUCACAGAAUAAAAUAUUGGCAGUGUAAGGACCUUGGUGGCAAUAAAUAGCACUUGUGUGCAGCCUGUUUGAAGGUUAAAACAUUAUGGGAGAAUGUUUUUUAAAGUUGUGUUGGAUGUUGUAAGGAUAUGUUCUUCCAACAUCUCCAUGAGGAGUGAAUGCGUGGAGAGGGGAGUUGUACAUGUGCUCAGUUGAAUAUCAGCAAGGACUCCUUUUGAAUUUAAGUGCAUGCACACAAAUGGUGCUUCCAGAUGGGGGCUUAAUAUUGUAACUGGUCAAUGAGAUGCCAAACAAGUUGUUGGCAACAUUAGAAAACAAAAACAAACUUCUAGUCAAGAAAGGAAAAAAUAUAGAUUAAACAGGCAUUAAAUUGAGGGGAAUUGUGGACUGGCUAGGACUGAUGGAAGUUGUAGCCCAAAGCAUCUGAAGAGCACCAGGUGAUGGUUUGUUUAAAUGCAUACCUUUAGCUAAGUUCUGUGGUGAAAAAGAAUCAGGUAGUCUAUUUCUAGAUAAAUGGAUUUAUGAUUUACUAACAUUUUAGUUACAAACAGAAUGUCAAUCCAAAUCUUUUUGUCCUCUCUUUGUGAAGGUCUGUAGGGACUCGUAUGUGCUGAAUAUUUGUAAAAUAGUAAGAACACACCAGAUAAAACAUAGCGAUAACAGAACAGAAAAGAAAUCGGGAGUUCAUUGCAUAAUAUCUUAAGCGUAAGAGCUAGAUUAUUUAUCUCUUAUAUAAUUGCUCUGCAUCAGCAAGAGCUUUUCAUUGCUAUUGAUACGUGCAAUUAAGUCUCUGCUGUCUGCCAUGUCAAACACAGUUUUGACUCACCAUCUCCUCUCCAAGGCCACUCUAUCCCAAGACGCCCCAGACGACUCCAUUCUUCUGCUCGAGUUCUGCUAAUCCAGAUCUCCCUCUGCUGGCAGCAAAAUAAAAUGAUACAAAGUUAGAAUUUCACAAAAAUCAUGCUGGGCAGGAGACAUUCGGGAAUCAGGUGAUUGAUUGGGCUGCUGAGUAAAUCAACCCAGUAUUUAAUUAUUUCAGGAACUGCUUCAAGGCAUAUUAAUCUUUUUAUGUCCCUUGGAAUAACAGGGUGAGAUUAAGAAAUCCGGAAGCUCUCAUUGUGGAAUUUAUUCCAGUGGAUUUACAAACCUCUCAGAUGGAAUACUGUGGUACCUCGGGUUACAUACGCUUCAGGUUACAAACCCCGCUACCCAGAAAUAGUACCUCGGCUUAAGAACUUUGCUUCAGGAUGAGAACAGAAAUUGUGCUCCAGCGGUGCGGCAGCAGCAGGAGGCCCCAUUAGCUAAAGUGGUGCUUCAGGUUAAGAGCAGUUUCAGGUUAAGAACAGACCUCCAGAACGAGUUAAGUUCUUAACCCGAGGUACCACUGUAUACACAGGAAAACACACUUAACUUCAGACUAGGAUGACCAGGGGAAAGGAAAAUAGAGUUUGUGUAUUAUUUCAGAAAUUGUGUUACAGUGGUACCUCGGGUUAAGUACUUAAUUCGUUCCGGAGGUCUGUUCUUAACCUGAAAUUGUUCUUAACCUGAAGCACCACUUUAGCUAAUGGGGCCUCCCGCUGCCGCCGCGCCGCUGGAGCACAAUUUCUGUUCUUAUCCUGAAGCAAAGUUCUUAACCUGAAGCACUAUUUCUGGGUUAGUGGAGUCUGUAACCUGAAGCGUAUGUAACCUGAAGCGUGAAGCGUUUGUAACCUGAGGUACCACUGUAUUUAAGAAAUUUGUGUGAGUUAGGCAGAUUUGCCUUUAGAUUCAAACCAAAUUGAAUCUUCCACCCUAAAAUACUCCUAUUAAAGUGUGUAUAUCAUGGCAGCCUAAUGUAACCACCACACAAGGCGUUUCCUAUACAGUAUAAUGUUGCUGCAGCAAGAGCCUGAUUUGGGUCUGAGGCCCUUAAUGUGAUAGUAUGAAUAUAUCAGUGGCGAAAGGGAGAGUGGGCACUGAUCCCCAAGGCCCCCUUCCCCCACCAUCCAGAAUGCUCAAACCAGCCAGAAGAACAAACGAGUCUUGAGACGCCUUAAAACCUACAGUGGUACCUCGGUUUACGAACUUAAUCCGUUCCAGAAGUCUGUUCUUAAACCGAAACCGUUCUUAAACCGAGGCGCACUUUCCCUAAUGAGGCCUCCUGCCGCCGGUGCCCCUCCACCAUUUGGAUUCUGUUCUUAGACCGAGGUAAAGUUCGCAAACUGGGACACUACUUCCAGGCUGCUUGGCGUGAAAUUCACUGCCAGUGGUAUAGCCCUUUCUCUUACCCCAUUCAGAGCUUUGCAAGCUUAUUCCUCCCCAGAUAGGAAGUGUGAAAAGAGCUGCCAGUCCAUAUUUCCACUGAAACUUGGCAAAGUCUGGUAGCUUUUAGAGUUCCCUAGCCUGCAAUCCUGCACAUACUUUUGAAUAUGUCUAUUGCACAGAGUGAGACUUAGUUCUGAGUAAAUAUGGAGGGAUUGUGUUGCAUGUAUAAUAUGACUGCCAGAUCUUGCCAUCUGACAUGUUUGCUGCUAAUUACUGCAGAUUAAGCUUCUUGUUUCAAUUUGAGUUCAAGGUGGGGUUAGUUGAGAUGAGAGAUUCCAUGACUACUAGCAUGACUGUUAUUACCACGAGUACUGUUUAUUUGGGGGAAAUGCAGGGCCAUAUCUUUUAGCCAGCAUAAGUAAGGAAAAGGCUUGUAUCUGUAGAUGCAUAGGAGAAAGGGACAGGUUUGAUAGCAGGGUAGUGAAAAUGAACAGGGUUAAGUAGUAUUAGAUAGACUCAUAGAGUUGGAAAAUAUCCUGAGGAUCAUUCCGUCCACCCCUCUGCAAUGCAGGAAUAUUCAGCUGUCCCAUACGGGGAUCGAACCUGCAAAAGUGCAGUGAUGAUCCAGAAAGUGGAGAAAUAUUGGGUGGGGGGGGGAGAGAGAGGAAAAAAGAGAGAGCAUUGAAUAAAAGUAUUUAUUUAUUUCAUAAAAAUUAUAUCAUGGAAUUAUAGAACUGAACAGUUGGAAGGGACCCCAAGGGUUAUCUAGUCCAACCCCUGCAAUGCAGGAAUCUCAACUAAAGCAUCCAUGACAGGUGGCCAUCCUACCUCUCCUUAAAAACCUCCAGUGAAGGAGUGUCUACCACCUUCCGAGGGAGUCCGUUCCACUUGAUUUUAAGAAAAGAAAAAGCUUGAUUCUAAGGAAAAUCUUCAUCCCCAAUUAGCUCUCUCUGUGUUGUUUAUAACAUAUAAAAAAUAAGUAGCUGAGUCAAUCCGUAAUUCCCCCCCAAACCACAGUAAGAACUUGAAAGCUUGUUCCCUAUUUUGCAACAUUUUAGUUGGUCUAAAAAAAAUAAUUAAAUGCCCUACUAUAAUAUAUUUGUUGUUUGUUAGCCAUGUAUCUCCCCGUUAUUUAUUAUAAAUAAUUUAUGUUGUAUGUUGGGGCAGAGACCAAUCUUUUUUGCUUAUGCAAAACACUUUGUGCAUUGAUGACACUAUAUAAAUACUAACAUGGGUUAUUAUUUUCACAGCAACAUUGAUUUUAUUUAAGAAACAUUAUGUCCAGCUUUUUUCAGCACAAUAGUUUUCAGUGUAGAUUUUCCACUGUAUUGAAAUCAACUACAAUUUUAUUAUGGGAUCUGCCAUUUGAGAUUUAGUGCACAAUUAGUAUUUCAUUAUUUAAUUAGCAUGGGUGUUUAAUUAAUUAGCAUUAGUAUUUAAUUAAGGAUACAUUGCUAUUACCACUUCCACAAAUGAUGUGCAAGCAGGAUGUGGAACAUAGGAUUAAGCAUCAGCUCAGAUCACGAGUCUGUGAAAUCAGAUAUCUUGUAUCUCAGAGUGCCUGAUACCUACAGUUGGACAAUAAGGCACAAAUCCUGUGUUGAUGCAUUUCUUCCUUUGAACGUUCUUGCACAUAGGGUGGGUUUCAUGCUUGCACGAUAAUGCACACUGCCAAGGAGGAGGAGGAGGAGGAGGAGGAGGAGCAGCAGGAAGAUGCGAGUUUCAGCAUCAGCUGUCUUGCUGAUGAGGCUGUUUUCUUUGCAGUGAGAGAAGGUAGCACAGCAUUUCUGUCUGAAGCCAGCUGGUGAUGCUGCAGCCUUGCAAGAAGGAUUUGCAUGGUGGUGGGGAAUACAGAUUUCCCAUCCGCGCACCAAACCACUGCUGGGUGACUGAAGCAUCUGCCUCGCCUGGAGAGGGUGAUGGUGCUGUGCAGACCCCAGCAAUGGAGGUAGGAGUGCUCCAAGGGGGGCAUUUUCAUUAUCUCACUAAUCUCCCCUUUGGUGACCUGCCAGACUUCCCUGGAAGAGAGUGAGACAGAAGGGGAUUACCGAGACUGGAAUCACCCAUCUCGCUGAGCAGCCGCAGGGGGAGGUGGGAGGGAUGGGAAUGAUUGGUGUUCCACCCGCAGGCCUUAAUCCCCACUGGCUGUCGCUCAAGCAGGAUGGUUUGCAGGCGCUGUCGGAUUAAAGCAGAAUGGAAGGGUUCUGUAGGGUUGAAGCCUUCCUGCAUGGCUGAAGUAAUAUUUUACCUUCCAACCCUCCGCCUUGCCAAGAAGGGCUGCUGCACGCUGGGACCCCAAGCAGGAUUUGUACAUGGUGCCACAGGAGAGAGGGGCAGAAGGUCACCUGGGAUUGCACCCCCUGCCUGAUUCCACGAGAUGGUUCAUACCCAGGUGAGCGUUCAGUCUGGACAUCCAACCCGGACUUCCUCCCCCAAGUUGGAGGCUUUGAAGUGCAUUGUUCUACCUUUGGAAUGUGAAUGACGGGAGAGAGGGGAGGGGUGCCUGAUAGGCAACAAUGGAGCAGGCUGUUGAAAGGUGGAACAAAGAGGUAACUGAUCGCUCUCAGUUUGAAAUUCAAUAGCAUAAGGAUACAUUGGUUGAAAUCCAGGGUCGGAGGCUUGUAGCAUCAACAGUGGAAGACGCUUGUUGCAGCAUUUAUUUAUUUUUCGUUUUUAACAAAAACAAUUGAGUGUGAAUCCAAUGUCACUUCUAAAGCACAACGCGCCCCCAGCCGUGUUUGCCAGCAAAUACAGAGCUCUAGAGGUGGUGGGACAGUUGAAAUGGAGGCAGAUUGGCCUCUUGCUGUGAUUUUUGCAACCCAGCGAGAGAGAGUGGGAAGUGUAUGUUGGGAGUGUAGGAUGGUUGCACCUGUGAUGAAGCAGGCUGACUGUACUCUCAUGCGGGUGGAGGAGGCAGAGCAGCUGCACUGAUCUAUUUACAGUAUUUGCCUGGCUCCAGCGGGAGAUCUGUGCCUUCAUGUCCUAGAUAAAAACCUUUCUUUUGCUCCUGCUCAAACAGAUAUGGCACACUGGAAACCUUCUAAUGUAAAGUGCUCUGUGCUACAGCGUUCCAGGAACCUCUUGAAUCCAUUGAUGAGAGUUUUAAGGCGAUUCUGAUAAAUAGGGCAGUAUCUGUACAAAUAUAAUUGCUGUGCUGUGCCAGAACAAAGAUCUCCCUAGCACGGCAUUCUGUCCCCAACUAGAGCCACUCAUAUGCCCAAAGGAAGCUUGCAAACAGGGCAAGUCUGCAGUAGCUAUCCUUAUUCUUUGCUCUUAGCAUUGUGUAAUUAUCAGCAAACUGCCUCUGAAUGUGGAGGCUCCAUUGCUAGCUAUUAUGUCCUUCAGCCACUGAUGUCCCUGUCCUCCAUCUAAUCUGAUUAUUGAUUGCCGGUGGGUGGACAAUGUAUUUUUUUAUUGCUUUGGGCUAUUUUAUAGUAUCUUUGCAUUUUUACAAUGUAAGUCACUAUGAGACUCUCUUUUUUCUUAGGAACAUAGGAAGCAGUCUUAUAUUAAGUCAGACUUUUGGUCCAGCUGUCCCAAUAUUGUCUACAAUUAGUGGCAGUGGCUUCUCCAGAGUUUCAGACCAGAGUCUCUCCCAACUUUAACUGGAAAUGACAGGGAUUGAACCUGGGACCUUUUGUAUGCAACUCAGAUGUUCUACCUGAGCUGUGGCCCUUUCCCUUCUAUAAAAAAGCAGUUAAUAAAUUGAAUAAAUCAUCACCAUCAUAGUCAAUCUACUUCACUAAUGCUCAUCUCAGCAAUCUCUGUAAAUGAUUUCCACAGUAUGAUAUGGUAUGAUGAGUAAUGAUAAAUUAAUUGUGAUAUUUCUCUCCCUCCCCAAAUCUGGAUUUAGACUAGUGACAUUCUCUGUGUGGCCUGGGUACUGCAGUAGCUUUGCUGGUUCUUUAAGUUUAUUCCAAUUUCUUUUUCUAGUAGCAGAAGACAUGCUGGGACUCAUUAAAUCAGAACUUGGCCAACAUAUUUCUAAAACAAACAUGUGCACACAAAUCACUAUGUAAUUAGGAUUUGGGGGGGUACAGUGCCCCCCCCCCGAAUAAAUCCAAACACUUUUUUAGUUUCAUCUUUGGCUGUUUGCAGCCAUGUUGAUCAGACAAACACAGGAAUGUGCCUUAUGUUGUGUCAGAUCCAUCUAGCUCACUGUUGUCCACACUGGACAGAGCCCAUCUAUAUAUACUAGUAACAGUAAGAGCUCCCUAUAACCUGUUUGAAGAUCUCCCAUUCCCACAGCUUUGUUUGUUUGUUUGUUUGUUUGGUUAUUACAUUUCUAUACUGCCUUUCCUUCUUAGGAGCUUAGGACAAGGCACUUGGGGUGUUCUUUGAUCCAAUAUUGAUAGCUGAGACCCAAAUGGCCUCAGUGACCUCAAGCACCUUUUACCAGUUUCUGCUUGUUUGUCAGCUGCGGCCUUUCCUGCAUAGGGAUAGCCUGGCCACAGUGAUCCUCCAGAUCUGAUAACCUCCAGAUUGGAUUGCAAUAAGUACAUGAUAGGUAUCUUGAAAAUGGUUCAGAAGCUCCAGUCUGGCUGCUAAAAUUCUGGCUGGUUUACCCAGGAGAUGUAUUAAUGUUAGUUCAUAACAAACUACAUUGGCUUCCAGUUCACUACUGAGUGAAAUUCCGGUGUUUAUCUUCAAAGGGCUUGGGCUCCAAAUAUCUGAGGGAGAGCACCUCCUCCCAUAUCAGCUUGCCUGUGCAUUAAGAUAAUUAAAAGAGACCCUUCUCCGUGUUUCCUCUUUAGGAGAAGCACAUUACAAAUGCAUAAUAGAGAGGACUUCUCUGUGGUGGCACCACCACUAUAGGCUUGUCCUCCCAAGAGAGAAGGUGCCAACAUUUGUUUUUGUUUUUUGACACUAGGUUAAUGCCUUGUUUGUUUGUUUUGCCAGGCAUUUUAGAUUACGGUGUUUCAAACUGGUUGGAUGUUUUUAUUCCUCUGAAUUGUAUUGCAUUGUUUAUUAUAUUUUAUUCUGCAUUUUCGAGUCUCCUUGUAUAUCAUGGUGUAAUUAAUUUUUGGAUAUAGGGUGGCUUUAUUUUUAUUUUUUAAAUAUUAAAUGCAUAUAUGUAAAUAAAUUCAUGCAGCUACUCAAGUUUAUCAUCAUAGCAACCAUUGGGGGUAGGCUAAUUUUAGAACCAUCAGGGAUCUGAAUGCAUUCUUCCUAGUUUGGAUCUAGUACUUUACCCAUUGCACACACAUGGGUUGUACACACCACGUGCAGUCUCUAGAGACUCUGCUGUUCUGCCAAAUAUUGUGGUGUAGCUGGUUGCAUUUACACUUCCUGCAUCAUGCCUUUUUCCUGAUUCUGUGUGAGACUGAGAUUGAUUCCUGGCUGGCAACAGAUAGUUCAUAUUUCAUAAGCUGUUCAUUGAAUUUGUUCUUUCAGUAAAGGUCUGUAGUGGUGUUACCUCUAUAAAAGGUUCUACACAUCUUGAGUAGCUAUGGACCAAUGAUUACUCUUUCGGAAUGGAGAAGGUCGGUGACCAGCAAUUGCACUUUCAGAGUGCUGUGUUACCCAGAGGGAAGCUUCUGGAUCUGAGAACAAAGCCUGCUUUAGUUCAUUAUGACCAGGAAGCAACAGUAUACAGAAGGACCUGAGGCUUGUCAGUUUGAAAGUCACAGAUACUCCUUCCGCAGGGGGAGCAUUGGAAUUAGGUUUGUGACAUCCUUCCAUUUAGCUGUCACACAGAUACACCACCCUAACAUUAUGUUCAAAGUUCAUGCUCUAAAACAAUGGCUCUUUAAAAAAUGUAAUUUUGUAGGAUGUCACUUAAUUGCUAGAAAAAGGUAUAAUCUUCCCUCUGCUUCUGCUUAGUGUGAGGGUUGGAAUCAAAGAUAGAGCUCCAUUGUCAACCCACCCUAGGCCCUCAGUAGCAAGUGCCUGGUAUUGUGUGCUUUGAAAUUGCAGUAUAGAAGCCACUGCUUUUGGUCUGGUGAUAGGAAUCUAACUCUGCAAUUGUCAUGAACACACUGCCGGGUGGGGAAGAGCUCUCUGGGUUUAGAAGGUCCAAACUUGAUGAUGUGUGGAAUAAGUCAAUGCAUUUCAUGUUAUCUGUUUUGUUAAUUAAUUAAUUAAUUAAUUAAUAAUAAUAACACAGAGGGGACGAGGAUUGGGACUGUAGCUUGCUAAAGGAGAGAUUUAAUUGUUGAUGUAAAUGGCUUCUUCCCCACCAUGGCAAAGAGUGCUCAAUGCAUUCAGACAUUUAAUGUGUCAUCUAGCUGGUUCAUUCUGAAAUGCUUGAGUUUGUUUUCAGAGUUAACCCUGGCUCUCUUGGCCACAGUGUAAAGUUGCUCUAGCAAACAUGACAGCAGCAGCUGUGCCCUGCCUGCUCCCUUUCCUUAAAGCAUUGUCAUCAUGCUUUAGACAUUCCAGGGCCUCAGUUAGAGAAUUGCUUGAAGCCUGCGUGGCUUGAUGGCAAUGGGCCAGAUUUAAAACUCUACAGCUGGGUGGGUGUAUGUCAUCUAAGUUACCUAUUAGGGAAGAAAAGCUGGCCUGAUUUUGCGUGUGGCUUUCUUUCCACCAUGCUUCACAAAGGCACGCUGUGAUUGCCACAUACAUGUCUCCUGUCAUCCAGCAAUGAAAUACAAUCGCAUCGCCUCUAGGGUGAAGCAUGCUGUUUUAUUUUGGUCAGAGAAAGCAGGAGAGUGUAUGAUCAUGUUGCACUCUUUUGUUCGUGCCAACCAAGUCUAUAUGCGAAGUCCUUUAUAAGGAAAGUGGGAUAGAAAUCAUAUAUAUAUAUGCAUAAAUAAAUAAGACAGUGGCUGUUCCUUCUAAUUCCUCAGUUAUUUGCUUUGCCUAUAGCCGUCAUUUACCCUUACUAUGUUUAUGUAGCCUCAGCUAGAACUGAAACAUGAAAAGUCAUGUUCUGUGUCUCCCCCGCCACCCGAGUUCUUGUGCAAAUGAAAUCAGCAGUUGGCCAUAGAACUCCUGGCUUCUUUGGGGUUCCUUGGAGCACAAGGCAUUUGGAUGCUCAUCUGCUAAGCAUUUUCUCAGACUUUCCAUUUCGCUCAAAACUUCCCUAUCUGUGACAGUGUCUUGAAAUAGAUGCCCUUUCAAUCCAGCCUUCCUCAAGCUGAUACCUUCCAGACAUUUGGGACUGCGGUUGCUAUGCUCCCUGGCCAUAGGCCAUGCAGGCCAAAGGUGAUGGGAGCUAGAAUCCAAAACAUCUGGAGGACACCAACUUGGGGAUGGCUAAUUUAAUCAUAAUACUUAGAUAUCAGAAACUCUAGGAAGUAGAACUAUUCCUUUGCCUCUACUCCAAAUUUGGUGCCUCAUUAAGAUGGACAUGUUAUUGAUUCCUAGUUUUCAAUAGUGCCAUAUAUUGAAUUAUGGUCUAUUCCUUAUAGCGAUUGAUGUGGAAAUCUGAGGUAGUGGUGGUUGAUGGUGUGUGCAUCUAUAUUGUUGCACGCCACCCCAGUCUCUAAGUGGUGCGAGAUUCCAGGGGUUCCAGACUCUUACCCAGGGUUCGUGUUUCUUUUGGAAUGAUGCACAGCAGAGACUGUGGUGUCUUUAUGAAAUAUGAAGUUUAAUGGACUUCAAUGUCUGUACACUAAUGCGCAAAGCAUGGGAAAUAAACAAGAUGAGCUUGAGCUCUUGGUACAGCAAACUAAAUAUGACAUAAUAGGCAUCACUGAAACCUGGUGGGAUAAGUCCCACGAUUGGAAUAUAAUAAUGGAGGGAUACAAUCUAUUUCAGAGAAACAGACCAGACAAGAAAGGAGGAGGAGUGGCGUUAUAUGUCAGGGAUGUGUAUACCUGUGAAGAGAUCCAAGAUUUAGAACCUCAAAGCCAAAGUGAGAGCAUUUGGGUCAAAAUUAAGGGAGAGAAGAAUAACAGUGACCUCAUUGUGGGAGAUUACUAUAGAUCCCCAAGCCAAACGGAGGACAUAGAUGAUGCCUUCCUGGAACAGAUGGCCAAGCAUGCAAAAGGAAGGGAGAUAGUAGUAAUGGGGGACUUCAAUUACCCGGAUAUUUGUUGGAUGUCAAACUCAGCCAAGAGCAUAAGGUCAAACAGAUUCCUCACUGGCCUUGCAGACAACUCAUUGUCCAGAAAGUGGGAGAAGCAACAAGAGGAACAGCCAUUUUAGAUCUGGUCCUAACCAAUGUUGAUGACCUGGUUAGUGGGGUAGAAGUGGAAGGAUCAUUAGGCGUGAGUGAUCAUGCUCUUCUGAAGUUUACUAUACAGCGGAAAGGAGCAGCCAAGCAUACUAGGACUCAAUUUCUUGACUUUAAGAAAGCCGACUUCAUAAAACUUAGGGAAGUGCUGGGUGAGAUCCCAUGGACAGUAAUACUAAAAGGAAAGGGAGUUCAUGGUGGCUGGGAGUUUGUUAAGAGGGAGAUAGUAAAAGCACAACUUCAGGCAAUACCAAUGAGACGGAAACAUGGAAGGUGUCUAAAGAAGCCAGGGUGGCUAUCUAAAGAACUUUUAACUGAGUUAGGAUUAAAAAGGAUGUGUACAAAAAUGGAAAAGGGGGAAACCACCAAAGAGGAAUUCAAACAAAUAGCCAGCACGUGUAGACACAAAGUCAGAAAAGCUAAAGCACAGAAUGAACUCAGGCUUGCUAGAGAGGUUAAAAGCAACAAAAAGGCUUUUAUGGGUAUGUUCGUAGCAAAAGGAAGAACAAAGAAACAGUGGGGUCACUCAGAGGAGAAGAUGGUGAAAUGCAAACAGGGGACACAGAAAGGGCUGAACUCCUCAAUGCCUUCUUUGCCUCAGUCUUCUCCAAUAAAGAAAACAAUGCCCGACCUGAAGAAUUUGGAGCAAAUGAUUCAGCAGAGGAAACACAGCCCAGAAUAACUAAGGAGAUAGUACAAGAAUACUUGGCUAGUUUAGAUGUAUUCAAGUCUCCAGGGCCAGAUGAACUGCAAGUCAUGUCAGACUAACCUGAUCUCGUUUUUUGACAGAAUUACAAGCCUGGUAGAUGAAGGGAACGCAGUGGAUGUAGCCUACCUUGAUCUCAGCAAGGCAUUUGACAAGGUGCCCCAUGAUAUUCUUGUAAAGAAGCUGGUAAAAUGCGGUCUUGACUAUGCUACCACUCAGUGGAUUUGUAACUGGCUGACUGACCGAACCCAAAGGGUGCUCAUCAGUGGUUCCUCUUCAUCCUGGAGAAGAGUGACUAGUGGGGUGCCACAGGGUUCUGUCUUAUUCAACAUCUUUAUCAACGACUUGGAUGAUGGACUCAAGGGCGUCCUGAUCAAAUUUGCAGAUGACACCAAACUGGGAGGGGUGGCUAACACCCCAGAGGACAGGAUCACACUUCAAAACGACCUUGACAGAUUAGAGAACUGGGCCAAAACAAACAAGAUAAAUUUUAACAGGGAGAAAUGUAAAGUAUUGCACUUGGGCAAAAAAAAUGAGAGGCACAAAUACAAGAUGGGGGACACCUGGCUUGAGAGCAGUACAUGUGAAAAGGAUCUAGGAGUCUUGGUUGACCACAAACUUGACAUGAGCCAACAGUGUGACGCGGCAGCUAAAAAGCCAAUGCAAUUCUGGGCUGCAUCAAUAGGAGUAUAGCAUCUAGAUCAAGGGAUGUAAUAGUGCCACUGUAUUCUGCUCUGGUCAGACCUCACCUGGAGUACUGUGUCCAGUUCUGGGCACCACAGUUCAAGAAGGACACUGACAAACUGGAACGUGUCCAGAGGAGGGCAACCAAAAUGGUCAAAGGCCUGGAAACGAUGCCUUAUGAGGAACGGCUAAGGGAGCUGGGCAUGUUUAGCCUGGAGAAGAGGAGGUUAAGGGGUGAUAUGAUAGCCAUGUUCAAAUAUAUAAAAGGAUGUCACAUAGAGGAGGGAGAAAGGUUGUUUUCUGCUGCUCCAGAGAAGCGGACACGGAGCAAUGGAUCCAAACUACAAGAAAGAAGAUUCCACCUAAACAUUAGGAAGAACUUCCUGACAGUAAGAGCUGUUCGACAGUGGAAUUUGCUGCCAAGGAGUGUGGUGGAGUCUCCUUCUUUGGAGGUCUUUAAGCAGAGGCUUGACAACCAUAUGUCAGGAGUGCUCUGAUGGUGCUUGCUGCUUGGCAGGGGGUUGGACUCGAUGGCCCUUGUGGUCUCUUCCAACUCUAUGAUUCUAUGAUUCUAUGGUUUAUUUACAGAUAUAUUCAACCUGAGCCUACGGUGGUGGGGUUCACAGCAUCAACACCCAAAGAGGAUCUUGCUUUUCCUGUAGGCCACAGCCUUGGAUUCCAGCAUAAAUCAGGCAUGGCUCUGUCUCCCAGCUGCCCAGCCUGCAGCCUUCCCACUUCCACCUUUUAGAUCACAUAAGUCAACUCUGGCCUUUGUCUUUCUAACUACCAGGGAAUUGAGGACGGGUGGGGGGCUACCCAUUUGCUGUCUGGCACAAAGCCACUUCCUUUGUUACCUUAAUGGCCUGUACUUAGAGGACCAUUCCCUCACUAGGAAGCUAGCCUGGCUAUUCCUGGAAUUGAAUCUAUGCUGGAUCCAGGUAUUAGGAGGUUCAAGCAAUGCAGUCUACCCCACAAAAAACUCAUAAUAUGUUUUAAAUAGAAAAAUAUGAGAGUGGUUCCAGAACUUUUCAAGGACUGGGUGCUUCUAAUCUUUGCAAAUCCUGGCAUGCCAUCAGUGAGCUGCCUGCUCUUCUGACUGGGACCCAUCACUCCAGAAGGUCUGUCCAAGUUUGUCACUUCUGACAUGGCAUUUUCUUGUUGGCUGGGUCUUGGGUGCAGCAGCUAUGAUUCCUUCCUCCAUGCCAGCUGGCCUCUGACCGUGUUCGGUUUCGGGACUUUGCCUCCCUUUGCCCUUUUAAAGAUUGGGUUACUUAGAGAGUCGACAACUGUCUGGGGCAUGAAAAACUGCCUCAGAGAGCUGGAGAGUUUGGACGGUUCCAGAGAAACUCUUCAGAGACCAAAGCAAGUAAACUAGAGGAGAGGAGUAUUUUCUGGCUGGAAAGAAAGACAAUGGUAAAGGCAAAGGACUAUCCUUGGGAGACGUUUUGAGGAACGAACAGAACUGACCUAGCACAGUGACCUUUUGGUCAAAGGAAGCUGGAGAUCAAGAUUGGCUUCUCAGCAGAGGAGAUUGGCUUCCAGAGUAUCCUUUGUGUUUUCUAGCUGUAUAGCAUGGAUAUGGGAUGUUAUAUUUUUCUGCAUUACUGUGAUUUCUUGAUUUUUGCGCUCUCUGUGUAAGGUAGAGGGGAUUUCCCAGGCUUUCCUUAAUGGUGAGGAGUUAUGUGAUUGGAAUGCAAUUUUUGUAAGCAGAUGUAUGUACACGCUUCCUAGAAGUCUUACUAUCCCAUUUUCUGAUUGCUUCUAAUCUUUGGGGUUCAUUAGUUUCAGGUCACCUGGGUGUGUUAGCUCACAGAAGGCAUUUGUUUCUCGUUCAGUUUUGGAUGUUGACCCAGGUAUACUAAUGUUAUACAGUAAUCACAGUUAACAAUAAUGCUUUAUAGUAAAACCGUAAAAUGUUCAGUGUUUUAUUAAUGAAGAGGGUUACUCUUUUCCUGAAUGAAUCCUUUGCCAAGAGAGUUAACACAGCCCUGAAUUCAAUGGAUGGAAUCGUAGUAACAUGAGCUCUCCUUCCUUAGGUAAGACCUCUGGUUCCUUAAUGCAGAAGGACUGAGCACAGAAGCAAAGGAAGAAAAAAAUAGGAACAUUGCACUAAUUUAUUUCUCUGUGCAGAAACACAUCCCUAGAUUGAUGGAAGUGGGUUGUGCUUACAUUUAAUACAUGCUGUUACUACUACUACUACUUUAUUUAGUGCAUUUCAAAAUUGCAAGACCAUUGAAUAGUCUUUUUUUCCUAUGUGUACAUAGAUUUUUUUAUCACUACUGUACACCCAGUACAAAGAUCUCCUUCAAAAGGUAAAAGAUAUAAGGCCGGGAGGGAUGAAAAAAACCACACCUCCCAGCAGCCAUAAAGCAUCUUAUUCCAGUAAUCUUUACAACAACCCUGUGAGGUAGUCUAGCAGUAUUAUCCCCAUAUAACAGAUGGAGAAGCAGAGUGAGUGAGUGAGUGGGGGUGGUGGAGACUGAGGCUGAGCACAAUCCUCUGUAUGUCUGCUUAGAAGUAAACCCCACAUAACUGAAUGGGGCUGGCUACCAAGUACGUUGGAGCUACAGUUCUGUACCUAGUAACCUGGGAAAAGCCCCACUGAAUUCAUAGGGACAUGCUUUUGAGUAGAGGAUUGCACUGUGAAUUACUUAGUGACUGUGUGACAUUGAAAUGAGGGAGUUUCCAGCUCCCUAUCCUGUGCCAUCUCUAAAGCCAUUUGAAAAAUAUAAACAAAAUCAAACUUUAGAAAAUGCAGUUUUCCUGUUUCUUUCCUCCCUCUUUGUCUUUUGUUGGUACGGAAAGCAGUGAAGUCAGCGGGGCUGAACCGCAUGUCAUACAGUGCCCAAUGGAAAAAAUGGAGUAAGACUUUCAUAACCAAUUCCUUUGAUGCCAUAAGCAUGCUUGGAAUUGUACUAGUAAGCCGUGGCCGACCAGAUUUUGUUGGAUUACAAGUCCCACCAUCCCUCCCCACCAGCUUUGCUGGCUGGACUAGAUGUGAUUUGGGGUCAGAAAUAUAUGGAGAGCCACAGGGUCCCCACCCCUGAUCUGGACACUCACAAGUCCUGCUGAACUCAGCUCCAAGUAGGGCGGUCAGAUGCAAAAGAAGGCAGGACUCUGCACCUUUAAUAGUUGUGUAGAUGGGAGGAUUUCACCAGGUGUAUCGUGUGUGAUGCUGAAAUUUCUUCUGCACAUCUGUUAAAGGUGCAGGAGUCUGAGUCCUCCUUCCCUUGGCCACCCUAACUUCAACACUUCUUCAAAUCUGAAACCCCGCCUUUAAUUUGGACCUCAUCUAGAGCAAAGGAGUUGGUUUUUUAAUUUUGUACUGAGGCUGGUUUGAUAAAUAAAGCAUGUCAUGUAUGAUUUGGUCAGAAAUAAUACAGACUUUGACUCUUAAGGUUGUAAGAACAUAGGAAGCACCUGCUGGAUCAGGCCAAUCAUCCUGUUUUCACAGUGGUCAGCCAGAUGUGUAUUCUUAAUUUGGUGGAGGACUUCACAUACUGUAGUUUAAUUCUUUUUCCAAGUUCAGUUGAAUGCAUGGGAAGAGCUCUAAGUCUGUUGGUCAGGAAUUCUAGAGUUUUUAAGUUUUAAAACUUAAGUGAAACACUGGUUCUUUGGAUGGUGGUGGUAAAAUUGUCACUGAUUUACAAGGGGGCAAAAAGAGUCAGGGACCUGGUUUUAUGUUAGUUUAUUCUUUUUAAAUUGUGAGAGCUUAGGAGCGGUGAGAACUUAUUUACAGAUGUGUAUACUUGGUGUGGUAAACGGCGUUCCGUGUGCUGCGCUGGCUCGCCAGAUGCAGCUUGUCACGCUGGCCACGUGACCCGGAAGUGUCUGCGGACAGCGCUGGCUCCCGGCCUAUAGAGUGAGAUGAGCGCACAACCCUAGAGUCUGUCAAGACUGGCCCGUACGGGCAGGGGUACCUUUACCUUUACCUUCUUAUACUUGGUGUGUAUUUUUGCAAACAGGUGGACCAGAUGUGAUGAAUAUAAUGCAGUCUUUUACAUCUUAUAUUACCACUCCCCUUUAAAAGUCUCUUCAACUUGGAGAAUGCAAGGAGGUUGUAGUUGGGCAUCAGUUAACUGUGGGCAAGAGUGCUUUCUCCAUGAUUUCAAAGCAGCCAUAGUAACAUGGUACCCUCCACCUCCCCCCCUCAGCCUCAGCUAGCAUGGUGAAUUGUCAGGAAUGAUGGGGAUUGGAGUCCAACAUCUGGAGGGCACCUCGUUGGCUGCCUCUGUUCUGGAGGGGGGGGAGAACCCUGGUCACAUUUUGCAGCUGUUAUACUAGAAUAAAGAAUCCCUAUAAAUUUUGCAAGAAAAAGCCCGAGCAAGAUAUGGAUUCCCAUGACCUUCUGGUAUAUCCUUUCUGUGCUCUUCCAUGUGGGAUCAGUAGAUGCAAAUGGAGUAGGAAAUGGAUGAAUUAUAGAUUAAAAACAGUAAUCUCAAAAUGCUGGCUGUUCUUGGAUAUGUUGCUCAAAAGCCUAGUCUCCACAAGAAGAAAGAGGAAGGUUGACCACUAGUGGCAGCUUCAGGAUUCAUUUCUUCAGUUCAGGGGUUUGUAUAAACCAGCUUAUGACCAAAAUUGGAGACUUAAGGAUUGUGGUAGGAGGCAGCCUUUAUCUCCCUUUAGCAAGAAUAUAUACUCUAGAUUAGUUACCCUUUCACACAUAUGAGCUAGACAGGCAUACAACUAGAAGCAAGCUUGUAAAUAGGCAGUACCUUACUCACCUGUGGCUAGUCAGAAUUGCCACCAGGUGAGCAAAUAGGAAGAUUUUUUAAAUAUAAAUUUGAGUUUGCGCCCUCCCCCCAUCUCCCAGGCUAUAAAUGUGCUUUAUCAAUGGCUUAUACUGGUAUGCAUGCACAGGUGAGCAUAGAAAUGUGUGGGCUGGCAACUUAUUUGUAAGGCUGGUUAAAAGUAACAGUGCUGGUGUUGUUACAAGAAACAAUGCAGUUGGUUGGUAGUGAAAAACUGAGAGGGAGUUGUUCUUGGGGAGUUUUCUCCCUGACUCUCUUUUUGACUGUGACUAAAUAGCAUUGAAAUGCAUUAUUAAACCUGAUCUCUGGCUCUCAGUGUCCCAUCUGGUAGCACCCUCAUGUUGCCAUUUCAUAAUUUCAAUUCUUGUGAAAGCUGUCAUUACGCAAUACCUCUGAACAGCUACUGCAGACAUGUACACAAGGUAUCUCAUAAUAUGUGUGGGUAGCCUUUCCGGCUUUCUUGACAACUUUGCUUUGUUUUUGCCUUAUUUUUGUACUUAUGAACUGAUCUUGGGUGUCUGAAGUAGAGCCAAACAAGAUGUGAUGCAGAUAAAUACUGCUUUGUACAUGUCUGCCCCACUCAUAUAUAAAUCUGGGGUGUUUCAGGAGGAGGGGAGGUACGUAUAUUUAGACUGAAAACGGUGAGAGGGCUUCUGGAAGAGCCUUGCUGCUGUUAAGAGUUGUGUGCCUUCACUACCAGUCUUGAAGGUGCCAUGACAGGCCGCCAUGACUGUACUGCUAGAAUUGGGCCACCAGGAUAUCACUGUACCUCUGAUUGUUGGAAAUAGGGAGUGAAUAAGUGAAUGAGGUUGAAUCGCUCCGCGUAUUGCACUGUGGUGCCACAGGAAAAUAGACGUUAGCUCUGGAUGGAUGGAUGGAGGUGAUAGAAGGCUUGACUAACCAUAUCCAGACAGAUCUCCAGAUAUCCAGCAUUUCUUGUUCACAUUUAUCAGUUUGCAUGCAACCAGCAUGGGCCAGGCAGAGUACAGAGUGGCUUCCCAUGCCGAGUGACAAUAUCAUGUGCUCCCAUUUCUGCAUUAUGGCGCCAAACCACAGGAAGCUGUCUGGCAGUAUCCUUAAUUAACUGAGAUAAUUAGGCUGCAGAUAAGAAUUUCAGAGAGAGUAUGCAGUGACAUUUCAACCUGUUGCAGUCGCUCUGUAAUCUAACUCUCUUCAAAGCAAGCUUUGUUGAGUUGCCAGCAGGCCCAGGCAUGUGCUGUCAUCCAUAACAGGACUGGGUUGGACCCCAGCAGUGAUCAUGAAACUUUUGGAACUUUCCCUAGCAAAUGAAAGUCCUUAAAUAGCCUUCCCCUGGAUUCCAACCAGAGAGCAGCAAAUCCGCCUGCUUACUGGAUGCUGGUCAAUUUGCAGAGGUGAGUCACUGUUUUCUCACCACAGAACUAUUUGUUGAACAGCGCAGUCCUGCAUGCUUACUCAGAAGUAAGCAACAUUGUGUUCAACAUUAUGAAUGAUUCCCAUUGAAUAGGAUUGCAGCCUCUGUUUAACCACAAGGUGAUACACUCCUGACAUCUGUGCCCCAAACCCAAGUUUUGUACUCAAUUGCUGGUUUUUUGUUUUUUAAAAAAGAUUCAUACAAAACUAAAGUCAAAUCUGGGGCCAUUUGUUAAAAUAUCCCUUAAACAACCACAGGGUUUUUUUGUUUUUUUCUGAAUUAAGCCAUGUAAUUACCCUGUUUUAAACGUUCAUUGUUUAAGGGGCAUUUUAAUGAUCAAGAUGAUGGAGCAACUUCCCUAUGAGGAAAGCUUACACUGGCAGCGGUUCUCAACUUGUGGGUCCCCAGAUGUUGGACUACAACUCCCAUCAUCCCUGAGCUCUGGCCUUGCUAGCUAGAGGUGAUGGGAGUUGUAGUUCAACAACAUCUGGGGACCCACAGGUUGAGAAAGGCUGGCAUACAGCAUCUGAGACUUUUUAGUUUAGAGAAACGGUGAGUAAGAGGUGACAUGACAAAAGUUUAUAAAAAUUAUGCAUGGCAUGGAGGAAUUGGAGAGAGAAAAGUUUCUCAUAACACUAGAACUCAUGGACAUCACAUGAACCUGCAGGUUGAAAGAUUCAGGACAGAUAAAAUAAAGUACUUAUUCACACAGUGCAUAAAUUGUGGAACUUGCUCUCGUAGGAGACAGUGAUGGCCACCAUCCUGGAUGGCUUUAAAAGAGGAUUAGACAAAUUCAUGGAGGAUCAGGUUACUGGUGGCUGUUAGGCACGAUGGCUGUGUUUUAUCUCCACUCUGCUUGCCAGUUGAUGAGUAUCACAGGUGGGCAGAGUGCUGUUGUGCUCAAGUCCUGCUUGUGGACUUCCCAUAGGCUUCUGCUUGGCUACUGUGAGAGCAGAAUGCUGGACUAGAUGGGCCAUUGGCUUGAUUUCGCAGGCUAUUCUUAACAAAUGGCCUCAAGAUUUGACUUCCACCUUUUCUUCAUCAAAGAGUUUCUACCGCCCUCAAAGCCUAUAAAAACUUGAAAAAAUAAAAAUUGCAUUGAAACUAUACAGAAAGUACAGUAGCAAUAAGAAACCAUGCUACGAAUGCUGCCUUUUAUCCUUCUGCCAUUAUUAGUGGUGCUUUGCACUGCAGCAACACUGAGGUGUUCCAUUAUGCUAGGAGCUGUAUGGCUACCUACCAAGAUGCAUAUUUCACAAUCAGCAUGGGAAGAGAAUGUUGUUUCCAUUCUCCUAAUGAAGAACUAAGAGACUAAUUAAAAAUAGCCUGCUCAAGGUCACUCCUUUCUUCUUCACAUACAGUUUUGUUGAAUCUGUGCCUUCCACAUUGCAACCUUGCAUUUUUAUGGCAAGAUGUAAUCCCACAAGAAAUGAUCCCAGAAUGAGCGCAACAGAAGAACAAUCUGUGGGAAGCUGCAGAGAUAUAUUUAUAAAUCAGAAAACAGAUGGGAGAGGCUGGUGUUCAAAUCUUCCUAUAGGUGUCAAAAUGCUCACCUGUUUGGAGACUCUGCUUCUUGAUAGGAAGCUUUUAUGCUUGAUCAGUUUUAAAGCUUUGCAUACUCUAGUUCAAAGGCCUCUGGAUUUAGUCCACGUGCAAUGAAUGGGAGAUAGCUUCCUAAUAAACAGGUUGGCCUAUGGGAGAGCAGGUCUUCUCUCAAGUAUCCAGGCCCCCAGUUGUGUAUAAAGCUCUGAACAAGUAUCAAAUCUUUGAAGUGGUUUCAGUGGUGUAUUGGCAGCCAGUGCAGUUCCUGCAGAAUAUGUUCGCAGUCAGCCACUUCCUACAGCAGCCUACCUGCAGUUUCCAGACAAGUUUCUUGGACAGUUCUAUAUGGGGGUGUCCUAUCACUGGGCCUGAUACUAGCACCCAAAGCAGAUUUGCAGGAGCCUGUGCUCAUAUGAAGCUCUGGCCAAGGAAAAGUUUCACUCUCAAAAGCAGGAGACUUAACAGACUUCAUAAAGCACCUGACACUACAGUCUUAAACACAUUUACUAGGGAGUAAGGCCUCUUGAGCUCGGCGUAAUUUACCUUUGAGUAAACAUGCUUAGGAUUUAAUUGUUAGUCAUGUUUUUUUGUCUGUGGAUGCACAAGGCCAGAUAAUCUGUUGCUGUCAUGAGCAUUGAGUGCUCCGUAGUCCCCGGCUCAUUGAUGAAAUUGGCAUGGCGGAAGGGAUCUGCUAUAAGAUCUCUUUUGUGGCUAACUUGUUCUGUACCACAGGAUUUUCUUCUAAAUUGCUCUCUUCAAAGAGCACACUGCUUAUUCAAACAGGGCUGAUUGGUAGUGUUUGUUCUCUGAAUGCUUUGGGGAGGAGGGGGGUGGUGCGGGAAGCAAGCACCAAGGAGACAGAAAAGCUUCCCCCUGCAUCUUGCAUGUUCCUUCUGCCUCCGGGUUCACUCUGUUCUCUGUGGCACUAGCCAGGGCUUAUUGUACUUGGCUGCUGAUUCAGAAGCUUCAGUUCCCCAGCGAGCAGCCGAAACACACAUGCCUUCCUCUCCCCCCCCAUCCAUGGUUCGUAUGCUCCCACCAGUACCCAGCCCUCCAAUCCUUAACUCAACUCAUGACAGGAGGAGGAGACUUUCCCUGUGGAAGGAUCACACAGCUGGGCUCGUUACCAAUGCCGCUGCUCAUGCCAGAAAUGCACCCUUCUGAAUCUGACCCCUGCCCUGGGAAAAAGAUAUUGCUGCUCAACUCUUUAUUAGGAGUCUUUGUAAGUACAGCCUUCUUUCUUCUGCAUUUUCAGGAGCAUAGGCUCAUCGGAGGGCAGAUGGAAGCAUGCAGGACCAGCCCAAUAUGUCUUGCUGCCUAGGAUGGACAAGAUUUCUCUCCCACCCCAGUUCCAUGAGCAGAAGCUGAUCAGAUUGGCAGUUGAAUUGAACUUGAGUGCUGGCUGCCUCCACCACAACAGAGGGCAGCAGGUCGCUUACAGAGUGCAGGGCAAGCUGGGCGGCAAACACAGUUCUGUCCUCCAAGUCUUUACCACCUGAGGCAGAUGCCUUACUAUGCCUAAUGGUGGGGCCUGUCCUGGUUGCAGGACAUUUGGGGGCACCUUGAGUGGGGUGAUCAAUCUACCGGGUUUAUACUGGUUCUACUAGACUGCAGGAUUCCUUAUCAUACUAUAUCCCCUAAAACCAGCCAGCUGGAGAAGAGGGCAGAAGAAGUAGGAGGUGCUGUUGCCAGAAGCUCCCGUAUGGUCCCUGUCUUUCUGCCUCUUCCAUGAUAAGCAGAAACAUUUUGAGUGGUUGCAGUGCUAAACCUCUGCUGCUGGAAGGUUUUUGAUGUUCCAGAUGUUGCUGAUCUUCAACUCCCGUCAUCUCUGACCAUUGGAUAUACUGGCUGCGUCUGAUGGGAGCCCAGCAACAUUUGGAGGGCCGCAGUUUACCCACCCCUGUUUUAGGUCUGUUUGCUGCAGGAUCCUCUCCCACCCUGGAACUUUGCACCCUCUUCCCAAAAAGGAGAAGGCCAUCAGUGGCUGGUAGCCAUGAUGGCUGUGUAGUACCUCCAGCCGCUGAAUACUGGUUGCUGGGGAACACAAGUGGGGAGAACAUUUUUGAGCUCAUGUCUUUCUUGCAGUCUUCCUAUAAGCAUCUGCUUGGUCACUGUGGGAAUCAGAUGCUGGCCUAGAUUGACCUCUUGGCCUUGCUACAGAAGGGUUCUUACGUUCUUAUGCUUUUGGAUAGAAUACAGUUGUGAUGCUCUGCUUCCCCUUUUGUGGGGAAGAAUAUCAUAGUGAUGAAGGUGGUUGGAAUGUGCAGAUUUUCAUAUUUAUUCUGAUUGUGUUCUUGAAUCUUAGGAAAUUGCUUUCUCGGGGGUUUUUUGUUUUUGUUUUGUUUUUGCAAAAGUAGGCUGCUGUUCCCGCUGCAGCACAGUUCUCCUGCUUACCUUACUAAAUGUGAGGUGGCUUGGCAGCUGCUAUGGUUAAAUGAAAUAACUUUGUCAUUUUUUGCUCAAGAAGUUGCGUCAGCUCAGGUCUUUAGGAGAAAGUUGUGCCCAUUCCAGACAGUGUUCUGUUUUAGCACUGCCAGUCUGCAGAUCAAAUUGAAUUUUAACACACACAUACACACCGGUGUGCAUUUGUAAGGUGACCCUUAGAUUAUUUUAGUCACUUAGAACUGAAAUUUUUGAAACUCUGAUGAAUUUAGGCCAAGUUUCCUCCACCUCCUUCUGAGCAAGCCAAUAGAGCUCCUUUUUCUUGUAAUUGGCAGUGUCUGGGAAAACAUGUCUUGUGCUUACUAUUUUGAGCAUAGGUUGCUUAGCCCUUUUCCUCUUCUGCUCUGUUUCUGAGCAAACUGGUUAUCACUGAGCUGAAUUUUAUUCAGCAUAGACUUUCCAUUACCCAGCUUACAGAGGGAUGGCACUGCUGUUGCAGAAUAUGGCUCACUGGCCACAUUCAGUACAUAGAACUGAACACAUAGUGUGUUUUCUCCUUCUGUGAAGCUGCUCAUUUAAGGUGGCCUCCUACCACCCAAAAGAGAUGAAAUAUACCGCCAAAGAAGAAACCGAUCUACAUAAAAUUUGGAUAUGCUAACUGAUGUGUACGGAUGCCAAUUUAAAAAUAAUCAUUGGAAUUUACAUAGAAAUUUACAUAGAAAGACUUGUGACUGGGUGACCUGAGUGACUGUUCAGUCUGCUGUCCAGGUGCUGAUUUCAAGGUCCCCAACUCUCCUUUCUUGUGGUUCUUUAUAUGGAAACAAGAUUUGGGGCUGUUCAGCCCUCCAGAUAAAGAGCGUCUCUAAACAAAGUUCUCCUCAGUUUGGCUGCCUCUCAGCUCAGGGAAACUGGAUUUGGAGUUUUAUUUGCUGUUUAAAUUUCUCUCCUACCAGUCCAUUUGCUUAAGAUGGAGGUUGUCUCUGUGGACUCCUGGCUCUGUUGUUUCUGAUGACAUCAGGCUGUUGAAUGCUGGUGCAAAAGGAUGUUUUAAGAGCAGGCAUUGCUGCUGGAUCUUCAGGUUAAUGCUCAUCCACAUAGUACUUUUGAAGGGGAACAGAUGUGUAUUUGACUUCAUUCACAGUAACACCCUUUGGUCCUCUUUCUGCAUGUCUCCUUGAGUGCAAAAAGGGCCAGUUCCAGAGUACUGGGCUAUUGCAUCUUUUAGGUAGAAAAGAAAAUAUAUCGGAACGCCAUGGACUAAUGCAGAGUCGUGGCCAACCUUUUGGGCAAGUGUUCCAUAAGUCUAAUCCAAGUAUGAGACAGCACCACUCUAGCUCACGCUCAGUGGUGAAGGAAGGGGGUGCGGUAGGUGCAACCCCCCCCAGGGUGUCACCGCUGAGCGGGGUGACAAAAUGCCGGGUGGUACUCACCUGUGUGCGCCCGAGCCAUGCGUCUUUCACUAUCCUGGGAGAGACGUAGUUGCUUGGGUGUGCGCAAGCUCUGCGGUGAGUGCAGCCCAGCAUUUUGUCACACCCCACCCCCAGCUGUAGGGUGGUUGAUUGGGAGGAGGCAGGCAGACUCCAGAGGCCCUGCGGUGCGCCCCACCGCUAUGGGCGGUGCGCCUGAGGUGCCUGAGUGGCUUCCUCCAUUGCUGCGCAGAUCGCCGUGGCGCCCCCAUGUGCGGAUUGCCGCAGCACCCCAUUCACCCCCUGUGGGCAGAUCUCCCUGCCCCCGCCGCUCCGGCUGCUGGAGCACCUAGCUACGCCCCUGCUCAUGCCCCAGUAUUUAUGCAGCCCCCAGGAAUUGGGGGAGUUUUGAUGUUCUGUGUUUUGAUGUGCUGAGUUACAGGCAGCAGCAAACCAUGAAAAGACAGAAUGUAGGCCGGACUAUGCUGAGAUGUACCCGGUUUCUUUUAAAAUUAUAGUACUUAUUUCUAAAUUCAUAUCUAGACAUAUAAAUUAGUACACAGAAAUUUUAUGCAGAACUGUGCCCUCUUUUGUCCUCUUUUUUAUUAUUACUGAUGUGUAAGUGGCCACCCUGUUUCCACCACACCAGCUUUAAAUCCUGCUUUUCCUCCUACAUAUCCAAAGGAGCCCACUGGCUUUCUGUGGAAGAGAACUUUAAUUAUGAUUGAACAACUGCAAAGCUUUCCCUCCGUACAGGGAUUUUAGUUCAUUUUAUUUGGCUAAUCCUUAUGUCAAAUCUAUUGCACAGACAUUUCAGGUUUGCUGGGGUUUAUUAAACACUUUGCCCUUAAGCAUUUCUGGCAUCCCAAUUAUCCUUUUGUUGCUGAAAACAAUAAAACAGAUUGAUUUGCCGUAGGAGGUUUGACAUGACUUUGCAUUUGCAAAUGAAGUAUUCCACUCCGGUAGGUUUAGGACAUAAAGAUUGAAGGCUUAUGAUAUGGUCCAGAUGCAGGAAAUGAUGAGGUUCCAUCCUGCUGGAAACUAGCGUUGAUGGUAGUGUGUAAAGGGUCGGCCAUGACUGGACCUAAUGAUCAGGGGUCCCUUUACCUUUACCUUUUUAAUCCGAUGCAGGCAACUCCCCAUUUACAUGGGGGUUACAUUCUGAGGCACGAUGUAUCAAAGUGAAAUCGCGUAUAUUGGGAACACCAUUGAAAAAGCCUGCAAGCACCACAGUUGCUCCCUUCAAACCUCCUUGCUCAAACUUUGUGCUAGGUUUCCUGGGAUUGCUCUUGCAAAGCCUUGCUAGAUGCUGUUUUCGGGCCGUUUUGCCAUUUCCACUCUCUUUUAGGACUGUUUUUGCCCCUAUUUGUGCCACUUCCGGAUUUGUGGGAAUGCGUGUGGUCACAGUCGCAUUUGCCUUGAACGCCUGCAAAUGGGGAGUUGCCUGUAUAUUGUCUGAAUCUGCUAACAUUUUUGCUGUUGGACAAGUCUGCUGCGUUCACCAUUCAAACUGGGAUAUUUUGCUUGCUGUUGUAAUGCUACUCUGAGCAUGGGUGCAUCCAAAUAGGGACUUCCUUAACAUCAGAUUUCCCCUGGACAGGGGUAAUCUGGUUUAAAUUGCCUUUGACGUGAUAGCUUCUAAGUGCCCUCUUUGGUCAUAUGGGGCUCAGGAGGGUGAGGGUUAUGUGAGGCUGGCGAGCUGUGCAAGUAUUAGCAGCAUACUCUAGUACAAAAACAUUUGUUAUUGUCUGAAAAUAGAAAAUCUGUAGCACUACCCAGUUUGUGGCUGAUCCCUGAAAGUUUAAAAGAGCUUUAUCCUGAAAAUCCCAUUACCCUGCUGUGUUUUUAGUACUAUUCCCUUUAGUCUGAUUAUGUAACAAAUGUUUCCAUUUCCACAUCCAGUAUGCAUUCCUGUGUUCAAAAUGAACCCAGUAUUCAGCACCUUUAGGCAGCCAAGGCUUUCCUGGGUUUUUAAUUUUGUCCAAAGAGCCUGGGAGAGGAAGUUCCUAUAGCUUUAUAAGGCGUGAGACACCCGCUACACACCCGCACAUGCUUCCUCCUCUGGAAAAUCAGGCUCCAUGGCCUCCAUCAGAGUCAAGAGAGCCUGGCUCACUCAAGCCAGCUGGGUUCCUGAACUCUGCUGCUUAAGUGGGAAAGAAAAGGUUCUCUUGGACUGUACAGAUUGACUUUGCCCAGGGGCGUUUACACAGGCAACCUAGAGUGCUGAGAGUGCCCUAACCUCCUCCUGACGUUAACGGGAGCUGAAGGCGCUUAGCACCUUGUAGGAUCAAGGCAGUUGAAAAAGCUGCCUCAGCGUUCCUCUAACCUCUGCACUGAAGGCUGGCUGAAGCUCUCCUUCUCCUCCAAAGUAAAGUGCUCUGCAGCUUCCCACCUUGUGGUGUUUAAUGGCAAUGGCAGCCAGUCCCCACCACCACACAAAAAAGUUAUGAGCAACCCACCAACCCUUCUCCCAAACAUCUAUACGUUCCACGCAACUAUAUACAUGUCCCCCUUACAUGCACAAUCUCAUAUCGCUCUUUUCACCUUAGGAUUGAAUAUUGCUUCUUUGUUUUUCUUCCUUUCCUCUUCUUUCCCCCUCUGAACUAUCUCCUUCUAAACCCCAUUUCUCUCUUAUUCCAUGCUUCAUCCCAUUUCUCGCUCUGUUUGUUUUCUGCAGCCUCUGCUCCACCUUUUCCCUCUUAAACCCCAAUUGUUUCAUCUAUACUCAGUCCCCACCCAUGGUUUACAAGCUUGAUUCAAGUGGUCUGUGAAGUGUCCGUGGAUUUAUAGUGGAAGAUGGGAGAAGGCACAUCCACUGUAUUAAAUAUUUAUAUUGAUUUUUAAUUGUAUUUUACUGCUUUUAUCUCUCAUAAGUUGGUAUUUGUACUACAGACUAAAUUCUGUGGAAUUCACCUGUAAUACAAUCAAAUGCAAUAUAUAAGAAAUAAAGGAAGUACUAAAAAAUACAACUAAAAAUCAUGUCACAUCUAAUGGAGCAGUUUACAGUUUCAACAAGGGGCAGAAAAAUCAUUCAGCAGUCUGCCAAGACCUGCAGCAACUUUUCAAAUGGUUUGGGGUGGGAGAAGUUUUGGGAAAUACUGCCCUAGUUCAUGAAAGCAUAUUACAUAAUGAAAAUUUGUUGAUUCAUAAGAUGCCACGAGACACUCUGGGUUGUGUCCAAUGCUAGUGCUACUUAGAGUAUAUCCACUGAAAUUAACCAACCUAAGUUGGUUGUGUUCAUUUGGUUCAGUGCAUCUUCUUUGAGUAGAAUCAAUGUUGGGUGCAACCCUUGGUUUUUUCUGCAACAGACUGACAUGGCUGCCCCUCUGAAAAUUGCCUCUGUUUCAGUCAAUCACUCAAGUUGGCUUGGUUUUCCUCAGGCACUAUGACCUCACUGCUACUGUCAGCAAGAUUGCUUGCCUCCUCUUGUCACGCUGCCUGCCUUUUGAGUGCAAGCCUUCUCUCAGAGAUGGCUUGCUCCAGGAUCACACAAGGCUCCUGCUGAGAUUUCAGACAUUCUGUGCCCCUUCAAUAUCAUUAUCCAGUCAGGCUGAGGAAAUUGCUUCUUUUGUGUGCAUUAAUUGAGGAAGCAUAUAACCUCCCUGUGGGACUUUUGUCUACAUAGUAGGCAAGGGAAAUGUAUUUUUGGCUGUUUCCAAGGUCUUUUCACUAAUUUGUGUAUUGAUAUUCAAAGCACUUGGUCAGCCAUGCUCUUCCUUCCUUCAAACAAUUACUUUCUCCCUCUUUCCUAUGUUGAUAGUAUUCUUUUUCUUUUGAGGUAGCUUUUAUACUCCGUAACACAAUAUAAAAAGCACACUGUGCUGGUUGCUAUGCUAACCCAGAAUUUGGUCCUCUCUUAAUAGGUAUGCUGUGGUCACUAUGACAUACAGUUCUGUGAGUCAUUUCGGGGACUGGGUUAAAAAAAAAGAAAUAGAAGACCAUCACAAAAGGCUAGCAGUUUCUUAACUCAUUUCUGUAAGGUAAUUCCCCCAUCAAAGAUCUUCCCCGGUCCCUAGCUGCUUUUAUCUUUCAUAAGAUAAUUUCCUAUCUUUUGCACAGUUGGAGUAAAAGCAGUGGGGAAUGGGGAUUUGGGGCAGGAAAAUAGCCUCAAUGGGAAAGGAUUUGGAAUAUUUCCCCCUGUCCAUUUAAAUGGCAGUUUCAUUGCUUGCAUUUUGUAAAACAAAAGUGUAACAUGUAGUUCCACCCUACAUUGAUGUUAUUGGGGAGUUUCACAUAUUCUGCAGGGAAAAUUUGAUGCUUGAUGGGGAACCUCCAUUUUGUAUCUUGUGUUUUGACACCCCUAGGCAAAUAAGAAGAAACCUCUUUCAAGAAACCUCUUUCAACAAUUGUGGCUUCCCGCAAAGAGUCCAUAGCUUGUUGAAGGUGCUGAAAGUUAUUAGGAGACCCCACACAGAGUUAUAAUUCGCACCACCCUCAACUAGCUACAGUUUCCAGGAUUUUGUUAAAGUGCUAUAAGAGUGCUUUAAAUGUAUGGCCUGGGUGUGCCCUUGGACAAGGUGACAUAUGAUAAACCUCUUGUUCUGCCACUCACCUUCUUUGGUGCUUCAUGCAAGGGGAGAAUAGGUGUGCAGUUGGGGCAUUAGAACCCUGCCAGUCUUGAAGGCUUGCUAUUUUAUGAAACAGCUCUGCAUGCUUGUAGCUUCCAGACUUUGUAGCUUCCAGGUUAGGCUGAGAGGCAGUGUCUGACUCAAGGUCACCCAGAUUUGAACCCUCGUCUCCCAAUCCCAGUCUGUCAUUUUGACCACUAUCCCACCCUGAACCCCAUCAACAGAAGCCCUAUGCAAGGAUUUGUACUUCCACAACAGGGUCUCCCUCCUGCUCCCCCUGCAUGCCCCCAAAAUUGGCCUUGAGGGGGCAUCAAGAGAACUCCAGAGCAAUGCAGGAGGGGAACAGGGAAUUGAUCCAUCUGAUAAGCUGUUAUGCUUGCAAAGACAGAAUGUUUUAAUAGCAUAGUGCUGAAUUCCACCACACACAUGGUGAUAUUCAGUGCUGGUCCUACUCAGAGUAGACCCACUGAAGUUAAUGGCCAUGACUAAUAUAGCUUUAUUAAUUUAAAUUGGUCUACCCUGAGUAGGAUUUGGUUGAAUAUAACCCAUAUAUAUAUAUGAGAGAUAGCAGCUAGUUGGUCAAUUAAAAAUUCAGCAUAAAACAGGACAAAAAAGGCAGGCUUCCCCUAGUGCCAUAAAGAAAAUAGAGAGAGUGCAAGGUGAGUCUCUCUAAGAAGGGAGUUCCUUUAAUGAGGCACAGCAACUGGAAGACUCUGUCUCUGGUUACCACCUGCCUUACUUUAUAUGGCAUGGGGAUGUGGAGCAGGGUCUUUGAGGUUGGUCUUAAUGACUUGGCAGAUUUAAGGUAGAGAAACAGUCUUUUUGGUACCCUGGUCCUAAGACAUUCAGGGGUUUGUAGGUUAAAAUUAGCACUUAACAUUUUGCUCAGAAAUGACCUAAUAACCAAUGUAGUUGUGCCAGAACUAACGUUUAGAUGCUUUGUAUGACUCACCCCAGUGAACAAUUGUGCUGCUGCAGGUACAGUGAGUUGCAAUAGCCUGAAUGAGAUGUUAUCACUGCAUGGAUAACUGUUCAAAAGAGUGUACCUGGUUUUGUUUUGACCCAGACUGGUCACUGUCACACAUGCUAUAACUGGGUUAAAGUCAGUUGGACAGGACGAGGGAAGUGGCGGUGUACAGUACAGGCAAUAACCAUUUUGCACGUGUUCAAAGCUCACGUGAUAGUGCACACGUACACAUCACCGUGAACCCAGAAGAGGCAAGAAAAUAGGUUGGAUUGAGGGUGGAAUGGGGUGUGGCAGAACGCGCCCCACCAUCACACGCAAUGAGCCUGAAUGCAAACCCCAUGGAAAUUGGGGGUUGCCCUGCAUUUCUAAUUCCUAAAGCCUAGUUUCACCAAUAAUUCUGAACCUGCCCUUGGCACAGGCCUGGGAUUAGAAACAUGUUUCUUGUGUUCCAGAAAGUUAUGUAAGUAGUUGUGCCGCAGAGGGACAGGUUCAUUUUUGAUAAUCAGGAGUUUUGAUUGUCACAUUGCCACACUUCCUUCUAUUGUAUCUGCACAGUUGGUGUUGGCUAUUUGGGAAUCUGAUAUAAUUUUAUCGAGUAGACCUCUGGGGACAGCCGUGCUUUCCCCUACCUCUAUCUCCUUGAAUCAUACUUACCUAUGUCCUAUUUUCAGCUUCUUCUAUAAAGGAGUUUAGCAUAAAAUCAGGAAGAGGCUGCCAACACAGGUUCCUUAAAACAAAAACAAAAAACCUAUCUUGGCCUUGGAAUUUGAAAUUACCUCUUGUGCAAGUCUGCUUCACAAGACAGCCUGCCAGCAUUGCUGUGACUUUUGAAGGCCAAAACAGACAUGUUGCAGGAGAGCCAUGAUUAGAUCUCUUUUGCUCCCCAUUUUAAAAGAUGCUGCAAAUUCUGAUACUGAUUGGAACAGCAACAUUAGGGCUUUAGGGUAGGUAGGAGAUGAUUAACUGUUUUCCAUCUACCCUUCCCUCCUCCAUCAAAAAUAACCACUCAUGAAGCUGCUAGUAGUCCUAAAGUGGAAAAGGGGAAGGUACUCACAUCAUGUCUCUCUUUCUUCCCACUGUAGUGCUAAUACCAGCUUUGAAGAUGGGGAGGAGCAUUUAAAUAGGGGAAAUGACACAUUGGGAAAGAGUUAAAAGAGCCUUUCCCACAGUACCGAUAAUCUCCUCACGAUCCAAGACCCAUCUCCACAAAUGUUGGGCUAUCCAAUCUCCUGUUUUGAUGUCCCUACCUUAGUUGAUGAUAGAGAAAUCGUUUACUCAGUCUUAAUUUUGGGGUGAGGCUGGAUAAGUUUACAAUGGGUGGGGAGCCUGUGAUAUUUCAUACACUGUUGGACUUCCAAUGCCCAUCAGGCUCAGUCAGCGUGGCCAACAUUCAGUGAAGACAGGAGUUGGAGUACAGCAACAUCUAAAGCAGCCUUUCUCAACCUGUGGGUCCCCAGAUGUUGUUGAACUACAACUCCCAUCAUCCCUAGCUAGAAUUGCCAGAGCUCAGGGAUGAUGGGAGUUGUAGUCCAACAACAUCUGGGGACCCACAGAAUAUGGCUAACCUGAUCCAAAACACCCACCCACCCCACUCACACAUAAAAACAAAGAUCACCACAGCCAAUCACAAACAAACAACCACACCCUAGUCCAACUCUCUCACCACCAAAGAAACACAAGUGACUAUCUGGGGAUCCACAGGUUGAGAACCACUGAUCUAAAGGUUUGCAGAUUCCUUACUUUAUAUCAACAGCUGACCAUUCAGCUUCUGACAGUUAACCCUACAGAAAGCCCCUGUUGGUAAGUUUUCUACAGACAUACUUACUACCAUGUCUAAGAACUAUUUUCUAGAAUACAUCCAAAAGUGGUGCCUUGGGUUUGUUCCUCCUCUGUUGUUUCCUAGUAGCGGUUUCUCCAUCUCCACAUGGGUUACGUCCUGCCUUACUUAAAAAAAAGGGGAACUGAGUGACGUAGUCUUUGCAAUAAUUGCACACUUCAUGGAAACAGAAGUUGAGCAACUUCUCUAAUAAAUUGACUUGGUUUCCUCUUUCAGCUUCACCAGGCUUGCUUUUAUCUUGACCGUACACAAAAUAGUUCUUUUUUUUUAAAAAAAAAAAGAAUCUAUAUCUUGAAGGUUUCAGUUCAAUUCCUGUGAGUCGAUAAGAGAAAAGAAGAAACUCCUCACUGUGUUCUGGGUCCUGGAAAGCCCCCAGAGCAGCUCAGGAGCUAAGAAUAGGCCACCGGUCAGUGUUUGUAAAGUCUGCAGUUCCUUCUUGUUUUUUCCCCCAAAAAAGUGCUGAUCUUAUAAGGUUGAGGCAAGUUUGUGGCUGCUCUGAAUGAUGUUGUGUGUGGGUUGUGUUUUCCCCGCCUGCUUGCCUCUGUCACCCAGCAAAACAGAUCAGUAGGAUGUCUGAAGCAGAAAGAUAACAGUAGCCUGGGCAAGACUCCGGUAGCUUUGGGAUAGCUUUGUCGGUGCUUCCCUCAUGGUUUUUCCUUUGCCAAGGAUCUUCCUUUGCUCAGCAGUGAAGCUUAGACUACUAUGAGAAAGAAGAGAGUGCUGGAACCAGAUGAACACUGGAAGGUAUGGUACAAUGAUUGGUGCAAACCGGCCUUUCUUGGGGCACAGCUGUAUGAGAUACCUCUGUAGAAUCAACAGGAUUUUUAGCUUUCAUAAGUUUUGAGCUGGAACUUCAACACUUGAAGAGAUAGCUUAAGAGCUAUUUCACUCCUGCAUGAAAGUGGGAUUAAUACAGUGAGAUAGGAAGGCUAACCUCGUGAUGAAUACACAAUGGAAUCAGUGUAUAAUGUAUACUAAGUCAUUGGUUUAGAAGUAAGGAAACAGGGUUGUGGCUAGUGCCAGUACCAAGCAAAAUUGGGCAGCCGCCCAGGAGCAUGGAUGAUAAAUGGGCCCCUUAAGCUGAGUCCAAGACCUGGCACAGUCCUUAAUUAACCACCUCCUUGCUUUCCCAGCACCAGUAGAGGAGUGGGGAUCUGCAGUGGUCCAGAUACUGUGACCUUGGACAGGUAUUUUAAGAUAGUGCCUCCCAAUUUAUGGAAAACUAACAUACCACAGCUGCAACAUCAUUCUAAUAUAGGGGUGCUAAAAAUUGGGGUUCUGUUUUCCCACUUAAAGCAACUUGUCUGAAAAUGGUUAUUGUGGGUGUUACUAACAACUUUCACUUUUAGUUCUGGUGAAGUUACAUGUUUCUUUCGAAGAAUAUUUUGACUGGAAGCAAGUUACGACUCCUAACAUUGCCUCAUUUUUUAAGCUACUCCUGCAAGGUACUCCUGCAAAGUAUUAUAUCAUUUGGAAAGGGAGACUUGUUGUAGUCUGUAGAAGUAUAUUAGGCAGUGCCUAUCCAUUCAUGGUUGUUGUUUAAUCCUCUGUGUGUAUGCUUAUAUAUAUAAUUUAUUUAAGAAAAGCAAAUAUGUAAUAUAAUCUCAUUUAUUUAAGGAAAACAGAGUCAAACUCCUUCAUGGCAAACAUCAGUAAUCUCCAUUCAGCCCCACACCUGUCAAGGCUUGUUUUGAUUGGGAUAUGAAUUUCAGUUGCCACAUCUCUUGAAGGCAAAAUGGAUGAAGUCCUUUUGUUACUAUGCUGAAAAAUUAUGAGAAUUGAAAAGGCACUGAAUUGUACUACUUCAGUUUACAACUCAGGAAGAUUUUUAUAGGCAGGUAUAAUAUCUGCCAUUAAACUGCAGUUAUCACAUGUCUGAAUGAAAUAGCUCCUGGGGUUCAGCUGUGCUGGUCCUCAAGCUGGGUAGAAAACUUUGUAAGGAGAAAAACUAGAGAAGCCUUUGCUCUUUGUUUGAUGGGAGUUGUAGUCCAAAACAUCUGGUGUGAUCUCGAUCUCCCAUCCAACCAUUCAUUUUGAGCGCCUAAACAAAACUUACAUGAUGAAGUAGACUCUAGUUCAUGAAAACUUAUGUUGUAAUAACUUUCUUUGUCUUUAAGGUGUCAUGAGACACAUCUGUUGUGUUUGCUGCAACCAUGACACCAUGAUAAUGGGAACAGAUGAUGGCUAUAAUAAUAAUAGUAAGAACUUUAUUAUUUAUACCCCACCCACCUGGCUGGGUUUCCUCAGCCACUCUGGGUGGCUUACAGAAUAUAUAAGGGCAAAGGGACCCCUGGCCGUUAGGUCCAGUCGUGGAUGACUCUGGGGUUGUGGCACUCAUCUCGCUUUAUUUAUUUAUUUUUAUAAAUAUUUAUUAAAGUUUUCACAAUAUUACAUAAUGAAAAAGAAAAAAGAAAAAAUACAAAAUAAAAAACAGUUAAAAACAAUUCCAUCUUUUUGUCACUUAUCUUUCAUUUACUUGUUUCCCGGACCUCCUCAUACCUCCCUUUUUUGUAUUCCAGUUCAAUUUAUUAGUUCAGCAAUUCCUUUCCCUCCUUAUUUUAUCCUGAUCCUGAUCCUUAAUCUUAAUAUAUUAUAACAUUAAAUUUUUACCUGUUAAAAAUCCAAUUCUUUUAUAUUCUUUUAUACCAUUACAGCUAGAAACCACUUAACUUCAAUCCAACAUCAUUCUAACAUUCGUUAAUUUUGCAAUAUUUCUGUAAAUAGUCUUUAAAUUUCUUCCAAUCUUCUUCCACCGACUCUUCUCCCUGGUCUCAGAUUCUGCCAGUCAUUUCCGCCAAUUCCAUAUAGUCCAUCACCUUCAUCUGCCAUUCUUCCAGAGUGGGUAGAUCUUGUGUCUUCCAAUACUUUGCAAUGAGUAUUCUUGCUGCUGUUGUGGCAUACAUAAAAAAAGUUCUGUCCUUCUUUAACACCGAUUGGCUGACUAUGCCCAGGAGAAAGGCCUCUGGUUUCUUCAAGAAGGUAUAUUUAAAUACCUUUUUCAAUUCAUUAUAUAUCAUCUCCCAGAAAGCCUUAAUCCUUGGGCACGUCCACCAAAGGUGAAAGAAUGUACCUUCAGUUUCCUUACAUUUCCAACAUUUAUUAUCGGGCAAAUGGUAGAUUUUUGCAAGCUUGACUGGGGUCAUGUACCACCUGUAUAUCAUUUUCAUAAUAUUCUCUCUUAAGGCAUUGCAUUGCCGUAAACUUCAUACCUGUGGUCCAUAACUGUUCCCAGUCAGCCAUCAUUAUGUUAUAUCCAACAUCUUGUGCCCAUUUAAUCAUAGCAGAUUUCACUGUUUCAUCCUGAGUAUUCCAUUUCAACAGCAAGUUAUACAUCUUUGACAAAAUCUUAGUGCACUCAUUUCGCUUUACUGACCGAGGGAGCCAGCGUAUAGCUUCCAGAUCAUGUGGCCAGCAUGACUAAGCCACUUCUGGCAAACCAGAGCAGUGCACGGAAAUGCCGCUUACCUUCCUGCCGAAGCAGUACCUAUUUGUCUAUUUGCACUGUGUGCUUUCAAACUGCUAGGUUGGCAGCAGCAGGGACUGAGCAACGGGAGCUCACUCCGUCAUGGGGAUUCAAACCGCUGACCUUCUGACCGCUUCAGGUGUCUUCUAAAAGUUGUAUAGUUCUUUAACUCCUUGACAUCUGAAGGGAGGGUGUUCCACAGUGCGGGUGCCACUACCAAGAAGGCCCUCUGCCUGGUUCCCUGUAACUUCCCUUCUUGCAGUGAGGGAACUAGCAGAAGACCCUUGGAGGAUGUAGUGGUUCUAGGGGUUGCUCGUGCGUAAGCCGGUGCAAACACCUGGCUGGGUUGCCUGAGUGAACCUUUUCUGUCCGGACAGCCACUUACUCGUGGCUGUCUCAAUCGCUGGCAGAAUCCGUCAGUGGGCGUUUCUUAAACUUCUUCCAGCAAAGAAGCUCUUUGACGCCUAGUCUCCUCCUACUCUCUCUGCGUGAAAGCCUUCUGCGCAAGGAGGGCGUAGGCAGCGGAGGACCUCUACUCUCCCCGCUGGUCCCUGGCAAGGAAUCAUGGGACCGCUUUGCCGCUUCCCCCAUCUGCCCCCCUUCUCCACUGGUGCUACGCUGAUUCUCUUCCCCAGAAGAUGGGCUGCCUCUCCCAAUCCCGGGACGCUCUCUGGAAUCCCUCUGGAUUUUGCUCUCUCCCUCCGGCACUGAUGGCAGUUCCCUGACAGAGGAGGACCUCAGUGUCUGGGCUGAGUGAUAGGGGUGCAGAUGUUCCUUCAGGUAUACUGGACUGUAUAUUUCUCUGAUCAGGCAAACCAGACAUUGCAUUUGUCUGUAGGAACAAAUCUGGGAUGGCUGGGACUGCUGUUGUGGACAAAACAUUUAUGAGUUAAGUCUCCACUUCUUCUACGUUGAAAGCCUUUCUGUCACUGUAGUCUAGUAACAAUGGUUCAUGGGCACCAGAGGCUCUUCCAUGAAAGCAGUAUGAAAAUUACUUACACAGAGUCUACAGAAUACAUUUAACUUUUGCCAUCUCCAAACUGCAAGUCCUAUGCCUCUGAUGCACCACUUCAAUCUGCAUAAUAUUUUGCAUAGAAAACUCAGUGAGUGGCAAGUAUUUGGUAGUGCCCUUUGUUACAAAUGGGAGACAAAUAUGCUUUAGGGGUUUUAUUCUGGCAAUUGGGCAGAGUUCCUGGAUUCUGAAGCAGCUUCCUAAGAACAUCAGGCCAAUGUUAAGCAGGCUUUACAAAACCCAUUAACUACAGCCCAUAUGUAAUUAUCAGCUUUCUGUCAUUCUAGUCUCAGGGGAUGGCCUGCAGAGUUACAUUUCUGCUGAGCAAAAUCAGGAGACCGGGGAGCAUUAUUAACCAAACCCUGAAGAAUAUCCUGAGGUGCUCUCUGGUCCUUUCACCUCUACUUAUGACACGGUACAAAGUUUGGCUCUUGCCUUUGCUUUCUCAUUUCCCUUACUCAAGUGGUAUGAUAGGCUGAUUCUCAAAGGGCCAUGAGUCAGGAUUCCUGAGUUCUGUUUUGUUCCGAUGCCCUGAGGAGGAAAAAUAAGUCAAGGGCACAAUUCACAAAUUUAUCAACGCAACAUCAGUGGAAAUGUACUAUGAAAGUCCUUAAGGCAGGGUGGACAACCUGUAUGCAGAAGGGUACAUGUAGCCCUUAGCCUAAUUUCAUGCUGGGGAAAUGAGGGAAAUGGGGUGGCAGAAGGAGAGGAAGAAAGGGGGGUGCCAUGCUCAGAUUUUGCUCAGGCCCUGCCACCACCAGCAUGCGUCUCCUGACAGAUUACUCUCAAGGGAAUGAGACUACAAACUGAAAAAAUGUUCCCUGCUUCCCAUUAAGGCUUCCAGAUUUUGUGUACAAAGAUAACAGACAUUCCACAGUAAGACCACUGUUCCAUUCCUUCCAUCAAUAGGAACCACAGACAACUGAGGAUGGAAGUCUCAAACUAAAAUUAAAAAAUGGGUUGUUGUUUUUACCUGAAUCUUCAAUAAUUCUGAUGGGAUUUGAACUAGUUUUACUCUUUUUUAAAAAGCCAUAUGGCUCUGUUGUCUUGCUGUAAUACAAAAAUAUUCUAUAUUCCAUAUUUCCAAAUGCAUGAAAAAGGGAAAUAUGAUAGACUUCAGGAUAUGCCCUUCCUUCAGAUAACUUCAAAAUGGCAUCUGUAUUGAGAGUUUGGUAGCAGGCAUAUUUAAAUCCAUUUUACCAAUGAAUUGGUAAUUGAAAGCUGGAUGAUCAGUUAAAACUCUGUGAUGCGGUGACUGUCACCUGAGUUCUCAUAUCUUUUUCUUCUAGCUGUUUUUGGUAGUUCAUCGCCAUUUCUCUCUCUCAUGCCAUCAUGUGUUAUCUCGGGGAAUGACAUUAUUUAACAGAGCCUUUUAACUCAAGUCUCUUUCUGUGCUCUUUCUCCUCUCCCACAGUUGGAUAAAGGGGAUGUGAGCCAAAUCAGCCUGCCUUCCAAUACAAGCCACGGUGAUGCUGAUGGCAACUUCUGCCUUGACGUUCCAGAUGGCAACCCAGACCCGCAGAGGACAAAGGCUGCCAUUGACCACCUGCACCAGAAGAUCCUCAAGAUCACCGAGCAGAUCAGGGUUGAGCAAGAGGCACGAGAUGACAAUGUGGCUGAGUACCUGAAGCUAGCUAACAAUGCCGACAAGCAGCAGGCCUCUCGUAUCAAACAGGUCUUUGAGAAGAAGAACCAGAAGUCAGCCCAGACCAUCGCGCAGUUGCACAAGAAGCUUGAACAUUAUCACAAAAAGCUAAAGGAGAUUGAACAAAAUGGGCCCUCUCGACAGCCCAAAGACGUCUUCCGGGACAUGCACCAGGGCCUCAAGGACGUAGGGGCCAAUGUCCGCUCCAGCAUCAGUGGCUUUGGAGGCGGAGUGGUUGAGGGUGUCAAAGGUGGACUGUCAGGCCUUUCUCAAGCCACCCACACAGCUGUGGUUUCCAAACCCCGAGAGUUUGCAAGCUUGAUCCGCAACAAAUUUGGCAGUGCGGACAACAUUGCCCACUUGAAGGACACGCUGGAAGAUGGGCACCCUGAGGAGGCUUCACGGACUCUGAGUGGCAGUGCCACUCUGGUUUCUAGUCCCAAAUACGGCAGUGACGAUGAGUGCUCCAGUGCCACUUCUGGCUCAGCAGCAGGUAGCAACUCGGGGGCGGGUGCUGGUGGCUUGGGCAGCCCCAAGUCUAACACCUUGGACAGUCACCACUAUAAUUUUGAGACCAUCAUAGAAGAACUGAGGGAGAUUAAGGACAUUCAGUCCCACCUUGAGGACUCCAUGGAAGACCUCAAGGCCCAGCUGCAGCGAGACUAUACGUAUAUGACUCAGUGCUUACAGGAAGAGCGUUAUAGGUAAGACUUGUUGGGUGUGCUGCUGUUAAUUCCCAGUGGGAAACUGUCACACUUAACCACCAUAUUUAAUUGUCAUUGACUUGUGGAACUGGGCAUGCUGGCCAGUCUUUAUGUUGUGGCUCUUGAAGGGUCAUGCUGUGGGGUACAAUAGAUGAAGAUGCUGGCAAGUAAUGUAAUUAGGCUUUAUGUUCCUAUGCAAAGAAACAAAUUGACAGUGAAUUUCCCUUUAGAAGAGGCUGUGGCAGAGAAGGGGAGAUGAGAUGCUACAAAGCAUAAGGCAAUGAGGGAGGAAUUCAGCCUAUCACCUCAAUCCAGUCAGUUAUUUAGCAGCCACAAAGGAUUCUGGGAUAUCAGAACCAGCCCAGCAGCAUGGACAUUUGCUUUCCAUUUCCUAAUUUCCCCCAGAUACUGCUAUUUCUUUCUCCUGCAAAGUUCUGUUUGCUUUGGCCACAGUCCUGUGCACAAUUACCUGGAAGUAAGCUCCACUGAGAACAGUACGUAUUUCUUUAUUUUUAAAAAUAGCUAUCCACUUUUCUUUAUAAAUCCAAAGUGGCAACUUACAGGAUAACACAAACCAAACAACAACCUAGCACCAGAAACCGCAUAGAAACAACAAUAGAUAACACCUAACACAAUUAUAUGCAUAUGAUAACUCAAGAAAGUAAUUUUCCUUGUUAUCCUUGCAUGUUUACGUAGAGAGAGAGCCAAACAGAAAUUUGUCUCCUUUUUUCUAAGCCAAUAAUAAUUUUGCGGUGGAAGGCCAAAGCUUUUGGAUUUAUGUUCUUUAGUUGAAUUUAGGCUCCCAUUUAGUUGCAAACCAAUAUGCCUUAAUUGCUAUAGCAACCAUGAGUAUGCAUGCUUGUUCAGGAAAUGUCUGAAUUUCAAAUGGGGGGGGAGUUGAAUUUUAAAUAAGUGAUUCAAAUAAGUCCUCCUUCCUGGUGAUUUAAAUCAUGAUUUAAAUCCUGCCUAGCUGUCACUAGCUUUGAAGAUGUCUGCUGGAAUUUCCUGUACUGUAAGUUCUCCUCAAGAAGAAAGACACUGCACUAUUAACUGCUUCUAUUUAUAAGACACAAGAGGAAAUGCAUUCCUGGCUGAAUGCUCAGUGCCAGCUUCUUGCUUCUCUUCCACCGGUGGAAAAAUAAGGACCAAGAACUCUUUUGCCUGUGGGCUUCAUUAAAAUUGUUGGCAGUGAGGAAAGAAUUAUGUUUCCAUUUUUGUGUGAGAGAAGGGCCAUAGGCUCAGUCCUGGGAUGACACUUGCAUGCAGUUGCUAUGUUUAUGGUUCUCACAGAUGUGGGGAGCAGAAGUCUCUUGCAGGCUUAUGGUCCCAACCAGCUCUUAUGUCUAGGGCGGGGGUGGAGAAACCGUGGUCCUCCCAGAUGUUGCUGGACUCCAGCUCCCAUUAGUUCCAGCCACCUUAGCCCAAUGGCCAGGGAUGAUGAGAAAGGUACUUGAGCAACAUCUAUGGAACCACUCAUUCUGCAUCCCUGGUCUAGGGGUAUGGCUCUUCCUCAGUGUCAGAGGUCUCUGGUUCAAAGCCCAGACAACUGUGCUGGGGGCAUGGAGAGAAGGAGGCUGGUUGGACUUUUGGGGAGCUGAUGUAGGUCAGUGAAUGAGCACUUGCCUUGCAGGCAGAAGGUCCCAAGGUCAAUCUCUGGUAUCUCUACUAAGUAGCAGAGCUGAGAAAGACCGUGAGUCCUAGGUGAGCUGCUGCCAGCCAGAGUAGACAAUUCUGGAGUAAAUGGACAUAUAGCCAGACUUUGUAUAAGGCAUCUUCCCACAUAAUCCAGUCACCAUAGAAUAAAUAGCACACAGUCUCUGUGAGUGCUUUCUCAGUGAAGCAUCUCCCAAUUUUCUGAGAAGUGUCUCACAGGGCCAGUUUCCUAUUAGGAUCAGCCAAGGCUGCAUGCACUCAUCCCAGAUGGCCAUAACAAAUCUGCAGGCAGGUUACUGUAUGCAUCAGUUUUCCACAUUGGUCCAAUCCUACUACUGAAAUCACACUUACCUUUUGCCCCACUAUUUCCAGGCAGAUGUCCACACUUUAACACUACAUGUCCAAUGAAUUUUUUAAUUUUCUUUUGCCCUGAGCUUUUCCCGUGAAAGCCUGCUCUUUAAAGCCAAAUUGAAGCAAACAGCAAUUCAGGUUUUCUGCAGGUUGAUGUUUGCUCCAACUGAGCUUUAAAGAGCAAGUUUUCACACAGAAAGCUCUGCAGCAAGAAAAGAAAAGAAAAGAAAAAUGGUGCUCGGACACAAAGCUUUAGAUUGCGGACCAUGCCUGGAAAGAGUGGAAGAAAGGUAAGUGUGGAUAAGCCUUCAGUGUGAACAGCGUUUCAUGCAAGCAGCUGUACAUACAGUGAAUGUGCCCAGGGAAAGCAAGGUUGCAGUGGCAAAUCCUACCUCAAUUCACUGGACCUUACAAUCUUCAUGUGCAUACAAAGUGUAUGCUUACAGUUUUCCUGCAUGCAGUUGGGGCUGUGCAGGGCCCCUUACCACACUUGUCUUCCCUUUGUAUAUGCAUAGAGAUUGUACAGACAGUCUAGUGCAGUGUUCCUCAACCUCAGGUUCCUUGUAUUUAUUAGACUACACCUCCCAUCACCCCUGACUAUUGGCUAAGUUAGCUGAGGAUGCUGAGAGCUGUAGCCCAACAUCUGAGGACCCAAAGCUGAAGAACACUAGUCUAGUGAGCAUAUGUAGGUCAGGGAGGGGCUCAUCACCACGAGCCCUCUUCUCCCCACACGCAUUCACUAGAUGUGUGUUUGUUUGAAGUGCUUAUCUGUGUCCUCAUUUAUUUUGGAUGUCCAUUUUGUCCUACACUGGUAUUUGAUGCUCCCCACCCCCUGCCGUUUUGGGGUUUUUUCCAGAAGCUGGAAAAUAUCUCAAAAUAUCCUGGAAGGCAAUUAUCAGUGACAGCAGGGAUGGAAACAAAACUCAUUGUUCCCAAAGGCAGGAUUGUUUCAGAAGAGACACACCCCCCUUCUCAUUUGUUUUCCACUCACCCACAUGUAUCCCAUUUGAAGGGCUGAGAAAAACCUUUAGAUUGCAAUUGAAUAGUGACCACCAAACCAGGAAAGAGGUGGGGAGAAAAGAGGAAGGAACUGCAGGUGUUCCAGAGAGAGACAGAGAGAGAGAGAUUUAUUUCAGGCCUGACAAGUUCUGAAAUAAUCCUUCAUCCAAGCCACAUUUUCAAUGGCAGCUUCCACCAAAUGCAUAAACCACUAAUGCAGGUGUGAGGAACAUUUGGUCUCCACAUGUUGCUGACAUACAACUACCACCCCUUCCCAUUGGCACUGCUUGCUGGCAUUGAUAUAAGUUGUGGUUCAGCAACAUCUGGAGGGCCAAAUGUUCCUCACACCUACACUACAGUAACUCUUAUAGAAUAGGUUAUCCACUUGAUAGAAAUUGCUGUUCAAAACAUGCCUUCCAGGGAAAGAAUUAUUCUGAAGUACGUUAGACCUGAAAUAUUUUUUUCUUUAAGCCCCACGACUUUUUUCCUCAUCUCCCCCUCACCCCCAAAGUUGAAUGACAUUUAUUCGGGAAUCAACUCCGCUAAAUGCAUUGGGACAUUUCUUUAUCUAUCUAUCAGUUAUACGUUUUUUUAAUACAACGCUUCAAACAUAUUUCCAGCUUUGUUUACCAAAAGAAAAUAACACAAUAAAAUGUGAGUAACAAAGGCAUAAUAAGGCCAGUACAAUCCUUAUUAGUUCCUCAAAAACUAAUGGAGUUGGGUGAUGUACAGCAUAAUAAUAAAAACUCUGAAACCUUAAAUACAAAAUAACAGUUCUAAAAAGAAGCAUUAAACCAUCUAUAUCAGGGGUCAGCAACCUAAGGUCCAUGGGCCAGAAGUGGAGGUUGUUUGACCGGCCCACAAGCCGCCCCCAAACCGACCCACCCGCUUGUGUGCUGCACUAAACCAGCGCAGCACGGGGACUUGCUCCCGUUGUGCUGAAAAUUGCGUCAGUGCACGCGCAGACGCUGAAAAUCGUGGGCAUGCGUGCUCACACACAUACGCGAUCUGGCCCAUGGAGAGAUCUCCGUGGGACCGAUCCAGCCCAGGCAAGAUAAACCUUGCUGACCCCUGAUCUAUAUGAAACUUAGUGGAAACCAAAACUCUACCAGCAGCACACAAUUUCAGCUUAGAGCAGCCUGCAUCAACCUGGUGCCCUCCAGAUGCAUUGGAUUGUGCUGAAGACAACUCAUGUAUAUAUAAAAGAGCACAUAACCUUAGGCAGUGCCCUAGAAACAGUCCUCCUUGCUUCAGGUGGUUAAACCAUGUCCAUCUACCCAUCAGCUGAUAUCACUGGUGGUGCCAACUGUUGGUUGGGAAGGCAGGGUUAAAUCUCAUAUUGACUGCACACACCUACAGAACAGGCUCCUGCAGCCAAAGCAGCAAGAUUUAAUCCCCACUCAUCAGCUGAUGAUCGGGGUUAAAUCCUGCACAGUUUUAAGCAGUCCAGCAAUCUGGUUUGAGCCUCUGAUUUUCAGCAGCUCAAAGAAAAGAGGAGGGGGCUGCCUGAAAGCCCUUUACAAAAGGGUCUCAUCUUGAGCGGGGGAGCUGCAGGUUGCUGUAUGUGACAAACACCAUAUGUAGGAUUGAUACCCUCUGCUUUCAAAUGAUAGAACCACUGAUAGAAAUUUGGCCACCACCAACUGGGGAUGAUUGGAGUUGUAGUCCAAAAUAUUUUGAGGGUCUCUGGAUGGGGAAGGCUGCCUUAAAGCAUACUGCACGGGGCACAGGAAUGAGAUGUUAAGAAACAAAGCAUUGCAAGUAAUCAUUUAGUUGUGCUUAGGACAAUAAGCCUAACAAAAUGUUCAGUGAAAUCUGAUGUCUUCUUAGAUGGCCUCCUGAAUAAAAUGAGGUGAUGGGAUAUGGUUCCAUGAGUAUCAAUGUAACAUUCAAGACAUGUAGCCCUUUGGCUGGUUUACCCAGAGGUAAUCAUCACAGUAGCUCUUUAGAGGGGCAUCCACUGUCAAAUUGGUUCUUCUCACAGCUGUCUGACAGCCAAAUAUGAAACACAAUCCAAUUCCUUGUUGGCAUCUUCCUCUGUUGCAAGAAUGUAGGAAGCUACCUUCUUGCCCUAGGUCAGAUGUUUGUCCAUUGAUUCCAGUAUUUCCUCUGGCUAGCAGCAUCCCAUGCCACCUGAUCUUUGCCCCUCCCAACCCCCUCCAAUCCUGGAGAUGUAAGGGACUGGACAAAGCAUGUGCUCUAUCACCAAGCGGUUGCCCCUCCCUUGUAUUUCAUAGUUCUGCUCAGUAUUCUAAAGAAAAGUUAUUAUGAAGAGCCAAGCCGCUCAUGCAAUGAUUUUAUUCAGUUCCUUUUUUAUUGCUAUAUUUAACUUGCCAUUUGCUUUUGAGUUCUGCUGUUUGUUUUUCUUUUAUUUUCUAUUUCAGUGCAAUAGACAAGUCACUGGCUUGGUUUAAUGCUAUAUAAGGUUAAGCGGUGGAAAUGGGAACAUGUUUUGAAGCAUAGUUUUCCGUGGUGAUCCAGGGGUAGCCCAAGAUGUUUUGUUCCUUUAGGUGAGGAGCAGGACUUCGUCUUCCACUCCCACAUUCCGUGUACAGAAUUCAACUGGACUGGCUGCUGAUAGAAUCUCAGGGUAGUUCGCAACAUAAAAGUGCAAAGCAACAUAAAAGUACAAAAUACUUUAUAAAAAUCAAGAAGAAGAAGAAACAUGAACCAGUAAUGCCUCCUCCCACAAACACAUUUAUCUGUUAUUUUCAGUUACUUCCUAUUUUGAGUGGCCAGAUAUCACUGUGCUUAUUCAUUUAAGCUUUAUAUAUAGAAUUGUCCAGAGUGCACUUUCAUGUUUCCUGUCCCUUUGAUGCUACUCUUUACAUUUUCUUUCCUCUGAAUCCAUGUAGACAUAUAUAUUCCAGUCUACAAAGGCUGAUGCCAUAACACACAGAGUGCCAGAAGGUUCCUUUUUACUUGCUAAAGGACCCCCGGUUUUUUUUUGGGGGGGGGGGUUGCACUUAAAAUUUAAGUGGAGGAGGAGGAGGAAGAUUGCCAGAGCCACGUAUCACUAUUGGCUCCCAGUAGAGGGAAAGACGAGGCAGUGAGGAGCCCAUUGCAGGCACAGCAGCUGAGCCAAUCUGAUGCACCUGUUUCUGCGCCCACACUGAGCUGCCCACUGCCUACCUCCCCCACUUGGGUAAGUGGUAGAGGUAAGUGGCAUUGGGUAGGCAACUCUGCCCUACUUUCCCUGCCAGCUGCUCCUGCUUGUACAGAUGACAGCCAGUCAUCCUGGGGCACAGCCUUGCUCUGCGGAGGCUGUUUUCUGAUCUAACACAAGGGUUGGCCAACCAGCAUUGUGCAAAUCUGACCUCAGACAGUCCCGGAGAAGGGGCUAUAAUUGGGUUGCAGUUGCAGUGAGUUUGCUUCCACAGUGGUUUAACUGUUCACAGUUAAAUUACACUACCCUUUCUGUUCUGCUUGACUGUCAAGGAUAUAGCAACAUCCUGAAGGAACGAGGCAGGGACGUUUCAUAGGGAUAUAAGAGGAAAUCCGGUCUCUUGGAAAGUAGAGAAAAUAUAUCAUUAAAUGCUUUCAUCGUGUAGAGUACUCCCUGGAGCAGCUGCUUCUGUGGACUGGCAUUACCUUCCGCCAUCCCCUGAGACCAUCUAUAGCUCCUGCUGGCUUUUUACUCAAGAGGGAAGAGACUGGAACAUGGAUUGUUACAUCAGCUGCUAAGGACAGAAAGACUCUGGCAUACAUACAGUGGUACCUCGGGUUAAGUACUUAAUUCGUUCCGGAGGUCCGUUCUUAACCUGAAUCUGUUCUUAACCUGAAGCACCACUUUAGCUAAUGGGGCCUCCUGCUGCUGCUGCGCCACCGGAGCACAAUUUCUGUUCUCAUCCUGAAGCAAAGUUCUUAACCUGAAGCACUAUUUCUAGGUUAGUGGAGUCUGUAACCUGAAGCGUAUGUAACCUGAAGCGUAUGUAACCCGAGGUACCACUGUACGCUAUUUCUAAGUGCAUUCUAAUCAUCUUUGUGAACCUGUCAAGACUGAAAAGCAGGAUAUUAUUUAGUCAGCUGUCAGUGUUCUUAAAUGGUUGUUCAGCUCCAAGGAAAGUUAAAGUUGGGUGUUGUUUGUGGGCUGAUGUUUUCAUUAGCAUUGGCAAGUUCAUCGCCAAUGAACUCAGAACAUCCUUCCCUUCCACUUCCCCUUGAGGAUUUAUCAGCCAGUAGCAGCGGCACAUGAGAAAAUGGGAGAAGUGAGCGCUGUCUCUUCUCGCCUAUCUCUCUGGAACUUGAAAGGUUUGAUGGUCCAUUAGAGAUGUAGCACUGCUGUCAUUGCUACUCAGGAGGGGAAUAGACAGAGAUCCCUCCUUCCUACUCCCUGGAUGCCUCUGCUAAUUCUAGCUGGUGAGUCUUGAGGAGAGAGAGGAGUUUGGGAAUUGGGAAGGAUUGGUGUAGGAGAUUAAGGAAAUCUCAGCCAGAGGAAAAAUUAAGGGAUUUGAAAAGUUCAUGUUUUCUUUGACACCAGCAUUUUGAGCCCCCAAAGCUCAUACCCACACCUGAAUACAAUGAGCUUCCCUGACUUCUCCAGCUCCAAAUUCUCACCCACUGCAUGUGUUUCUCCCUCUCCCGCUACACAGAUAUGAACGCUUGGAAGAGCAGCUGAAUGACCUGACAGAGCUCCACCAGAAUGAAAUGACCAAUCUCAAACAGGAGCUGGCCAGCAUGGAGGAGAAGGUGGCUUACCAGUCCUAUGAGAGGGCCAGAGACAUUCAGGUAUGGGAAUCCAUAGGGAUGCUUGUACAGCUGGCCUGACAUCUUCCCCUCCCUAUUGGGUAUUUAUUCUUUCCACAUAUUCAGUCUCCCUCCCAAAAACAUAGAACGGCUUACAUAUAAAUACAAAUCCUAGCUGAUCUGCUAUACAGGCAGAGCUCAGGACCAGACCUGCAACACUAGAACUGUGGUAUAUUCCUACAGAUCAUUCUCUGAGCGUGGAUGUUUGGCACUGAUAAGACUAGAGAACUGAAAAGAUGUAGGAGGAGAGGAAUGAGACUUGCAUCUGAAGAACUGAGAAUUUGUCUAUGGAUCUUAGCUUUAGAUUGCUAGUCUGCAAUCUGUUCCCUCUUGUCCCUAGAUCAUAGAAGGGCUCAAGAUCAGUAGAUGUGCCACAGCUUUCAUAGGAACCUUGGAAUCUGCCAUAUAAUAAGUCGCACUGUAUGUCCAUCUAUUGUUUGCUCCAACUCAUAGCCCUUCUGGUACUCUCUGGUACUCUCAGCAUGCAGUGCAGAUGUUCUAACACAGCUGCGAUCCCUCAUCCCUCAGCUAACACUGGUCCUUUUUCUCUUUCCCCUACAGGAGGCUGUGGAAUCCUGCCUGACUCGUGUCACCAAGCUGGAACUUCAGCAGCAGCAGCAACAGGUGGUGCAGCUGGAAGGGGUAGAGAAUGCCAAUGCCCGGGCCCUGCUAGGCAAAUUCAUCAACGUCAUAUUGGCCUUGAUGGCUGUGCUGCUGGUCUUUGUCUCCACCAUUGCCAGUUUCAUCACGCCCUUGAUGAAGACCCGCAUGCGUCUCCUGAGCACCACCCUGCUAGUGCUUUUUCUCUUCCUCCUCUGGAAGCACUGGGACUCCAUCACUUACCUUCUGGAACACGUGCUGCUCCCUAGCUGAUUCUCCUGGCAGCCAGGUAUUGGGGCUGCAGGGUGUUUCAGGUUUUUUUUCAUGUAGAGAGAGAGAGAGAACGAGGAGACCUUCCAACUCAGUUCCUUUGUCUAUACAGAGUAUGUAAUCCUCACUCGCUCUUCCCCUGCACAGCCAACUUUAUUCACGUCCAACACCAUCUCUCAGUCAUAGGGAGUGUAGCUGCAUCUGAGCUUGUGAGAGGCUGAAUAAGUCACUCUUCCAGGAUGCCUUUGCAAGGGGUUGGGGGAAAGCAAAUGAAGCCCGGAAGAAUCUUUAGCUGCAACACCUUAGCCUUUUCUUUCAAAGCAAACAAAGGAAGUGAGGGCGAUUGCAAAGCUUUGUGCGCAGAGCUGCAGAACGCCAGUCUCCAGAAAGCGUUUUUUGCGGGGUGUUUUUCUGCCUGAGAAGGAUGAUAAAAGGCUUAUUUCUACAUAUGAAGACAACGGUUCAACACUGAAGAUGAACUUUAUUCUUUUUCUUAAAACUGAUGCCCCUUAGAAACAUGCACAGAUUUCAUGGAGCAGAAUGAUGUACAUAUCACACCAGUUUAUCCAAGUCACAUGGCUACUUUACUUUCCAUUCCUGCAGAACAGCUGAUGUGCCAGAAGUGCACCUGGGCAUCUUUCUUAUGAUGGACUUGAUGUGAUUAUAGAUUUGGCUGGGUUGUUUCACCUGUUCAGUUUUGCCCAGUAGAGACAAGAUCAAAGGGGGGAAAGAAUCUACCACUCUGGCGCAAGUUCAGCAUUUUUGGUUGGCUUUGUUUUAUUUAUUUAUUUUUGCUUUUGUUUGAUAUCUUCAGGGACUAAAUGAGAAAUUCUGACAGUGCACCUGCGAAUCUUACAAUCUUUGCAAAUGUGUGUGUGUGUGUGUGUGUGUGUGUGUGUGUUAAUUUAUUGAUUUACAGAUGGGUUCCUUUUUCUAAAUCGAGUAUUGUGUGAAUAUUCAGCUGCCUUCACAUCUCCUGUGUACCUAGAGAAAAUAGAACAUGGUUUUAAAAUGGUUGAAUAGUCCAUGCAAAAUUAGUAAGUCUCUAUUUGAAUUUGGCAAUGCUUCAUCAAAUUUCACCAGUAGAAAUUUUGCUCAUUACUUGCUCCAAGAGACAAUCCUCCAUCUUCAUAUUGAAGUGAUUAUAUUAAUAGUACAUUACUGUAGUUCUUUUAAAGCAGACAAAGAAGCAGCCAUCGUAUGCAGGAUCAGGCCCUUAGUGGAGGUUUCCUCACAAAAGAAGAAAAAGCAACUAACUGAUCACUUCUGCUCUUAAGCUCCUGACAUAUUUCUACAAUGUUUAUUUCAACUGCUUAUUUAUUCACACCUGCUAUUGUCCGAAGCAUUUUAUUUUACAGCAAAACUGUAUGGCAUGUUUUAAAGCACAUUUUAAAAGGUUUAAGAUGAAAUGAUCUGGGUGAGGAGUUAUUAAUAUAAUAUCUGCAAAAAUAUAAUUGCUGUUGCUGGCAAAAGAGAAGCUUAUUGUAAGUUGAAUUCAGGUGGUUAUUUAAGGGAAGCUGUAAGUCAUGGGUAGAGGCGCUCUCCCUCCCCAAAGGUAAAUUCUAGUUAGGCCUGCAGUCACUCCCCACGUUUGCACCCACUUGCCCUCUAUCAAUCCCCCAUUUACCCCACACUUCCUCUCUUUCAUCCACACUCCCCCUACAUACAUAGACUCUCCAUUCUCCCUUGCUCCCUUUUCUCUCCUCUCUCACCCUGCCCUCCUUCCACAAAAAAAAUCUAUGGGGGAGGACAGAGAGAAUAGGAUUUAAGCCUUCACUCCCCAGUUGUCACCUCCCACAAAUACCCCACACAUGGCAAUUAGGCUUUUUUUGGGGGGGGGAGUCUCAGUUGCAUGUUGAUGUAAUUUUUUUAAAAAAACAACUUCUAAGACUAAUUGAAAAAUAAUGGGGGUGGGGAAAGAAGGAGAGGCUGUAGGCUGGAUUCAAAAGUGCCACAGAUGAUGCCCGCCCCCCAUGCAGUAAAGAUAGUGUGUAAUCAAUGGACUAGAAUUGAGGUUUUCAGUACAAAACUCAAGCUUGAUUUAUAUGUGUCGCAAAGUGAAGUGGCAGAGUCUUAAGGUGGUGGAAUUGCCUCUUCUCAACUCAGUGUCAUGGGUGGUGUGUCUAAGUGUAGGGUUAUAUUUUUGAUUGCUUGUUUAUGUUAAAAACAACAUUCCUGAAAGCAGAGACUCAGGAUAGCAGACAGAAGGCCAUCUAGAAGAGGCUCCCUUCUAUGCCUUGCUAGGUUUCUGCUUGCAAGAGUCAUUUUUACAUAGGGUUUUCAAAAACAUGAUUCACCUGCAGCCUAAGUUAUACAAUCUGCUGUACUUCACAGGACUUUACCACCUCAUUCUGUUACAUGUGUAAAUUUAGCCUUAGAUGUGAUUAAGGUCAAGCUUGCGCAAGUUUUGCUUCGGUGAGAACUUUGGGAGGAUGCCAAACGGUUUUGUAGAAAGAGAAAAGGAAUGUGUUUCGUUACGAUACAAUAUCUGAUAUCUUCUGAUAUUGCUCAAACCCAUGAGGAUAUGCACUUUAUGAUGCUUUCAUCUAUGGCAAAUGGCUGUGGUGUAAGAUCCUAGGAUCCAAGAGCUGUCGAUUACAGUACAGGACAAGAAGAGAGAAUUUUGGCAGGUCAGCUCCCACCCCAGUGACACUACAACAAGAACAGCUUCAUCUGCUGAAAUGUUCCUCCUUAUGACUGUUAAAUGCAAAAUAGCCUGGCAGAGUGGUUAUCUACUCCCUUUAUUCUGGUUCUGCCUGCAGAUCUGCUCUUUAUUACAUGAAACAUUUUUAUUUUAUUUUUGCUUCUCUGUUUGAGGAUGCUGUCCAUAAGGCAUAAUCAGAGUCUAGGUGACAGGUUUUCCAACCCAAGCACCUGAUCUUGGCUCUUGAGAACCUACAUGUUACUCUCCCUGGCACCUAAAAUGGAAUGGUGGCUUGAGGCAUAACCUCUGGAAUGUAUCCCCCUCUUUGCUAAGGAAGCCUCUGAUGUCAAAAUUCCAUCAUAUGUAAGUAACAUUUGUGAUCUGCCUUUAAUAACCCCAGGAGAUGUGAAGGCUCUCAACUUUUCUUGUAUACAUCUAUUUAUUUUGUAUAUUUUCACGAGUCAGAAAAUCAACUUGCCUUCCCUGCCCAGUUAUAGGAGGAGAUGGUUUUCUAGUGCAAUGUGCAUGGAUAAUUUAUUUAAUGAUGUCAGGAUGAAUGUUGUAUGAGUUGGAAAAGAACGUUCAAUAACAAACAAAAAACUGUUCCAGAAUAUAAAAUGAAACAGAUUUUGACCAAAAUCCACAGUGAAAGUGUAACUGAGGUGCAGGAUUUGUGCUUUCCUCUUUAGUUCUGACCUUGCACUAUUCCUGACCCAGCCCCUGUCACCAAGUAAUGAAUAAGAGAUGUAUCUUGCUGCAGCAGGUUAGUCUUGCAGUGGAGAGCUAAAGAGGAUGCUGUUGUGCUCAGCUUCUAAAACAUAUAAAUGGGUCUAGGUGAGGGUUCCCAUGCAGGCUUUGCAGAGCAAGAGGAGAGCAUAGUCAGCUAGGAUUUUUGUUUUUAUUUAUGCUCAUGGGUUACACACACACACACAAAACACCAGACGCUUGUGUUUUGAUGUAAUCAGUUGAAUAGUCCUUGCGAACGUUGACUGGUGUAAGAACAGCUGGGCAACAUUUUCCCAUGCUUGUGUGCACCAGAAGCAAACAAUUGCAAUAGUCCUUUGUGGCCUUAGAAUCAUGACUGCAUGAUUUAUUUACUGAUCUAAAUUCAACUGAUAUAGUAUCUUUGCCCCACCCCUCCUGCCUUAUUGAGAAUAGGUGUGGCAUGUGGCCACAUACUGUGUUUUCAUGGAAAGCCUAAAUCAAAAUUAGUUUAGGACUGUUUGAUGCCAUUGGUCAUGCCUAUCGUAUCCAUAUAAAUGUAAUGGAUUAGUUAAAGCAACAUUUGACACUUGAUAGGGCGAUGCUGUCACUUGCAGCGCUGCCCUAGCAGAAGGAGGGCUUGAUUUAUCCAACGAACUUGUGACUAGAAAAUUGUGGUUGGCAUUUUUCACAUGAUUGUUGCAAUCAUAUAGUUUGGCAUGAAAGGUGUUCCUUGUGAAUUGGGUGCUAGUGGUUCCAUAAGGUUUUAGAGUGCUAAGUUUCUAGCCCUCGUGACAGGCUUGAAUCGGCAAGGUUUGUGGACUUCUGUCACAGAGGGCACCCAAGCCCGCUCCAUGGCAUAACCCUCUUCUUAUACUGUUUGACUGUAUUUAUUACGUAUGCUUGAAUCUUGUCCUGCCCCUUACCCCUUGAUAUUAUGUUUGUUUUCCAUUGGGAAGCCCAUUCAAAGGAAGCUCUGAUUUCAUUUCACUAUAUUUUUCCAUUCUUUCUUUCUUUUUUCAAAUAAAGAAUUUUAAAACACUGGCAU